CUCGGCCGGCGCGCGCGCGCCCUGAGCGCACGCACCCCGGAACCGUCCCCUGUGCCUCCGCCUCCUUUCGCUGCUUGCGAGUCAGGGCGCGGGCGCGGGCAAGCCUCCUCCAGCCCGGCGGCGCGCGCACGCACUGGCGUGCACACACACAUACACACACACACUCACGCACACCCAGGCACGGCAGGAAAGGCAGCGAGCGCCCCGGCUGCCCCUGCCUCCUUCCUAGCCACCCGCCCCUCUGCUCUGCUCUCUGGCCGCCGCCGCCGCCUGUCCGUGCGCCUCUUGGCCGCAGAGCAGCUGCACCGGCCUCGGGCCCCGCCUGUCCCUCCCUGGCCACUGGGGAGGCGGCGAGAGCGAAGCAGCCCCGCAGCAGCCGGGUAAGGAGAAAGACUCUCUUCUCCCAGGAGCGCCUCCUCCUCCGCGCCCCAUUUCUCCGGGCGGAAACAUGGGUAAGUCACCUCAAACCUCCCCGGCGGGUCCCCUCCCAGGUCUCGCCAAAAGGAAGCAUCUGUUUGAGGGAGGGAGGUCCAGGCGGAGUCCGAGGUGGUCGGAGAGUUAAAGGGGCUCGUUGGCGAGAGGAGGGUCCCUCAGUCUUUGAGGGGUGGCCGGGGAAAUGGGGCCGGGAGGUUGGAGGAAGUGGGGCGUUCUCCCAACGCCACCCCCUCCCAGGCUCUCCCCAGCGCACGUUGUGUGGCUUCUUAAGGUGCAUCCUUUCCCCGUUGUCCUCCCCCCCCUCCACCACCAUUAUGGGCCACCACCCCAUCUCCCCAGUUGGCUUCCCUCUUUCUCGCACCGUGUCCUACAAGCGGGAGAAGGAAGCGGACUUCAUGCAACUUCCUCAUCCGCACACAACCCGGGGAUGGAGCUUGGGCUGGGUGCAAUGUGCUUCUCUUCUCUUCUCCCCCCCCCCCCCGCCUUUUCUAAUUGAUGCUUUCCACCUUCAGCCUCCCAGGGAUAUCGCUGUCUUAGGGUACAGCAGGGGUAGCGGAUGUAUAGGAAGCCCAUGACGACACAGACUCGGUUCUGAUCGAAGUCGUGACUGCCGGGAUUGUUAGAAUAAAAGUAGAUGCUGGCUUGAUUUAGGGUGGGUUGAAAUGGAUGUUGCCUUCAGUGCAUUUCUUGGUCACACCAAAUCUGUGUGCCUCACAAUAAGGACCCCAUUCUUAACUUAAAAUGCACCAGCGGCCUUUCUUAAAUAUUAAGUUGAUGCAGCUCUUGUGAUGUUACCAGUAAAUCAAGCAGCUUAAUUAAGCUGACUGUCAGUCUAAUAAACUUAACCUCAGAGAAUUUGGCUUGGUGCAUCCGUAGGCUGGCUUAGUUUCCUCAGUAUCAGGUAAAUUAUUUGCGGUGUGUGUUUUGUCACUGUGAUAAAGCCAGACUUUGCAGUAUCCUUUUAAAUAUAUUCAUAAUUAAUAUAUGUUACUUGAUGCUGUCUUCUGUCUCUUGUAAAUCAUGACUUUCUUGUGAUGUAAGGCAAGCUGUGGACUUAAGGCUGCAAUCUUGCAUGAACCUACUUCUGAGGAAGCACACACAGGAUUGCACUGUCAUUUGGGAAAGUAGGAUUAGCAUAGAAAUCUUCAGAAAACUGUGUUGGUCUUGAAAGUAGUGGGUGUUAACUUGCUCACUCAGCUUUUCUAAGGCCUGGCUCUCCAAACUGCUGAUUGCAUUGAAGAUUUCCUUGGAUGGUUUUACCAGCUGAGUCUAAAAACAUGAUAUGAGGUCAUAUGAUGCAGCCACCUUGCUGAAGCUAAGCAGGACUAGGUCUGGCCCAUGCAUGGAUGGGAGUCUACCUGGGAAUUCUGUGUAUAUUCCCUUGAGUUCCAUGAGGAAAGAAAAGCAGGAUAAUAUACCAAAUGAACGUACUGCUACCUAUGGCCCUACCUUGUUUUCAGACUAAAAGAAAACCAUUAUGUAGGGUAUUAUAUAUCCAUUAUUAAUUUAAAUAUAUAGAAGGGGAAAAGGAAUUAACUAGCUAGUUACAAUGGAGAAAUACUAAUGUCAUUGAUCUAUGGCAGAGAUAGUGUUCAAAUUGAAAGAACAGGCCAAGAUUUGUUACUUUAUUUUUUAAUAAAUAAAAAUUAUAUAUUAAAAUUUAAUAAAUAAAACACUGGCAUAUUUGUGUUGGUCAUUGCUGGCACAUAGACUGUUUCAAAAGUGGAAAGCAUGUAGGAAAGGCCUACCUCUUCUAUUUUUAAAACAGAAUAUUUCUUGCCAGGUAAUGUCUAGAGAUGGUUACUACUUACAACAAGCUACCAGGCGACUGGCUGUUUGCAAGCCUGUAUUAACCAUAGUUCAGGGGGAAUUCUUGGGAUAUCUUCCAGCGCUUGAGCCUACGGAGGUGGUCUUGGUGUGAUGAGGUAUGGGAUACUUGAGCAUGCCAGCAAAGAGGAUUGGGGAGGAAUCCAAGCAAGGCAGCAAGCAGCAGAAUUCAAGCAAAGCAAAGAGAGUACAGAGUAUACAGGAACCAGGCAGAUAUAAGAGGGUAGAAUUUGGUAUAAAACACAGUAGGGCAGUACACCAGUACCCUCUCCCCUUUUGGGGGACUGCUUAAGGGAACAGUGAGGUCAUGGAAACUAAACUGGUUUCAAUGGGUGCAACAGCUUGAGUCCAGGGUGCUCUUGAAUUUCACCCAAGACAGAACCCUGGCUCCUCCCCCUUUUUUUUGAGACAGAAGCAUUUUCAGAGUGGGACAACAUAUCGCGGCAGAUUCUAGUGUCUGAAAACCCUGUGAUUACUUAUCCAUAUUAUAAUAUAAGUAAAUAACAAUAUUUAUAGUAUAGUGAUUAUAUAUCUUACCCUUCAGUUUCCAAUAAAACCCAAAGGGAGGUUUACAUCAACAACCUAAGAAAGUUAGCAGCAUGGGUAAGUUAAGAAUAAUUUAAAAUCCUGGGUAAAUAAAAGAUCUUCACUUGGUUCUACAGAAUGAAUGUGUCUGGUGCUGCAAGCAAGUUCUGUUUUUUUUUUACUGCCUGCUGGCCAAAAUGGAAACAGGGCAUUCUUGGGGUACUCUAGAAUUACAUGCAUUGAUUCCACCUGAUGUACCCUAUACGGGUAGUGAAAUGCCAGUCACUUGCCAUGCUGGGGUCUUGAAAACCAGAGGUACGCAUGCUAAUGAUCUGUGUCUGGCAUGGCUAGCAGCAAGUAGUGAAAACUGUUCCAGGGGGUCUUGGAACCUAUGCGGUGACAUAGCCAGAGUGGCUGUACUUAGAGUGCUUUGAACUGGGUAUGAAUUAAGGCGCCAGACUGGCUUCUUGCUGCAAGCUUGUAGUGAACUGCAAAAAAGCUAUUCUGGUAUCUGAGAUCCACUCACGAGAUUUUCGACAGGAGCACAAUGGAUCAAUCUACUGUUCCUUGCCAAAAUUUCACAGAGUGGAACCAUUUUGCUGCUGCUCAUCCUUAACGUAGGAUUUGAGAGUGAGUCUGGAUGCUGCUAUAACAUCAUUGGUAAUAAGUACAGUGUUCCCGAGGCUUUCUUUCCAUGUGGGCACACGACUAAGGUUCUUUUGGCUAGCUGUUGGAUCUUUUACUGCCCAUACUUUCACGAUUACAUCAUUCUUGUUGAGUAAGACCUUCCUGUAAGCUGUAUAUCUACACGAAUGUGUAUAUUUAACAAUGCCUCCUGUUUAAGUGGUUCGGUAACUUGUAUCUGUCAAAAUUGUGGGGUCUCUUGUCUUUCUCUUCUUUCCCCUCCUCGUUACGUUUCCCCACUUUGAAUUGCAGUCUUAGGUAUGCUUACUUGGAAGUUGGGGCCUUUGAUUACAAUGGGACAUGCUUACACCUAGGUGUGUUGAGAAUGGCAGGCUUGGGUUGCAGCAUUGCAUCAGGUUACCUGCCCUUCUUCCCUUCUACCUCCCUUUUUGCAGCACUGGGUUGCAAGUUUUUUGGGGAAACCUGUAAAGUUGCUGCACACAAAAUCAUGGUAACAGUUCUAUUAUUAUGAGAGUUAUUCUAAGGACAUUGCAUGUAGCACAAAAGUAGUGGCAGAAUAAAAAUUACCUUGUCAUAGGAAUACAGGAAGCUGCCUUUUAUUGAAUCAUGUCUGUCUUUCUCUACAUCAGGGUGAUCCAACUUUUCAUACCAAGUUUUUUUUUUUAAAUCAUAUUUAUUAAAGUUUCCAAAAAUAUAAAAAUACAAAGAAAAAAAAGAAAAAGAAAAAGAGAUAUUUAAGAACCUUACUUUCAUUGCCUACUUUCUGGGACUCCCCCCUCCCCCCCCCCGACUGUAUUCCCCUUUCCUUAAUUUAGUUCUACAAGCUCUCACUCCCAAUUUGAAACUUAAUUUGUUUAACCCACUAUCCAAAUUGAAUUGUACAAAUCUUACCACCGUCCCACAUCAUUAACAAGAAAAGAAAAAGAUUUUCCCCAAGAUCCACCCAGUUCCUUCCACGAAUUCCCUUUUUUUAAACACGUCCAAUCAAAAUAAAAUGACAUGCGUAAGUUAUGUAAAAAAUAAAAAUAAAAGAUAUAGAAAAAUUCAAAAGAUGGUUACACAGCCUUUGGAUUUCAAAUCUCCCCCUUCCCGGUUUGAAUUCCCCAUAUCCAUCAGUCUAUGCAUUAUCAGCUUGGAAGUCUCAAUUCAUGACCAAAUUUCUCCCCGAUUCCAUCUUGCCGGUUUUCUUUUAAUUUAUUAAUAAUAUGUAACUUCAAGUGUCCAAUCUAACAAAGGCCUUUAAUUUCCUUGAUCUUUACCACUCCUCCCGUUGUUCUUUCCGUGUCGUAAUCAGUCCUUUGUUCUUCUUUUCCUCACUUUCUCAGGUUUCUUGUCCUGUUCAGCUGCUAAAACUUUCUAAUUCAGAAAUCUGGUAUCUCUGCAGAGGUUUGUUAUUCAGGAACAAAACUUACGUCCAGUCCCUUCCUUUCUUCAAUAGAAAAUUCUAUUGUCUCCUUUAAUGUAAAUACCUCUGUAGACAAAAUACUAUUUCAGUUUUGCAGCUUUCCCAAAAGAUAACAAGUCCUGUGCGGAUCCCAGAGUAUUUUUCCACUUACGACCGUUCUUGUAAUAUCCCGAAACCCCUCUAGGGGGUUUGUAAUAACUUUGUAUCCUCUAAUCCAAAAGUCAAAUUGUUGCUUAUUUUCCAACAGUUUAUAUCCAUAUUGUAGCAAAUUGUAGCAAAAUUAACCGGCAAAGUCCUCAUAACAAAGUCCUCUUUAUAUUCUCCAACUUUGACAGCCACUUUGACAGCUGUCAAAGUCUCCGUCUCUCUUCACCAGGCUCCACGAAUCGCCCCGGUUCCCAGGGGGGUUGCAUUUUCUUCUCACCCUCCACUCUUCUCCUCCAGCACAGUUCUUAUAAUUUCCCAUCGUGAAAUUAAUGGUUUUUAUCAAGAAUAUACUUCCCUUUGGACCUUGGUUACCCAGUCCUUGUUUUGGAAUGCUUACAGUAGGGGGGGGGAUUGACUUCCUUUUAAAUCGCCCCGCUCGUGCCAAAUCCGAAAUUUUGAACCCGGUUUCCCAAUUACUCACGGGUUGUUGUUAAUAGUCCAAAUUUUCAAUGGAAGAAGUCAGCGCUCUCCGUCGAGUGGCAUGCGGCUGCGCUCGGCAGGGAAAGCAAAGGACUCAAGCACCACGCCACUCCCGGCACCCGAUCCGAGCCUUUAAAAGGCUCCUUCACGAGUCGGGAGGGCGCUAAUGGUGCAAGCCGAGUCACCCAUGUCCACGGACUCCGUGCCCGUGGUUUUUAAGGGUCCCCGCGUCGCCGGCGCGGUAGGACCCAGCCCCUGCCAAGCAGACUCCCUCCGGAGCUCGGAGGGAGUCCGCCAUUCGGCGAUGGCGCCAACCCGGAAGUCCCCAACUUUUCAUACCAAGUUGGCCACAAGAGUACUUUGACACAGAACCCGUAGGCCGCACACUGCCAUGCCACGUGGAAGUGGAAGGGGGGACGAGGAGUGAGGCCAAAAUUUAACACACACACACACACCUGGCCCUCCUGCUUCCUCCCCAAAGCUGGCUAAGUGAGGUGCUGGCUUUGGGAAGGAGAUGUGAGGCUCUGACAGGGUCCUAGAGUCCCCCUACCUCCUUUCCAAAGCUGGGAAAGCAUUAUCUAGGCUUUGGGAAGGACACUGGAUGACUCUAGGACCCUGUCAGAAUUCCAUGCCUCCUUCCCAAAUCCCAGAUCCUCACUUACCUGGCUUUGGGAAGGCAAAAUUGCUGCAGGGGGCAGGGGCUGUCAAAUGUUGCCUCUCCUGAAUUUCAGAUGGGCUUCCUAGCCCUACCUAGAGAAACCAGAAUUGAACUCUGGGCCUUCUGCAUUUGAAGCAUCUGGUCUGGCACUGAGAAGAAGUUGGGAGAAGAACUUCAUACAGCUAAGAACAGGAGAGGUUGUGCACUGUUGGAAGACGACUGUAAUCUUGAAGGCUGCAUCAAGGGAGCAGUGGUGCCACAGAAGGGAGAGCCCACAUAAAGGUUAGCUGUAGAAAUGACUGCUUAGAAGCGGUCCGUCUCCCCCCCCCCCCGCCGCCCCGCAUCCUGGUUUUUGAAUAGCAUACACAAAUCGUGAUUUGCGAUAUACGGCCAGGUCAAAAAUCAUGAAACCGAUAUCACAAUAUGGACUUCAAGCUGGUUUUGAACGAUAUAUUGUCCAGCCCUAUUCCCAGCACUCACAAACUCUUGGUUUUAUUAGCAAAGCCAAUGUAACCCGGUCAGUCCCGUUAUAUUUCACUCUGGUUCCACAGCCAUUGCACCACUUCCAGAAGGCUUAUUUUCUGAAGUGUUGCUAUUAUGCAUUUCAUUGGGAGGGGAGGAGAGGAGGGAAGGGUUGAGUGAGAGGAGAGGUAAAGAGGACAGAAAAGGCCACUUCUUAGUUGGCUGUAGGUGGUUCUGCAAGCAUCCCUGCUGUUACUGAGGAAGUCACCAUAAUCAAAGCUUGAGUGCCUGUACAGUUGGCCUCAUUUUCUGUCAGCAGGGCACUCACCAAACUUUGCAGAACCAUCUCUCUUUGAAGACAAGCCUUUCAUAAGAACUAUUUUUUUUAAAAAAAGAACCUAGCAAAUUGUAAUGACUUUUCUGUGCUCAAUAAUUGUAGUAUGAAGCUUUUGAGGUCUAUGUAGCGGCUUUCAUGUUAAUCUUCCUCUCUGCUCUUUACAAGGUUUAUUUUCUGCACUUUAUAACAGUUGGAAAGCCUGAGAAAUAAUAUAUUGAGGGUGUUUUUUCCCUCCAGUACUAGAUGUUCUUUGUGAGCUCCUACCCACUUGGUAAAUCAUGUCAAAGAAUCAAACAUUUGCUUCUCUGAGCACUAAAUUGCUAAGUCAGUUUCAUGAUUAAAUGUUUUGAAUCUUCUACCCCUAAGAGGGUCAUGUAUGCAGUUGGGUUUCAUAUAGACCUUGUAAACAUUAAUGUUAUAAUCAAAAGAUGUAUGCCAUUAAUAUAUGUACAUAGCAGUGUGUGGGAGCUCGACAAUUGUAAUAGGUUGCCUGUCACUUACUUAAAGCAAUUUUUCUGGAAGUGACUUUCCAAGGAACUGAGAUUUUGUUUCUCUUGAAAUUUUUUGGCCUGAAAAAUAUUAUCUAUAGAUAUAUAUAUAUUCAGAACUGUAUUUCAAUAUGCCAAUUUGUAUGAUUCAUUGAAUUCAUUUGCAAUUAUUAUAUAAUGUGACAAAGGUUGAAUAUCUUGCAGUUGGACUUUGGGACAGAUUUUCAAAAACAAAAACCACUCCGUUACCUUUGGUGAACAAGAAUUCAGGUGUCACAACAGAAGUUUCCAUUCAGGCCAUUAGUAGUACUCAAAUACUUAAUGGUUUCAUGUGUAAAUGGGCUAGUAGCUUUUAUGGAUGUGUUUUCAGGCCUUUAUCAUAUAGCAUGGUAUCCAGCAUCAAAUUAGCUAAUGGAACAGGGCUUCUGCUGCACCCAGCUGUGGGGUGGAGAGGAAGCAGGAUGUUGCCCUCAUGGAUUAGACUAUGUUGUAAAGUGUGUGCAUCUGGUCUUUAACAUUUGCUGCUGGUUUGCUGGACAUUUUAUUAAUUUUUUUAUUGAUGUUGGUGGAAAUUCCAUUACAAACUAGACUUCAGUAGACACCCACCCCCCACCCCCCGGAUCAUGUAUUGUCCUGAACCCCUGGUCUACCUGGCAGCAAGUCAGUAUGUCAAGUCCAACAAGACCAGGGUCAAUCCGCACAAGCAAAGUCAAAGGUCAGGAAACACAGUCCAGGGUCAGUCCAAGUAGGCCAAGUCAGGAUCCAGUCAAACCCGAACCACAGUCCCAUAGAGGUCCAGAAGCAUCCAAGCCAAGGUCCACCAACAAGGCCACUUCAGCAGACACAGCACCUCAGCUCUGGUUCCUUUUUCUACUUUGUUUGCUGAUUGCAGCAACUGGGCUUGAUGAGGGGUGUGGCCCUCACCUGUCCUGAGCCUACUCCAGCUGAGGAAUCACACCCCUCCUCCCAGAGCUAGUGAGCCCCACCUGGCCAACUAGGGAGCUGGGCUGUGGGCCCUCGCCUGCCUCAGCCUCCUAGAGCGCCCCUGCCACUGCUCUCUACACCUCAGUGCCCACCAUGGAGACAGGGUCCCUUCUGGUGAUGAGUCCUGCUGCUCUGGUUCCUGUGCAUUGACCUUCAUCCCCUCACCAUCUCCCAUCACUCUGUGAGUACUUUCUUCCUCAUCCCCUGCUUGCCCCGAAGUGUCCCAGUCCCAGCUACUGCCAUCGCUGGGAUCUUCUUCCUUCUCCCCGUUGUACUGCCAGUUCAUGACAUGCAUAAGCAUUGGCCUAUAUGGUGGUAACAAUGAUAAGAUAUAUUGUUUAUGUAACACCUGGUAGGGGGAAGUGUGGAUAGGGGAAAGCAUAUUUCAGGAAUAAGAGCGUGCAAUAUACUGAGAUUUCAGUUCUUGGGUUGCUUUGCUUUAUAUGGAUUUAGGAUCAUUGAGUUUUCAAAUCUGUUAAUAGCUUGGAGUUCAUUUUUUAUGUGUUAAAUACUUCUAGACUAAACAUGUGUUAAUAAAAAAAAUAGGACCUUGUCCACUGAGAAACCAUAUUGGUGUCUCCAUGAAGUGCCAAGGUAGCUGUGAAAUGGUCAGACUUGUGAGGCAUCAAAAAAUCUAUGCAACAAAGGCAUUUGGGGCUACAGAGUAUAUUGUUAUUUUUCUGUUUCGAUAUGAUUGAAGAUGCAAUAGAAGUGCAUCUUUUGUUGUAUUGCUAUGUUCUUGGCUUUGGGGCUGAAAAUAGGAUUAUAAAUAAUUGUAGUUUAGAAAAACAGUGAGUAAGGGGCGUAUAAAUAACAGCUGAUAAGGGUGCAUAAUGAUACACAGUAUAGUAGAUAAUAUGGAAAGGGAUAAAUUUUAGAACCUUGAUCAUAAUAAUAGAACUCGGGGCUAUCUUGAAAGAAUCAGGGUAGACACGGUGUGCAAACGAAGAAGUUUGCUCUGUCAGGACGUAGUGAGGCCCAUCAUCGUUGCUUUAAAAGAGGCCAAUUUAUGGAGGAUAAGGCUAUCAAGAGCUAGUGGACAUGGUGGCUAUGUUCUGCUUCCACUGUUGGAGGCAGGGUGCAUAGGGGAUGGGGGUUGUGCUGUUGUUGUCCAACCCUGCUUGAGGACUUCACACAAACAUCUGGUUGGCCACUGUGAUAACUGGAUCCUGGACUAAAUUGCCAGUUGGCACGAUCCAGCAGGAUUCUUAGUAACAUGGUGUUGCAGACGAUAAUGAUAAAUGUUUAUGUUAUCCCAUGAUUGCUGGGGGGGUGGAGACUGAAGCAAAAAAGGCAACUUGCUUAAGGGCACCUAGUGAGUUCAUGGUUUAAAUGGGCUUCGUAGCUCAUGUUUAGGGGCAAGUCAACAAGGAAUUUCUCCUUUGCAAGCCCCAUUUGAAAUGAUUUAUCAGUGAUUUAUGUACAAGUAGCAGCAGGGGAAUCCUUAAAAAUAUUAUAUCUUCCUUUAUAUGCAAGGUGCUUUUUAUUUGUAUACCAUAUUGAUUUUGGUAGGAUAAGCUUUGUUGCUUAGAUGAUCUUGUAGUUGAAAGUAUAACUCUUCACCUAAAUCUUUCAUUAUUAUUCUUCCAGCAUGUAGCAUCAGACACUCUAGGUUUAGCAGUAAACAGACACCAAGCAGUGAUGUGGGUUUAAUGAAAAAGAUUCCAGAAAUGUUCUGAUGCCCUGGAAAGUGAUCUAAUCUAGUAUAUUUAUUUUACUUUUGCUUAGUAAAGAAAGCUAGACACUUCAAAACUGCCAUACUUGUCUAAUACUGUAUUUGCAAGUAAUAAUUUGUGAUUUCUUUCCGAGGAAAAAUAAAGCACUGGAAUUUUUUCUGCCCACAUUGCUGACAUCAACUUUAUUGCGCAAAUGUUUUAAACAAGUUACUGGCUUGCUCUUUUCACCUACUGCAAUGCAAAAUAAUUAGUCCUGACAGGGAAAUGCUUCCAUAGAUAGAUCACUUCAACCUCUAACUCACUUACUUUACUUAUAUCUCUACAUUUCAUUCUUUAACACUCAUUUAGCACUCUUAAGGCUUAUUUCACUAUAAUUUUGUCAAACUUUCUCUGUAUUCAAACAGACUUAAAACCUUAAUACCUAACAAAACACAGUAACACCAACAGUAUAAUGCAGGUAUAUUAAGAACUUAUUCAUGAAAGUGCAGAUGUAGUAGAAACUUGUUUUACGUGUUUGAAAUGCAUGGGUUUUAAAAGGAAUAGAAUGACUCUGCAUAAACUGCGGCUGAAGUGAACUGUAGCUCUUUGUUAACAUUCUUAUAUAAUUAUUCUAUACUUUUAAUAAUAAAAAAGAUUUAAAAAAUAACUUUCUGGAAUAAAAAAACCCCAAAAGGUUUAACUGCCCACCUAAGUGCAAGCAGAGAAGAAACCUGGCAGAUUUUCCCAGGAGAAAAGCGUUGGGUCAGGAUUUCCGAAACUUGGGUCUCUAGUUGGUUUUGGACUACAACUCCCAUUAUCCCUAGCUAGCAGGACCAGUGGUCAGGAAUGAUGGGAAUUGUAGUCCAAAAACAGCUGGAGACUGAAGUUUGGGAAACCCUGAUCUAGGUGCUACCAUAAGGAAGGCCUUGCCUUCAGUGUCCACUUUUAAUACUUCUGACAAAGGUGGUAUAAAUGUAAACAUGUGCCUUGCACCUCUGCAAGUGUAUUUUUUCCAUGACUUUAGGAGAUUUAACUUAGAUAUGUACUUUAAGCAUUUAUUCGAAUCAAAAUAUGACCCUGCUUGUUUUAAAAAGUUGCUGUCCAGUUGACCUUGUAGCAUGGCCAGCUAGUUCUAUAUGUAGCCGCAUAUUAGCAUCUAUACUGACUUCAUUUUUUCACUGCUUUUUGCAUGCUGUGAUUCCUUAAAUAAUAAUUUAUUCUGCUUUUCUCCUGAACUAUGCUGUUUGCUUCCUUCACACCCUAUUGUAGAUUGUUUGCUCCCAGGUUGUAAGAUAAACGCAAGUGGUUGAACCAGGAAAUUCCUUCAAGAUAGGUAAAGGGACCCCUGACCAUUAGGUACAGUCGUGGCCGACUCUGGGGUUGCGGUGCUCAUCUCGCUUUAUUGGCCAAGGGAGUCGGCGUACAGCUUCCGGGUCAUGUGGCCAGCAUGACUAAGCCGCUUCUGGCAAACCAGAGCAGUGCAUGGAAACGCCGUUUACCUUCCCACCGGAGCGGUACCUAUUUAUCUACUUGCACUUUGACGUGCUAUUGAACUGCUAGGCUGGCAGGAGCAGGGACCGAGCAACGGGAGCUCACCCUGUUGUGGGGAUUCGAACCGCCGACCUCCUGAUCAGCAAGUCCAAGGCUCUGUGGUUUAACCCACUGCGCCACCCUUCCUUCAAGAUAGUCAGAAGUAAUUGGUUGCUACUGCCGAGCUUGUCUUCCAUUCUAAAAUGGAAACGUUACAAGAGAUGCUGAGGGCCAUUUCCAGUAUUAUUCAACACCUCCAUUCUAAAUGUGUUUUGUUGGAAGGAAGUGCAUUACUUUCAGGCAGGUGUAAUUUAGGAUCACAGCCAAAGGUAUUUGAUAAACAGCACAGCAUUAAAAAAAAUCUCAAGGUGGCUUAGAAUUAAAAACAAACCACAGUCCAAGAAACACUGUGAAUUCAUUAACAUCUCAAAAAUAACACCGUGAUAGCACAAUGGGGGAAAAAAGAACCAUAGCAAACAAUGUUGAAAAUGAGGAUACCAAAAUCAAACCAUACCUGUAAAAAGUUCCCAUACUUUUCCCCAGAUAAACAUUUUUAUUAUAUUUUAAUAUUUUAGGUAAGCUGCUUUGAUAUUUUUUUCCCUCAGGGUGGAAUAUAAAUAACAGUAAAUAAGUUAGGUGAAUAUUGUCUAGCUCUCAGCCCAAGAUCCACUGAGAAGAAAGAUCUGUGGAAAAUCCUCUGAACAACAUGAGGAAGAAGCGCUGCACUGUCUGUUGUCUUUCUUUGUCAUAGGGAUAAUUAGAAGGAACUAGAAGAAGGGUCAUGGAAGGGAGGUUUGUCUGAGAAUCUAGUAAGAUGCUUGACAUGAUGAUUGCCACACACCAUUGGCAACAUAGGGUAGUUCUUAUAGGAAAGUAUCCAUUUUAGCUGGAGACGUGAUGGUACCACCUUCCUCCAAACAUCUCCCCUUCCAUUCUCAUUUCAUGGAUCUCAUGACAUUCCAUCAUAAACCCUAGGCUGGCUUCCUGUCCACUUUCAGAUCUUGCACAGAUUCCAUUCAGGGUUUCGUUUUUCUUAAUCAAAAAUAGUGAUUGCACUCUCUAAAAAACAAAAACCCACCACAAAUUUUUGAAUUCGUUUAUUUAUUUAUUUUGUAUACCAACCUAAGAUCAGGGUGGUUCACAACUUAAAAUCACAGUAUUAUUUUAAAGGAAAUACUGUGUAUAAUAAAGACAAAGACAACCCAAUAAAUCGCCCCUUCCGUAGCACAUUUAAAAGGGCAUCAGAUGUCAAUCAACGAAAGGCAUGGUUAAUGAGGAACGUUUUCGCCUGCUGCCUUAAGGUGCAUAAUGUAGGUGCCAGCUUAACCUCUCUGGGGAUUCCACAAAUGGGGAGAUCUGAUCGUUUGAAACCCAGAUUACAUUACUUGUUCUCACUCUACAUUUAUUUUUCCGUCUAUAAGAUGCCCCCAUGUAUAAGACGCCCCCAAUUUUUGGCGACUCUGAUUUAAGAAAAUGGGGGAAGAUGGCCCCCAUGUGUAAGAUUCCCCCAAAUUUUGGACAUUAUUUUUUAGGGGGGAAACCUAGUCUUAUACACACAAAAAUACGGUAUAUAUUUUUUGAAAGUAGAAACACUGAUACUCUCUGAAUCAUCUGAAAAGGCCUUGUGGUAGCUUUUAGUUCUGCAGUGUAUUGGUUUAAAUGGUUUAAAUUGGGUUACCUUCACAUGAGCAAUGGUCUUUAUUUAGAUGUUAUUAAACGAAUGCUUUUCGGUACUGUCUAGUACAUACUCUUGUACUUUUAUGUUUUGUAACACAGAUUUUGGAUUCUGCAAAAUCCCUACAGUUCUAUCCCAGCGUUUUCUGUGGUGAACCCAUAGCAAGAAUAGACAUGGCUUAGUACAGGAGUGCCCAGCAUGGUGCCCUUCAGAUGAAGUUGGGUUCCCAAUUCCCAUCACCCCCAGCCAGCCGGGGCAAUGGAGAGGGAUAGUGGGAGUUGUAGUCCAGCAACAUCUGGAGGGCACCAAUUACUAGAGAAAUUUUUAAUACCACAUGAACUAUAUGACCAUGUGCUAUUCCUGCUUAAAUCCCAAUGCUGGCUUCCUGUCUUCCCAAGUUUUUUUUUUUUUGGUUUUGUUUUUUUGUUAUUUUCCUUCAAAACCCUCUAUGGCCCUGUUUCCCCCAUGACUUUUCUUCCUCCAGCGGCGCUGCAGUCAGCCACCCAAAUGUUUGCUUUAUCCUCUGAUUUACUAAUCUGAAGAUUUAUCCUCCACCUUUCAAUCACAUGAUUCUCAAGGCAAUCUAUGACUAAUUGUUAAUAACACAACCCCUUCCCCAAACUCACACAUCCCCUGCAGUGGCCCUUUGGCUGGUAGAUGGACCCAAUUCACACUUCCUUUCAGUUCUUCAGUCCCAGGUCAGCUAGGAGUGGGGGCCAGGUGUGGGGUUUUUUUUAGCAAGGAGGUGGGAAGCAAACUCCCUGCAGCUUCAUCGUCUCAGUGCAAUAGGUGUGUCCAAUGGAUGACCCUCUCUUAUUGACCCUGAUGCCUGGAGCUGCUUCUCACAAUCCCCCCUCAAUGAUCCUUCUCCUAAUUUCAUCAAAUCCUUCCUCAAAAUCCACCUUUUCUUUGGCGCUUUUGGCAGAAGUGCUUACCCUUCAAACUCUACUGUAACCAAAGCUGUGUAUAACUGAAAUUCUUGCAAUUUUUUGGUGUGUUUUUGCUUUGUGUACUCCCUCCCCUCUCCUGUUGUCUUCUUUUGUGUUGAUUUCUUGUUUUUUUUAAAAGCGCCCUCUCGUAAUUUAUAAAGUGCUGUGUCUGUGGAUGAUGCCAUAUGAAUAAAUAAAAUAAUGGAAUCGGUUUGGUCUCCAUUGGGGAAGAAGCAAGAGAGAGCAAAUGGAAUAAGAGAGCAAAGUUGUGGUGAUAUAGAAAGGAGACCAGAAACAACAGUGUAAGGGAAAGAAAUCUAAUGGGCAAAUGGUUUAGUGGAGCAAUGAAAGAACACAGUGCGCUUAAAUAAAAGCUGAAAGAUAGAUUAAAGUUAUGGAGGAUUCUGGUACACUAGCUAGAACACGUACUCUCUCUGCCUCUUGAGUAAAAUUAGGACACCUUGGUAGAGAGGUAAUUGUGAAACACAUAGACCUAUGGAACAGUAGUUCAGUAGAUUCAUUUUUAUAGCAGUUCCUUCCUCUGUCCCUCAUAAAAAAUACCUUGGUCAUGCCAAAUGAAAUGGUAAGUUGUUUUCAUACAUAAGAGCAUGUGACAACAUUCAAGAAAGGGAAAGCCAUUUUUGUGUACCCGUGUAUAAUACAGUAGCCAAUAGUUCCUGGAAAUUAACUUCUUAAAUAGGUUGAGAAUGGUUGUUUGCAGGGGUUGGGUCCAGUUCUCCUCCCCGUUUCUCCUGUGACCACCAUGUGAAGCCAGGUUGCAGCUGUGCCGCUACAGAAAUCCCCCCAGGUGGCUGUUUGUAUCACUCCCCAAACUAUUAGCACCUCCUAAAUUCAAAAGUAGGGACAGUGAUUGCCCAAUACAAGAAUAUAUGGACUCACCCUAGUAAUUAGUGGUAAUGAUAUUUAACCAAUAAUAAUUAUUAUUUAUUAUUUAUAUUUAAACAAUAAUUUAAAUGUCUACUUAGAAGUAAGUCUUAUUGAGCUCAGUGAGGCUUAUCCACAGGUAAGUGGAUAUGGAAUCAUAGCCCAAUACUGUGCUACUAUAGAAGUUACUUGUAAGUAAUGCCUUAGUAUACAUUAGAGAUUUUUCUGGCAUUGUAUUAAUGCUUGUUUAAAAAUAGAAAAACUCUUGCGUGAAGGAUGGUGGUGGGACCAUAUGUCCUACAGGUGCUGUUAUUUUUGUGUAUUUUUCAGUGUGUAUCUCUUUUUUUAAAAAAACACCUUUGUAACUAUAAAUAAAAACAGUUUUAGCAAUUUUAUACCUGGCGGGGGGGGGGCGUUGUAGGUUCUUCCAGUUGGGAUGCACACUUCAGAAAAGGAAAUAGACAGUAAUAGACUUCUCUCUACAUCAUGCCCACCGUUCUGCCUGUAGGUUGCGAGGCUUUACCUGGGAUCUUCUGCCUGCAAAGCUAGGAGUCUGCCACUGAGCUACUAUGCAGGAUCACUUGCAGAACUCUGAAUUGUGUUGGGUUUUUUAUAUGCAGUAUAAGAGAUAAUUAGUCACUUUUGUUGGGAAUAGGGUAAAAGUGCUGCAGUUGAGGCCAGGGAACUGAAUUUAAAAAACCCAAAACAUAAAUGAUGAAAAUAGAAUUUUUCUCUUCCAAUGUCACAAACUCCUAAUUUUCAGCUUUGCAAUAAAUUAAUAUAACUGCAUCUGUAUUGGAACUAUUUUAAACUGUGUAUACAGUAUAUGGGAUUGUUUUUAAAUAUUUGUAUUGUUUUUAUAGGUUGAAAUGUUUUUAUUGGUUUAUAUACGGAAUUGUUUGUGUACUUUUCUCAUUCUAUUUGUUUUAUAAUUGUAUAUUUUAUCACUGUAACCCAGCCUGGGGCAGGUAGGAAAUCAAAUAAACAAGCAUGCAUAUGUUUGUAGAUGAGAUGGGAUGAAUCUGGAGGUUUUAGAAUGAAAGUGUGUAAACUCCUUGGUAAAUUAUUACUCUAUUUUGAAGAACUCAUAUUAAAACCUAGAGACUUCCAAUACAUCUUACAGUGUAUUUAACAAUGAAGACAUCUCGGGGUUUACUUUAUGGUGUACAGAAGCCUUAUGCAAUUUUAAUUAGUUCUCUCAUGCACAGGUAAGAACCCUUCAAAAUCAGAAUGCAUAGAAGGAGUAUAUUGUCAGAUUAAUAAUACAAGACUCAGCCAUGCUAUCUGAUUUAGUCAGAACUCCUUAUUGAUUUUAACAGAGAACUUGCUUAAAAAUCAAUAGUGUUGUAUGGACCUUUGGUAAUUUUUCUCUGAAAAAAAUGCCACAAAUUUAGCACAAAGAACACCUUAGAAAUAUUUCUAAAGACCGUAAUGGAAAGUAUAAUAGUCGGUUGAUAUCUGCCUGUCUCAGGAGACAAUGAAACAACAACAACAACAACAACAACAACAACAAUAAUAAUUAUACUCUGCCCAUAUGCUUGGCUUGCCCUAGCUUCUCUGGGUGGCUUCCAGAAAAAAUACAGAGGGAAAGAAAAAGAGUGAGGAAGAAGGGGGGGGAAAUCAAACAUUAAAAACUUCCCUAUACAGGGCUGCUUACAGAUGGCUUCUAAAAGUUCUAUAGUUACUUAUUAACUGACAUCUCCUUGACAUCUGCCAGGAGGGUAUUCCACAGGGUGGAUGUGACUUCUGAAAAGGCCUUCUGUCUGGUUCCCUGUAAUUUUUCUUCUCACAGUGAGGCAACUGCUAGAAGGCUCUCAGAGCUAGAUCUCAGUGUCCAGGAUGAACGAUGGAGGUGGAGAUGCUCCUUCAGGUUUACAGAGUGCACAUUUGGGAGUGUAGUGAAACCAUUGGAGGGCUACAGAUGGGGUGUUAGGGGAGGGGCAGUAUCGACUGCUGGGGGACAUGUGAUGCUUCUUCUGGGGUGGUAUGACCACCUUUGGUCCCCACCGCGCACUCUCACCUCUCACCUGUGGCUCCUAGAACUUGGCAGCAGCCACAGCCUGGAAAUGCCUUUAACUGGCUGGCUAAACAGUACAAUAACAUAGGUACAUGCAUUUAUUUCAGUGUGUCAUCUUAAAAGUGCUGAUGAUAUGUUUCUGUUUUGAGAAAACAGAAUAAGAAGCAUGAUAUAUAUAUAUAUAUUUAGAAGCUUUCUACUUGUUCAGUCUUUGCAACCAUGCUUUGUACUUAGAGUAGAUCCACUGAAAUGAGUAGCUCUAAAUUAGUCAUGUCCAUUAAUUUCAGUGAGUAUAGGUACGACUACUCUAUGUCUAACAUUGGGCAUAUGCGGUUGUUUCUAAGCUAUUAUAUUCCCUCCAGAUGAGUCUUAGGCUUUGUUGAAUUUCCAGGAAAGGGUAAGCUUUCCAAAUGUGUAGCAACUGAUACAAAUUGAUUUAUAUGUGUCUUCAUAAUUUCCCUCAUAACAAGAGAGUUUAGUCAAAGAGGCUCUUUAGGCCUAGCUCACAGCUGUGCUACUGGGUUGAUGGGACUUGUAGGCCAAAACAUCUAGACUGAGGGCACCAGGUUGGGGAAGGCUGGCCUAACACCACAUUGUUGGAGGUUAUUUCUUUAGUUCCACUCUGUUCAUGUAGGCAGCCAACUUAAGAACUUGUAAGUUACACAUUAUCUCUGGCAUCAACUGUGUCACCCUCAGCAGCUGCUUGGUCUUGCCUACAAGGCAGAACUGGCCUUGGACCUAAGAUAUUCAGAGAUUUUUAGGCUUAAAUCAGCUGAUUACAUUAGGCCAGAGGAUUUUAGGAAGACAGCCGAGAAUGGUGUGUGUGUGUGUGUGAUGCAAAGAAGGAAAGCCCUCAUAGAGUGGGGAAGUAUAUAGCAGCAUGAAAAUCUGGAGAUAAUGGCUUUUCCAGCCUUCAGAUGAUGAUAAAGUCGUGUAUUCCCAGAGGGCUGAAGGAGCCCACCAGGUUCACUGAACAAAGUCUAUUGAAUGACACAUUUCUGAGGAAUGUAGCUGUUUAGAGUUGGAAAGAACUGAGGUGGAAAAGAGUAAAGAAUUCAACUAGCAAAAUUAGAAUUGGUACUGAAAACGGUAUAGUUAUCCCAUUUGAAUAUUUGUCCUUGCUGAUGAAUAGUCAGAUUCAGAUAUUUACAUCCUUGGUAACUUUGACAAUUUCAGCUGGCUGCAUGGAAAUUUUCAACACAGUACUCUUAACUUCUUUAUAUUUGAGAUUUUCAUAAUUAAAACCAUCCAUAUCCAAUAAAAGGCACUCAGCUGAGAGUAGAUUAAUACUGUACCAUAUAAAAUCCAAGAUGAAAUGUUAAUAAAAAUGAAAUCACCAUACUUUAUCAAAACUGUCAGCAUUAAUUCUAAUCUUGUUUGCAGAGCAAAUAUUGCAGCAAUGCAUUGAGAUUUCUUUGCAGCUAUACUUAAUUGUUCUGACAUAAGGUGUUGGGGGGGGGAUAGAAAGGGUAAGACACUUAAUGAGGAAGCUUCUCCAUUCUCCCAAGAUGUUAAGAGAAGAUUUGUUUACCUGUGGAGAUAGGCACUAAAGUUUCUAGUAUAAAUUAAUGGACUGUUUGAACUGCAGUUAAAAGAAGUAUGAGAUUCAAAUUGUUUAGCUGCAUUUCAGUUUCAAAAUCAAAUUAAUGUAGGGCAAUAUGGGAAAGAGAGAAAAUGUAGUUCCCUGCACUGAGGUGACACAAAUCCUCUAGUGUAGACAUCUUAUGAAACAGGACACAUAAGAUGUUCAUCAGACAUAAGCUUCCUACUUCCCUGAAUAGACAUUAGGGAAGGCUGAAGACUUCUUACUUGAGAUCUGCACAGGGGAAAAAAUUUCACAGUUGACUAGUCUUAAAGAGCACUGAAAAAUCCAGGAAUUUUGCAAUGAAAAAGUGGCCCUCCCCCCAGUAAAUUAUAGAAUUGUGAACCAGCUCAUAUAAGCAAGUCUUGAGUUUUGAAUUAUCUUAAAUGUAGUCUUACCAAGUCUUGGAUUAUAUGAUAGUAUAAUUGUAAAUUUAUGACUUACUGAUUAAUUAAAGGGUUCUGUUGGAUCCUGAUAAUUUACAGAAGGAAUUUAUAAUGCCAAUGGACUAUUAUAUCUGUAAUAGUAUGACUUUAUAUCCACACUUAAGGGCAUGCCACAAGGCUGUACAGUAGAAGUUCCACCAGCCCGUAAGUGUUGUAUCUGACACUGGGUAAUGUAGGGAAAUCUGUCCUUGACGAACAUGGUCAAGGUCAGUGAAAGAGCUUUCUUGUGUGUCCUUACAUUGAAGACACAACUGAGCUCAAGUGUCUGUUUGAAACAUGUGGUUAGAAAGAUGACAUGCUCCUUUUUUUUCUUUCUUUUUUUUGCACAUAGAGAGGUACUGCAUGCAAGUACCGCAUCCACAAAAGGUGUAUACAGUGGUACCUUGGGUUAAGUACUUAAUUCGUUCCGGAGGUCCGUUCUUAAUCUGAAACUGUUCUUAACCUGAAGCACCACUUUAGCUAAUGGGGCCUCCCGCUGCCGCCGGAGCAUGAUUUCUGUUCUCAUCCUGAAGCAAGGUUCUUAACCCGAGGUACUAUUUCUGGGUUAGCGGAGUCUGUAACCUGAAGCGUAUGUAACCCGAGGUACCACUGUAUGUAUUUUCACCCACAUCUGAAAACUAAUUACAGUCAUACCUUGGGUUACAGACGCUUCGGGUUGCGUGAUUUUGGUUUGUGCACCGCACUGAACUCGGAAGUACCGGAACGGGUUACAGAAAAAUUGAUGGACAAUGGAGCACUGGCAAAACUGACAUAAAAGCUACGGGACAAGGAUAACUGUGACUUUAAAGAUGAAUGGGAACCCUUUACAAAGUAUUUGAAGACGCAACAAAGCGAACUGGACUCCUUGGCUGGUUUUGAAUAAACAUUCACAAACUUUUUAUUGAUAAUAAUCAGCUAAAUAGUUUGAGGAUCUAUAUAACUGUGUAACAUGCAGAAAAUACCAUUUUUAGAGAAAUCAAAGACUGGAACUGAGGGAAGUCGGGGGGUGGGUGUGGGUGGGUUCUGUGGGGGGAGGGGGGAGGGAGGAAAAAUGGGGGAGAAAUAAGGAUAUAUUUCUGGGUAAUAUGUUUUGUUUUAAUUUUGAAUAAAAAGUUAUAAAAAAAAAUAAUAAUUACAGAAUCGUAAAGUUGGAAGGGACCAUAAGGGUAAUCUAAUCCAACCCGUUGCGAUGCAGGAAUCUUUUGCCCACCGUGGGGCUCAAACCCAUGACCCUGAGAUCAAAAGUUGUAUAUUGACUGAGCCAUCCAACACAUCUAGUCCAGCCUCCUGUUCUCACAGUAGCCAGCCAGAUGCCUGUGAGAAGCAGGACAUGAGCACAGCAGGGUUUCUUCCACUACUAGCAACUAGUAUUCUGAUACUAGAGGUACUGUAGUAACCUCAUGACUACAGCCUCAUGACUAGUAAAUAUGAGGCUUAAGUUUUUUAGAAGUACAGUGGACACUCCAGUUGCGAACGUAAUCCAUGCAGGAUGCACGUUCACAACCCGCGUCUGCGCACACAUGGGUUGCGAUUCACCGCUUCUGCGCAUGCGCAACCACCAAAACCCAGAAGUAGCCCGUUCCGGGUUUCGGCGGUCCGCAACCCAAAAAAACCCAACCUGAAGCAGCUGUAACCCGAGUUAUGACUGUACUGUAUGUUUCUGUGUAUCUGUUCAACACAUUCAAAAGAUGAACAGCGAAUAUGACAGUUCUGUGUUGAAUACUGUAUUUAGCACCUGUCUGGUGGGUGAUAACAUCAGCGUUCACAGCAGAAAUUGCAGAGGGAAGUUGGGCACAUAUGGAAAGCAGGAAAAUCUAAUAGAUAUGUGAGCAAAUAGAGGAUAUAUAUUUUUCAUUGAUACAGUUGGUAGACGUUAGUAGAUGUGACUCAUCUUGUUUUGUGACAUUGUUUACACUUUCCUUGGUGUAAACCAGGGCAUAUUUUCACAAGUGCAUGUUAAUAGCUAUUUGGAAGCCAUGCAUGCCGGUUUUCAAAUGUGACUGCUUUGAACUGAAAAAGCUACACCAGUCGGCUAUUUUGUGUUGCGAUGCCUCUGCUUUUGGUGAGAUAGAGUAACUCAUUCAGAGUGCUUCGUGUGGUGUUCACUCAGCUGUUUUAGGAAGUCAUUGAGUAGGAAGUCAUUGAGGAUUCACUCAAGAGAGCAACCAUUGCAAACUGUGAAGACUUUGAGAACAGACCCAAAGAUCCAGUGCAGAUGCAACAGCCUAGAACGGUGGCUAAGGGUGGCCCUGGGACUGCAUGCUCAUUGCUCCCUAUCCACCAUCACCUCCAUUGCUGGAAUGAAUUUCUCCCCUACCUCCUUAACCACAGCUAAGCAUUAGACCAGGGGUCAGCAGACUUUUUCAGCAGGGGGCCGGUCCACUGUCCCUCAGACCUUGUGGGGGGCUGGACUAUAUUUGGGGGUGUGUGAACUAAUUCCUAUGCCCCACAAAUAACCCAGAGAUGCAUUUUAAAUAAAAGCACACAUUCUACUCAUGUAAAAACACCAGGCAGGCCCCACAAAUAACCCAGAGAUGCAUUUUAAAUAAAAGCACACAUUCUACUCAUGUAAAAACACCAGGCAGGCCCCACAAAUAACCCAGAGAUGCAUUUUAAAUAAAAGCACACAUUCUACUCAUGUAAAAACACCAAGCAGGCCCCACAAAUAACCCAGAGAUGCAUUUUAAAUAAAAGGACACAUUCUACUCAUGUAAAAACACGCUGAUUCCCAGAUCAUCCACGGGCUGGAUUUAGAAGGCGAUUGGGCCGGAUCCGGCCCCCGGGCCUUAGUUUGCCUACCCAUGCAUUAGACUGACACCAACUUAAAUCGCAAGUUCAGCCAGUGUUCUCAUUAACAGCAUUCCUUAAAAUCCUGGUUGAAUGGGAACCCUGGUUAGCCUUAGCUGUUGUUGAGACUGGUGCCUCGAUCACAAUAAAUGGAAUAAAGCAGAGCUUUCAUGGAAGGGAACAUGUGGUCUUGUCGCCUGCUCCCUGCUCUUAUAAUAGCAGAUGAAUUUCUGCGACCAGAUAAUGCAGAUUAGAAAACUUUGCAGAAUUAUUGUGCACAGACAUCAUUUGUAGGGACCAGAUUAAUGGGGGGGGGGGCAAGCAGGCUGCAGGAGGAGAAAUACAAAAUAAUGCCUCCACCCAUCUUUCACUGAUGGAUUCCUUCCAUUAGCAGAUGAACAUUAUUAGGUACUACGCUAUGUUUGCAUGUUAGAUAUAUAAUGUAAAUGCCAAGCAUUUGAAUUAAUGAUGUUACUAAUGUGAUAGCUUCAUUAUAAUGAGGUUUCAUAUUUCCCUUUAACCGCGCCACCUGUCAUUCAUAAACUCAACUAUUUGUGAUCUACAUUGUGGCAAACAAGAAAUUUUGACGGGACUUAAAGUAUUUGAGAACUCGGAGUUAGACAGAAUUGAAGUCAUUCUUGUUGCGUUUUACUUUAUAUGGUCCAUUGCCAACUGCACCAAUUAGGAUUUCCUUAACAAACUUCAGCAGGGAGACUAUUAUUAAAUGACAUCUCAGAGAGCAAUGCUAUCGCUUGACCAUUCCAUAAUCUCCUAAGAGUGCUUGCAUAUUUAUUCUGGAAUAGAUUGAGUGGCAUGUUGUUGGUAUUGAGGUGACCUUGUCAUGCUCCUUUUGAUGUGGAAGGUCUUUUUUUGCUAACGUCAAAUGAUUUGUGUUUCAAGAGAAGAAAUCAGAAAUGGUCAUUUGGCUCAGGAAUGGCGAACCUGUGUCCCUUCAGAUAUUGUUGGACUUCAGCUACUACCUUUGGCCAUUCUGACUGGGACUGAUUUUAUUUUAGGUAAAGGUAAAGGGACCCCUGACCAUUAGGUACAGUCGUGGCCGACUCUGGGGUUGCGGUGCUCAUCUCGCUUUACUGGCCGAGGAAGUCGGCGUACAGCUUCCGGGUCAUGUGCCCAGCAUGACUAAGCCGCUUCUGGCAAACCAGAGCAGUGCACAGAAAUGCCGUUUACCUUCCGGCCGGAGCGGUACCUAUUUAUCUACUUGCGCUUUGACGUGCUUUCGAACUGCUAGGUUGGCAGGAGCAGGGACCGAGCAACGGGAGCUCACCCCAUCACGGGGAUUUGAACCGCCAACCUUCUGAUCGGCAAGCCCUAGGCUCAGUGAUUUAGCCCACAGCGCCACCCGCGUCCCAUGAUUUUAUUUUACGAUUAUUUAAUUUAAAAGGGUUAGUGCUUCUUGCUGUUUGUUAACCAGAAAGUUGAUGAUUUGAGCCCACCCAGAGAUGGCUGUGGGCAGGAUUUCUGCAUUGCAGGGGGUUGGACUGGAUGAUCCCUGGAGUCCCUUCCAACUCUACAGUUCUAUGCUUCUGUAUCCCAUCACAGCACACAAGCAGCCAUCCAUCCAGACACUGACUAAACCGAGACCUACCUGGUUUCAACCAGGCAGUAGCCUCCAGACCAGGCAUCCUCAAACUUUGCCCUCCAAAUGUUUUGGGACUACAACUCCCAUCACCCCUAGCUAACAGGACCAGUGGUCAGGGAUGAUGGGAAUUGUAGUCCCAAAACAUCUGGAAGACCCAGUUUGGGGAUGCCUGCUCCAGACCAUACCCAGAUUGGAGUUGGAGUCAAACAACAUCUGGAGGCGCAUCCUUCAUUUAACCCAUAUAAAUUUGUCCUAGGUGGGGCAGUUGUUCCAGUUUUAAAGGCUAUAGUUUAAUUAAUGGCCUUGCUCUUAAUCAAUCCACUUUUUAAAUUGGUUAAUUAAUUUUAUAGCCUCUUGGCACAGAUGGUAUUUUGAAAACGUGAAGAUAACUGUUUGUCUAGAAUUAACACCACAGAGGGAGAAUUUGUGGAAAUAUCUUAAUUCCAACACUCAAAAUCUACCAAGGGUAUGUGUGUACACACUUUCCAUUGUGUGCGCACACACAAUUUUAAAUUUGCCACCACUGAGUUUCCUUUCACAGGGAAUAGCUCUUGCUUAAAAUCUGCAGCAAAUGCCUUAAGAAUUAAUCAACAGGAUUAAUUCAUCAGUGCUUUUAUCUCCAUAUGUAUGAAGAUUCAUGUGGUAAAAUAAGGUACAUGCAAAGUUGGAAAGUGUCAGAUGUAGUUCUAUUCCUACUGAGAGUUAAAUAAGACUGGAUUUAACCAGCACGUGCCUGGACACUUUGUUCUGAGCACCAUAGAUGACAUAUAUAGGAAAUAUAAUAAUAAAAAAUAUAUUAUAAUAAUUUAUUAUUUAUAGCCCGCCCAUCUGGCUGGGUUUCCAGAUGCUUCAGCAUUCCUGAUGAACAACUUUUAAAGUCAUUUUGACUCCUGUUCUCUGUACUCCACACAUAAAGAAUGAAAUACUUUUCAAUAGGGGUGAAAUUUCGGAAAGAAUGAGAGGAAGCAUUUCUGUCUACCCUUGCAGCAUUAUAUAUAAAUAGUAAAACCCUUUGGUCAUACGCUUUCCUUUGGCCAGUUAGUUUUUUGGGGGUGGUAAAAUCUGACUUCUAAGCUCAGGUCCAUCAUUGCAUGGUGAGAUAGUAGGAAUAAGGGAGGGCUUUUGUCUUUGUGGUGGGGGUGUGUGGAGGAGAUUUCCAAGGGCCCCAUUUCCCACUACACAUUGUAAAGCUUUUGCACUUUCCUCAGCUACUGAAAUUUUCAACAGGAGUGGAUGAAAAGCUUCUCUGCCAGACUGGGCCUCAGGGGCUAUAGAAAUUUACUGGCAGAAGGAUCAGUAUGGCUUAUGGAGAAGGAUCUAUUCUUAUUGUCUUCCCUGAGGCCUCAUGUGAUUGUCAGGGAGUAUUUACUAAAGCACAUUUUUGACAUUUAUCUCACCAUGGGGUGGUUAAAAAAAACACUGCCUGGCGUUAGCCAAACAGUUUUGUGAAUCCACCGUGAUAAUACCCUUGCAGCUGCCCAUAUUUGUUGGUUUACUACACUUAGGUUUACUACACUCUUAAUAUGAUUUCCUAUGCUAUCUGAAUACAGAGUGAGACCUGGUUAGCUUCAGUAGUACCACCACUGAAGUACCAUCAUUUCCCUCCAAACCAUUUUCUGGGUGUGAUGAGCCAUUUACUUUGCCACACACCUGUUGGGUAUGUUUAGCCUGGUAGAAGAGAAGACUGAGAGAAGAUAUGAUAGCCAUAUUCAAAUGAGAUAAAGCUUAUUUUCUACUGCUCCCGAGGGUAAGAACCGAACCAAUGGAUUCAAAUGACAAGAAAGGAGAUUCCAACUAAACAUUAGGAAGAACUUUCUGACAACAAGAGCUGUUUACCAGUGGGAUGAAUAAUCUCAGAAGGUGGUGGAUUAUCCUUUACUGGAGGCUUUUGAACAAUGGUUGGAUGAUCACGUCAUGAUUAAAUCUAUACUUUAGUAAUCAGAUACCAUUCAAUCUAAGAGGGGUCUUAGACGUAUUUCCAGUUUAGGAACUGGUCAGUCCAGUUUGCCUUUCAGCCUGUUUUGCUCAUGCAGAUUGGGUUGACGGGGUUUCAAAACAUCUGGCAGGCCACAGGUUCCUCAUCCCGGUUCUAAAUGGGAAAAUGCACAUUUUAUAGUUCUGCAGCCCACAUAGGUACAGAUUCACUUCUGUAGCCGAACUUCAUUGCCUGCUUGCUUGCUUGCUUUGUUUUCUGCUAAGUAGGUUUUGAAAUUGUAACAAUAGCUCGUCAUCUCAAACAUUUAUCAGCCAGCUUUAAAAAAAUAAAAUCUCGAAUAUUGAAGUGUGGUGAUUCACCCAGCUGCGCAUGUGGGCUGGAACGUGUUUUCUGAAAAUAAUCACUAUCACUUGCUUUUGGCAUCAUACAGCUCUCUUGAAAUGAAACUGCAGAUGUAUCCGGAAGGUUAAUGGCCACUUAGAACUGCAGAGAUUUAAUAGGAUAUCAGUAAAGUUACGGGGAAAGAAUGAAAUAGGGUUAAUACUGGGGAUUUUAAAGGAUCACUUUAAUUUCAUCAUUUGAUUGGAGUGAAGCUUUGAGCCACUUUUGUUUGAAAGUUUAAUAGAAGCUUUAUUCCCAGGAAAGCCUUGGGUUGAUCCUAUCAGUUGGGCAUUUUCAUAUAGAUGCAGUAUGCUCCUGCAAUGGAAAACAGACUGUGGUGUUGUAUAGUGAUGAAGGCGUUGUGUGAUGGGCCAUAAUGUUUCCAUGCACCAGGGUGAACAAACACCCUGUUGGGGCCAAGAGAGACCACUGCCUGAAACUGCAGGCAGUGUAGACAGUAUAGAACUACUGUAAAUUGGCCAGUGGUCUAACUUAACAACAUCGGAAUCUGCCUUAAACUGAGCUAGACCAAUGCAGGGGUUCAGUCAGGGGUCUCUCACAAACUUUCCUGGAGAAGACUGGUAUUGAACCUGGACCUUAUGUAGGCCAGGUAAGCUAGACAGAUGCUCUGUCACUGAGCGACAACCAUUGCAAAAAAAUUUAAGGUGCAAAGUGAGUGGAGCUUACACAUGAAGGCCAUUUUAAGUUGCUUCAUGUAGUAGACAAGUCCUUAGUAUGACAGAUAGGUGGGCAACCCUGCCUGUCAGUCACUUGCCUGUCAGACGAUUGAGUUGGUUCUACCCACCUAUCAAAUUCCCUUAUGCAGCAGUUCCCAAACACUUAACAGACAGUUGGCGCUUGGCAACCUUUGCGCAUAGACCUGGCAGAGUGAUGAGCAUAAGGCUGGCAUGACUCCUUUCUGCAGGGAACUUGGUCAUGCAGCCAAUCCAUCCACUUCUUAACCAGCUCCACAUCUAAUGUCACAUCGGGUGUGGGGCAGGUGGCCCUGUUUGGAGGGAAAUGGCCUCGUGAACCAAAUUGGAAACCUGUGCAUGGCCAAAUUUGUCCCAUGUUCCACUGCUUUGUGAAAGAAUACAAUCACCUGUCUGCCCAGUUGGUAGCUGCUCCGGAUCUUUGAUAGGUUAAUAAGACGGAACCACAUCUGAAGGGCCACAGGUUCUCCAUCCUUAGUGCAACUGAUGGUGUGCAUAAGUGACAAAAGCUAUAACAUUGAGGAGUAGCCUGUAAGUUCACCUGUGGCAUUAGAGCUUCAGAAUCAAUGAUAGAUUGCAGAAAUAAGUAAGUGUGUGUAUAUGUGUGGUGGCAGACUUGGUGAUGCUAAAUGAGUAUAUGCUAUUUUUUUGUUUUAAUUUUUAGUGGAAGUUGGCAAUUCCACCCAUAUUCAUUUAUAUUCUUUAGUAGUCUCAGCAGGAAGAAGCUAACUACCCAAAAUCCAGCUUGCUUUGGUGCUUGGCUAGCUCAAAUCUGAAAUAAUGUUUUGUUUUGUUUUUUUUGUGAGGUAUGAGACAUUGUUGAAGUUGCCACCCUGGUUUUGCAUUUUCCCAUAAUGGAGGGGAAUGGGUUGCGAUAAGAGCCCUUGUCUGCAGCUAUCAUUUUCUUUGCUAAGACGAUUCCUUAAAAGCUAAGAUGAUUCCUUAGCUGGCAACUUCACAGUUCUUAUGUGGUGAAAUGAAUCACAGCACUGUACCUUAAAACAUGUUUCUUCUGCAGAAGAUGAUAAUUAGCUGGGCUGUCCCCUGAGGAAAGAAUGAAGCCAGAGAGAAUUUACAUGUUGUUGGUUUCACUAAUUCUGGCAUGUUUCCACCAGCAUGUCCACAUUUGUGAAUGCCUGAAAAUGGAUCUCUUUUUGCUGUGCCUGUAUUUGCAUAAUUCAUUCGGUGAAGAGUCUGGCAUAGAGAUACAGAUUCUUUGCUAUAGUUCUAUAGAUUAUUAUUCUAGCAAUGAAAGGUCUAUCCAUUGGGAUACAUCAGAAUAGUUUUGUUUUUUCCCCAAAUGACAACAAGCAGUGCAUUGCUCAUGCCCACACUAUUUAAUGAAACUAAUUCUGUACCUAAAAUCUGUAGACUGCAUCCCUCCUUCUUUGCUUACCAUGGCUGAUUGAUUACUACCUGCUGAAGAGUCUUUUGUUGUGAGCAAUUUAUUCUGAUGUAGAUUUAGCUAUGAUUACAAAGGAUUUUAGAUUGUCUUUACCCAUUGCGGACGCCUUUUGUUCCUAAUGCCAGUUUAAAAAGCAUUCCCCAAACCCCAAUUAGCAAUCUGCCCAUGCCCCCUGUUUCUCCAGAGCUUUGUUGUUGUCGCUCGAUUUAAGAUGUAUAUAUCUUGCAAAGCAAAUAAACAUGGCUGUGCCAAUUUUAUUUACUUAAAUAAAUGAAAAUCCCCAAGACUCUGAAAAAUGAAAGCUUGACUAGAUGGUAAUGUUUGAUUGAAAACAAACAUAAAAUAUCCAGUUAAAAUCCAGUAGAUGAAAUAUAGGAGGAAUAAUAAUAACAAUGGCUAAUCUCGGACUCAGAAAUGGGGAUUAGCCCAAUAAAUAUUGCCUUGGACAUUUUUUGGUAGAGCUAGCAACCACUUUGGUUGUAACUUUUCUAAGCUCAUUUGCAAGGUUGCUGAUGUUUGCUGUUCUCCAAUAAGCAAGCUGUAAGACAUUAGGCAAAGUAAAAUUCUUCAUUCUCUUUUUGUUUACCAGAAAAGCUACACAGACCCUUCAGCUUUUAUUGUCAUGUUUGUUGCAUUACACCUUGUAUGUCUUUUAUAGAGAGAACAACAUAUUCUAAGUGGCAUAAAUUAUCUAUAAUCCUUUUGAUGACUAUUUCUGCUUCUGAUUUCAAGCUUGUUAUAUUAGUGAAGCAAUAGCCCUGUUUGGACAUAAUCCCAAAGUGUGCUUAUUUGAAGGGCUUGUGACCCCUUGUCCUUGGCCACAAGAAGAUCAGAAUGUUUUGCUUCAGUUUUUAACUAACCACAGUUUAGCAUUACAUAUGUCUUAAGCUCAGCAAACUGUGGAUAGUCUUAAAUUAUGGCAUACUGGAACAAGCCAUGUGUGGUUUAUGAAGCUGGCAUGUUUCAGUAAACCAUAGUUAAAGCUAACCACAGUUUAGUGUUUGGAUGUAACACCAAGCUUUGGGUAACUGAAAGCAGAAGCAGAGGUUUCUGAUCUUCUUGUGGCCAUGCCAGAAGCGAAGAUUGGAUGAGGGAGUGCAUGAGCCAGACACUUGUUCAUAAGGCUGUUAAUGUGUCUGAACAAGGCCAUUAAAGUGUGAUCAGUGCUGCAUGUUGAUAGUAUCAGCGAAUUCCUUGGCUGGGAUAUAGAACAUCUUUUGCAUGAGUGGAUGGCACUGCUGCUGGCAUAGGCUUGCUGUCCCACAAUUUCUUCUGAUUCUGUCUUCCAAGUCUAGCCCUCUCCUGCAUUAUACCUCAUGUUAUUCUUGUUUUAUGAUCUUGAAGAGGGUAAGACAUCACAGCAGGACUAGGAAGUAAAACAACUCUGCUGCACAAGCAAAGUUCUGAUUGCACAUCUUUGGAUCCAGUCCUUUAUAUUGUUGUUUUGUGACCUAUAAUUAUUAUUUAUAAAUUGCAACAGAAUGCAUUUCAUUUCCAUGGAUAAGAAUUUGUGUGUUUUUUCCAUUGUUUUCAUUGCACCCGCCUUGUUACCGCCCUACUCUUGACAUGUUCUUGCUACCUAACACUUUCGUCCUCUAACCACUUUUUAUCUCAUGAAGCAGAGGGGAGAUCAUUAUUAAAAUAAAACACGAUCAUUAACUGUAAGUUUUAUUAACCCUGAUAUUCAUCUGUAGAGUUGCAUGUACUAAUGAGGCUAUGCCUUCUCAGCCGCCUCAUUUAAAUUCUGAUUCAGCCAUGAAAUUCACUGGGUGUUCUUUUGCAUGUCACUGUCUGUUAGCCUAACCUACCUCAUGGAUAGUUUUUCAUGAAGAUAAAUUAGCAGGAAAUACUGUAACUAUACAAGACUGUUUUUUGGGGUAGCAUGUAUGAAGUAUAUAUCAAAUAACUCCCCAUUUUACUCUGCUCAGAAAAUUAACGGACAGAGAGCAUCCCUAUCUAGAACGGAUACUCAACUUCUCUCAAUAUUAUUUUCCUGGGGAAAUGGUUUUUGUAGUUGGAAACGCCAGUAUAUUUCUGACAGUGCCACAAAGUUUUCAAGCCCUGCAGCUUUCUUAAGCAAGAAUUCAUUGCAGCCAAAUUGGCAGAUAAGCCAAGUCAGAUACAUUGCCUCUGAAUUCAGAAAGCAGACGGGAACAUUAUCUUGACACCUCUAGGAACAUAAAAAACUUCUCUGUAGUAGAGGCAUGAUAAGAAGGCAUGUCUUCUUGUAGCAGUUCUGGAGUAGUCAAGAUUGGUCACUUACUACUUGGAUUGACAGACUUAUAUUUAUUUACUAUUAUAGGUAAAUAUACUAUUAUAUGUUCUCUGUGUAUUCCAAUUUUCAGCUAAUUGUCUUCCAAAGUUGCUCACAUUAAUUUAAAAGGAGAAAUAUAUCCAGUAAUAUUGGAUGUUUCUGGACUGACCUUCCUAUUCUAACUCUGUAUUGUGUUCACCAGAGUGGAAAAUACCUUUUCUGGCCAGCAUACCUUAUCUCCUAUUGGGCCAAAUGUGACAGUUUUUGAAAGUUUAAAGAGCAGCAAAAGACUGUUUGCAAAAGGGCUUUGAAAUGGAGAAGUAGAGGAGGUCUGAUGUUUGCUUCCACCCAGUAGUCCUAAUCUAAACUGCUCCACAUGCCUGCAAUUUGCAUUGCCAAAAAACCCAAAACAAAUGUUUUUUGAAAAUGCAAAUUGCAGGUGGCCCCGUCUGGAUCAGGACUUCUGAGGAUUUGAUGACAUCAGAGGUCCACCUUUCAACUCAGAUUCUAGGUAGGUUGCAGAGAGGCACUUCAAGGACUAGGAGAUGUAUAGUAGUUCUGGGGUGGGGAACAGAUUGAUUUUCAUAUGUCUUGAUAAGUAAUCGAUUUUCCCUGGCAGAGUGGGCUUUGGGGGUGGGCACCCUAGCCAACACUAAUAAUAAUAAUAAUAAUAAUAAUAAUAAUAAUAAUAAUAAUAAUAAAUUUAUACUCCACCCUCCCAUACCUCUUCCAAAUUGAUGCUUUCAGACUUCCGCUGCAAAGGAACUGGCCAGUGAAUUUUUUGCUUCCUCAGACACCUCUAGUGGUCUGUUAUAUCGCUCCUUUGUGGUGAUUAAAACAGGAGUGAAAAUGCUUUUCAUAACUAACACUUUGGGGAGCUGGAGGAGAUACAUUGCUGCAUUAAGAUGUGCUUGGAAUCUUCUUUCAGUACCUUUAGAGAACUGGAAUAAUAUUUGAAUAAUUACAAGGAUGCUCCUCAUGGCAUAUGCUCUUUCUCAAAAUACAACCCAGAUCCUUUCUGCAUGAGGGAAUACUAUAAAACAAGCCUCUUUCAUUGUUGUGCUUUGUUUUGAUUUUGGAAGUUCUAUCUUUCUGUUAGGUAGAAAUCUACCUGCUUGCCUUCUUGUUGGAGCAAUUCGUUUCUGCAACAUCAAAAUUAAUUUUUAAAGUAUUAUACAGGGGACCCAUAUUGGACAUCAAAGCAAAGAGUUUUUGGGUGUUGUUGUUUGAUUGUAAUGUAUCUGAGACCAAGUUGCGGAAACAAGGCAAAGUUUGAUAUGUUUCCUUGAUGGUUUUAGGUAACGGUAAAGGGACCCCUGACCAUUAGGUCCAGUCGCAGAUGACUCUGGGGUUGCGGCGCUCAUGUCGCUUUAUUGGCUGAGGGAGCCAGUGUACAGUGUGUAAUUUCCUCUAAAAGAGAAUUUAUGGCUUCUAAAGCUGGUAGCCCAACUUCUAAUCUUGCAUCAGAUUCUGAAAGAACAAUUGUUGCAGCAAAAGCUGCACCCAGUUUUAGCUAACCACAGCUGUAAACAUCUGCUUCCUCUGCCAUUCUCUGCCUCAUCCUAAAUUCAGACUGCUCCAUACUGUUUUUUUCUUGAGACGGACACACACACACACACACACCCCCCCUAUAAAUCACUGGUUCCAGACUCUACCAGCAGGUAAAUUACCAAUUCAGGAAAACAUUUCUAGUCACUUUGAGGAAAUACAUCAGCCAAUCAUCCCUGUCUUUUAGCAAGCACUCAGCAGAACACAGGAUGGUUGCUUAUCAGCCACAAGGAGAAGUGGAAGGAAGCUUUGGGGGAAAAGUUUAAUAUUGAGGGGUGGGAGUUCAAUGCAACCGAAGAAGCCAUGAGCUUCUGACUUGUUUGAUCUAGUUCGUCACUUUGAACUGGACUCCCAUUACGAAUCUCUCAAAAUAUAUGAGACACCGAAGGAAAUGAGACUGUUCAAUUAUCUACAGCAAGGAAGAAGUGAAAUUGAAGCAACUAUAUUUUAGAUUGCCUCAUGUGGAUGCCCCAUUGGUUAGCAAUCCUGUAGCUAUGGAGUUCUUCUUCAUCUUCUUCAGGAACAACUUAAUUGAAUAAAAUAAAAAUAAAAGGUGUACUAUAUCAUUAUUCAAGCUAACAAUUCCAAUUCCAUAUACUUACCUAAUGUGUAUGGGCAUUACUAUUAUCCAAAUACAUAACAUAUUUUAACCCGCUGGCUGUGGAAUGCUGAGGUGAAAAUGUCCCCUUAAUCAAGGUUUAAGAACUGAUUGUUUUUCUUGAUUGCUUUAUUAUGAUGCUGAUUUUGAAAUGGUUUAAAAUAUUUUUUGAGCUGAGUUACAAUGACAGAUGUCCCCUGCUGUCUUGUUUACUAUUUUGCUGGUUGUUUUCUUAUAGAUAAUUUUCUAUGUAUUUUAUGCACUGUAAACUACCUUGGAAUGGUUUUUACCCUGAAUACUGCAUAAAAUACUUUAAAUAUAAACAAAUAAAUGCUUUACACUUUUGUUGUUCACAUGCCUUGGCAUUUGCAAGAGAUAGACAUACCACAAAGUUGUCAUAUGGCAGGAUUUGGAUUAGGAUAAUAAUUGUGUUACUUAGCAGAUAUAGGAAGUAUUUACAGUGGUGCCCCGCAAGACGAAUGCCUCGCAAGACGGAAAACCCGCUAGACGAAAGGGUUUUCCGUUUUUGAGUUGCUUCGCAGGACGAAUUUCCCUAUGGGCUUGCUUCGCAAGACGAAAAUGUCUUGCGAGUCUUGAGAUUUUUUUUCCCGCUUUCCCCCCCCUUUUUCUAAGCCGCUAAGCCUUUAAUAGCCUUUUAGCAGCUAAGCCGCUAAGCCUUUAAUAGCCGCUAAACCGCUAAUAGCGCUAAUCCGCUAAGCCGCUAAUAGGGUUGCUUCGCAAGACGAAAAAACCGCUGGACGAAGACACUCGCGGAACGGAUUAAUUUCGUCUUGCGAGGCACCACUGUAUCAUUGUUUGAGGGGAGACAUAUCUCUGCUUUGCUGACUUAGCACUGUGGUGUGCAUUUCAUUCCCCUUCAGUUUCAAUAGGACUUUCUUCCAAAUAAGGACAGUUAGGAUUACAGUCUUAGUGGGCAUGGAAUCUGAAUUAUUCCUUGUGUCUUUUUAAAAGGCUAAGCCAUUCACAUGUGAGGUUAGUCAUCAUCUGGCAAAGAGAAGGAAAAACAACAACUAAGCUGCGACUGUUAGCACUUACUAUGCCUCUUGAAUAAACAGAAUAUUUAAGGUGCUAGUGCCAGGCAUGCUUUAUGGGAACAUAAAUGUGAAUCCACAGAAAACCUAUUUUAAAACAUGAUCAGGGGGCAGAGUAUUCGUUUCAUCAUUGGAACUUCUUGGCCUCUUUCUUUUUCAUUCCUGAAAGCUUCCUCAUUCUCUCACAAAAUGGAAAAGAGUAAAGUAGCUCACUUGCUUCUGUAUCCAGAACACAGCAACUCUGCAGUUGUGUUUGGCAAUUGAUUCUGUAGUAAUUGGUUAUGUUAUAGGGCUAAGGUUAACCUCAAUAUAGCUACCCUUGUACAGGGUCAAGGUAUGAGAUGACUUCUAUGAUGGUGAAGAUUUAAAAAAACAAAAACAAAACAACUACAAAUAAUAUUUUCUGAUUCCAGCUUUAGUCCUGUAUAAUCAGUUAUUGUGUGUGAGAGCACAUUAUAAGCUAACUUUAAGUCUUUGGAUGAAAGUCAUAUCAAUGUAAUAAAUAAAUCAAAAAAUUCUAGAAUCCAUGUCAUGUCAGCAUAUAAUAACUAUAGUGUGCAAACUUUUGAGUUCUUCACCAGGCUAGAAAUAAAACAAAGGAGAGGAGGAAAGAAAAUAGGCUGAUGGUGAAGCCAUGGAGCCUGCAUCUGGUCAUAGUCCUUAAGAUGCAGCGUGGGAGAAGGUAGCACGUUAAAAUGAGGCGUUGGGUACUAGGCAGGUUUCUGGUUGCACCAAAGGCUGCUGGGAAGAAGGAACAGUGACCGAGACUUCAUGGUUCUACUGUCAGUUAUCUCCAGUGUUAGAAACUCGGAUUUAUAAGAUAGGUGCCAAAUGGCUCUCCAAACCAGGGUUGUAGUCGCUGCUCCUGAUCUAGCCUGAUGAAGAGUUCUGAAGAACUCAAAUUGCCCAGUGUUUUGUUGCAUUUUUGUUGGCCUAAUAAAUGUAUUGCCCUAAUACUGAGUUUAUAAUGCCUUUUGCUUGUUGUAUAACUUGGUGGUAGCGGUGGAAGUGAGUGUGUGGCCUGUAGCCAACUGGCUGCUGUGGGUCUGUUGUUGUUUCCCCCCCACAGCUAAAGAGAGUCCUUGCCCUGUUGGCAUCAGGGAAUGGGAGAGAUAAAAUAGUCAAUGUCUUUUGUCGGCGCACUUGUUGGCAUCACCUUAUCUAUGUUGAUUUGCACUUUAAGCCCAUAAGCUACAAUUGACAGACCAGGACACUGAUUUUGCUUUCUCCUUCAUGUUAUCCAAGCAGAUAAUCUAAGCGAUGCCUUGAAGAAGCUGAAGAUAACAGCUGUUGACAGCACAGCUGAUAGCUUGGAGGGGUGCUUGGACUGUCUGCUUCAAGCUCUGGCUCAAAACAGUAAGUUUUAUUGUUCCCUCCAAUUUCAUACCAUAUGAUUCAAUCAAUAAAUGAUUAUGGAGGUAAUAAGUGUAUCAAAUGGAAUAAAUCUGUAAGUGGAACUGGCGCAAUAGCUGUUUAUGUUGAACAGAAAUAGCAGAGGGUGAGGGAGACUUUAGAAACAAGAAAACUAAAACCCGGAAAUCAACAACAGCCUGACUAUGGGCCUGCAGAUGAACCUGCGCCCCAAGUCUCCGCUGAGAAAAGUCUGUUCACCCCUUCUUUUUAAGAUCUGUGUUUUAUUAUUAAGUUGAAAAGCUAUCAGAAUAAUUUUGUGACACCAAGCCCUAGAAUUCUGUAAGAGAAAAUGCAAUUGUGGAGUCACAGAUAGUCACAAAUAAUGCUGGCUGCAUUAUUAUUAUUAUUAUUAUUAUUAUUAUGAUCAUCAUCAUCAUCUUUGCGGGACAAAAAAGAAUAGAAAUACAUGGAAAAUAAACAGAAGGUACAUGAAAGACAACUCACCAGAGCAGUAUUUGAACACUACUGGCCUAGACUAGUGUGAUGUUCGAGGCUGAACGUCAUCUAUAUGCAACUCAAAAGUAGGGGGAUUUAGGAGACAUAAUAAUGUUUCUGUCUCUAGAGUGUAUUGUGUCCUCCCCAAACAAUUUGGGGGUGACCCCUCCUGUGGGCCAGGCAGGAGAAAAAGGUGGUGAUAAUAAUGAUGCUUCUGAAAUGCCCACCCCAACAAAACCCAACAAUUUGGGAACGGAGAAAAGCUGAUAAUGAUGAUGAUGAUGAGGCCUUUGCACUGCACUGCACUGCCCCUUGGGCAGAAGCAGCAGAAAGGUGAAGAUGAUAGUGAUAAUAAUGAUGCCUUUGCACUGGGUCUCUCUCCCCCAAGAAUUUUGGAACAAUCAGGAAAAGAGUGGUAAUGAUGAUGGUGAUAAUAACGGAGGUACCUCUGCGCUGGGUUUUCACAUUCCAGCCACUUUGGAGUAGUCCCCGCUGUAGGGCAUUCAGCAACAACAGAAGCCAUAUCCUUCUCAACACACCCACAUACUCAGCUGAGGACCAUCUCCAGCAGCUGCCUACUGUAGGCAGCAAAACAAAUACAGCCGCAACAGGGGUAUUCCUGCAUUUCUUCGCCCACCCCCAGAUUUUCAAAACGUUCCUCGAGCAGCUGUGUGCUAGCUCUUCUGUGCAACUGUCCUGGCUCCCAUCCAGCUUGAAGCAGCAGCCCGAGUUCAAGGAGUUCAGGAUCAAAGGAAGGAGGUCGGAACUGCAAGGAAGCAGCAGAGUUGUCCUCACAAGGCGGUAUGUCCAUCUGCUACUCUUCUGAAGAUGUGGCAAGGCGGGCUCACUUGUGAGGCUCUCGUGCCUUGCAAGACUGCCAAGAGUGCAGACACUCACUGAGUCGGCAAAGAUGCAUCUGUUCCCAUGAGUCUGCAGCCAGGUCCUGAGUGACCAGACUGUGGGCUCCUCAUCUGACUCUGGCUCCUCCACCCCUAACGGUUGACUGAUGCCCUCUCUGGGUUCUGUUGCUACGUUCCUUUCUCUGGAAGGGAAGAAGGGAAGCGAGUCUGGCUUCCCCUACUGGGGCAACCAGAUCUGGAGGAAGUAAAAGUAUGAACACCUUUUUUUAGCCCCAGUUCUCCAGUUUCAGCCUCCCCCACCUCACAUUAUUUUCAUCAUCAUCAUCCUUCCACUCCACUCCUGAGCUUUGGGACAUAGGAGGGCAGGCAGCAAAACGAGUAAUAGGAAAUUCCCCCACUCCCCCCCCCCACCUCAGCACAGAAUAUUUUUUGAAGCCUCUCAAAUGCCUGCUCACUGAUGGCUCCACGUGGUUGGCAGGCAGCAAAAUAAAACAAACCAAGCAGCAAAUGGGUAGAUCCUGCUGAUCUUUCCAUAACCGCAUUUCCAUGCUUUGGAGGACCUCAGGAAUUCCCUUCUCCUGGUGUCCAAACAAAUCAUUUUUUGACUUCACUCAUUUACUGAAAACACUGGCAGGGUAAGAGCAAUACCUUGUCAAUACUGGCUAUUACUAAAUUUAAUCAACGGAUGGUUUAAAAAAUGUCCGCAAUUUAACUUUGAAGAAAAAGAGAAAUUAUUUUGUUUACGUCAGGCAUAGACAAACUCGGCCCUCCAGAUGUUUUGGGACUACAGCUCCCACCAUCCCUGACCACUGGUCCUGUUAACUAGAGAUGGUGGGAGUUGUAGUUCCAAAACAUCUGGAGGGCUGAGUUUGCCUGUGCCUGGCUUACAUAGUUCAAAAUGGAGAUAUUUCUCCUAGUGAUGUCUUACAGGAAACUACGUUAUACCAGGGUUCCAAUACCGACUUGGUCAUGAAGCUCACUGGGUGAACCUUGGGUUAGUAACUAUCUCUCAGAAUAGCCUACCUUGCAAAGUUGUUUUAAGGAUAAAAAUAGGGGGCGGGAACCAUGUAUGCCACCUUGAGCUCCUUGGAGGAAGGGUGGGGUAUAAAUGUAACAAUAACAAAAUAAAUAAAUUCAGCUUGGUGACUGGAAACAGCUCUCUAGCAUUUCAGGCAGUUGACAGUGGUUGAAUUGGAGGCCUUUUUACAUGCAGAGCAUUUGCUGUGCCGCUGAACCAGGUUCCCUUCCCAGAUACCUUUCUUGAACUCUACAUGUAAUGCUCCAGCUGUGUCCAAUAUAUUGGUUGCCAUAAUGAAUCCUUUCUUGUUAGAAGGCGCUGAAAAUUGUCAUUUAUUAUACAGUUUGAUCGCGCCAUGCAAUUCCACCCCAUCUUAUCUGGACAACAGUUGCUCCUGAAAAUUCAGACCUUGGCCUUAUCACCUUACCAGUCUUGGAAGAUACUGAAUUAUUUGUUGGAUCAUUUUUGUCCUCAGUUUUUCAGCUUGGUCUCCUAAUGAGGCUGCUAGCAUAUUAAUUUCAGUUAUGGAAACAUCUCCUACUGGGACUAAACUCUCAAACAGCCAUCAGCUCAUGGUCCCAAGGUGGUCAGCCAUCAACUGAACCAUCGACCUGAAAACUUAUAAUUGGCCAAUGCAACCAAGUUUGUCCUGUUUCCCAUAGAUUGUCUAGUGAGGUUUAAUAUUGUGUCAAUGAAGGUGUUUUUGUUUUGUUUUGUUUUUUUAAGACACCAGAUGAGUCUUGAAUGGAGAGUUAAAUCUUAAAUUCUGGCUCAUUUACGAAGAAACAAAAAUAAAGUCUCCUGUUAACAAAAACUUAUUUUGAAGGAUAUACUGGUAAUUUCCUUUUAUUUAAACCAUUUUUAUCCUGCCCUUCACGCUAUGGUAGCUUCUACUUUAUUUUGUGUUAUUGUUGUUGCUUCUGCCUCCAUUUUAUUUUAUUUUUAUUGCAGUGGUACCUUGGGUUAAGAACUUAAUUCAUUCUGGAGGUCCAUUCUUAACCUGAAACUGUUCUUAACCUGAGGUACCACUUUAGCUAAUGGGGCCCCCCGCUGCUGCCACGCCGCCAGAGCACGAUUUCUGUUGUCAUCCUGAAGCAAAGUUCUUACCCCGAGGUACUAUUUCUGGGUUAGCAGAGUCUGUAACCUGAAGCGUCUGUAACCCAAGGCACCACUGUAAUUGCUUUCUGCUUUAUAAGAUUUUAAAGCAGUGGUUGUCAAACUUUUUUUCCUCUGGGCUGCACUUUCAGAAUAAAAUUUGCUCGCACCACACUGAAUUUUUUAUUGGUAAGAAACACGUUGGAAAAGAAAAAGAAACAACUCCUAGCAGUGCUUGAAUUGUAACAUAGAGCACAACUACUUUAUAAUAUGAGCAUGGGGCACCCAGAAAGUAUAACGCAAUCCAGCUACAUAAGAAAAUGUAUCAUUCCCAAAAUAUAAUCAUAAACAAGUCUUCUCCAGCACUCAGUUUGAAUGGCGAUUCUAGAUUACAUCUAGGAUUAUCCUCAGUAUCAUUUUAUGUGCUUGCUCUCAUUUUGAGAAGAUAUCUAUCCAUAUUCUGCAAAUUAAAGAAAUUAUUUUGAUAAGAUAUGAUACUGUACUACACUGAAAUAUUUAAAGGGAACUGAACCAGACCUUGUAAAAACUCUGUUCCUUAUUCUUGUCAAUGUUACGUCAUAGAGUUGGCACCUGGAAUUGGAUACUAACUGCUGGAGUAUCUUCACUUAAUUCACUGGUUUUCAGACCUGAGGUAAUAGGUUUCUCACCCUAAUAACUAUAGAGAUUCCGGAUUAGAAGAUUAUUCCAACCUUUGGCCUUUGUGUGACUUUCAUAAGUCACCAAUGCUCCAACAGAGACAAAAAAAUUCUUUUAAUGAAAUCCUCUGACUAGCCUAAAAAGAAAAUGUCUGGCAUUUCCAGUAGUUUAACAAUCUUGCUGGGUCCCAAAUGUUCCCUUACAUGUUGUUAAUCCCCCUUCCUGAGCAAGGAAAGCAAAAGAAGGUCUGGUUUGAUGGAUUCUCAUCUGCCCUUUUCCUAGUUGGUCUCCCCUGUGGCUCAUUACCUUCCAUAUUCUGGAGUGCUAUCUGUACCAAACAAAAGGCUUAUAACGAGGGCGUUUCACACACAUCUAGCCUCCAGGAAUUUUCCAGGGAACAACAGAUGGGUGUUCUCUUUCCAAUGGUGGAAUUGCUGCAUUACUUUGUGCUUCCUGCGGUAGGGCUGACUGUGACAGCUGUGGGCAGGCGUCUGUCUCUCACUCUCAAACGCACAUGCUCAACUUCAAAUGAACUAGGAUGUGUGUGUGUGUGUGUGUGUGUGUGUGUGUGUGUCUUAACAGGGUGAGAAAGAGAGCUUGCAUUGGCAGAGCCUACAAAAUAUGACAUGCCGGGUGCGGGGAAUUAACAGAUUUAGUUGGAAUGGGUGCUAGAUCUUUCUAACUAUUCAAAAAGGCUCUGCUCGGUUUUAUUAUUGUAUUUACUGCAUUUAAUACCCCAUGUUUUUGAUCCUGAAGGUUUAAAGUAGCAAAACAGUAAAGAAGAAUACACUGUAAAGUAAAAUGCAGAAAUAAAAAUGAUAUAAACUGUGGUUUUAAAAGACAUCAGCAGCACGGGGGGAAAGACCAGAAACUUAUCCUUAAACAUCUGUACCAGAAUCCAUUUUUAAACAAUCAAGACUUUACCACUCACCAGAAAACAAGUGAUGAUUGAGCCACAUUAAGGUUGUUGUUUUUUGCUUCAGUGUACACCAGGCAGGCACCACAAAUAACCCAGAGAUUCAUUUUAAAUAAAAGGACACAUUCUACUCAUGUAAAAACAUGCUGAUUCCCGGACCGUCUGCGGGCCGGAUUGAGAAGGUGAUUGGGCUGCAUCCGGCCCCCGGGCCUUAGGUUGCCUACCCCUGCCAUAAGCAGUUGAGUGUGUAGUGUUCUCUCCUCUCCCCACCCCCCAUUAGUUUUCUCUCUCCCCACCACUGUUGGCUCUGAAACAGGAGAUGUGUGUGAACUUAAGAUGUAAAAACCCACAGUACAGGGUCAGGUGUACUUAUAUCGAUCAGUUAGGAAUCCAAGCAGCCUCUGAGAGAAAGCAAACGAAGCAUUGGCAUAGAACUCUCUGGAAGAAGAGAAAUACAGAGAUUUUACGCGCUUGUGAAAACCUUCCCAAGUGCCAUCUUGUGAUCUUGCAUUUGUAAUGCAGAUUACAGUUUCGUUUUGAAGAAUGAGUACCCUUUGUGUUUAAACUUGUAAGGUUAUGUGUGUCCUUUUUAACAAAGAAAGAAGAUUGAGUACGAAUGUGUGACAUUGACAGUAGAUGUGUGUUUCAUCUUUUUGUCCAUUCUCCCUGCAUCCCCAGUUUAGCUAUGCAAUAUCUUCUGUUCAACGUUUCUGGGUGUAUCUUGCAAUCAUGUUUUUCACCAAGCAUUGUUGUGUUGUGUUAUCUGAAAUUAGUUUGUAACUAUCAUCAUCAUCAUCAUCAUCUGUUGGUUGCUAUUGUGUUUUAAUGUUAUAUUUAUGUAUAUAUUGUAUAUGAUGUAUAUUCUUUUUGGAUGGUUGAUAUUACCAUGUUGGUUGAAACAACAGCAAAAAUAAACAAAACAAAAUGAAGCAAUAUUACACAGCAUCCCAAUCUCUUAGCUUUGAGAGACACCAAGUUCUUCUCCAGGGUUCAGCUCCUUAGAAUGAAGGAAGACUGUGGUGUCUUUAGGAUAUAUGGUUUUAUUUACAUAUAUACACAAUCUGGGACGCGGGUGGCGCUGUGGGUUAAACCACAGAGCCUAGGGCUUGCCGAUCAGAAGGUCGGUGGCUUGAAUCCCCGCGACGGGGUGAGCUCCCGUUGUUCGGUCCCUGCUCCUGCCAACCUAGUAGUUCGAAAGCACGUCAAAAUGCAAGUAGAUAAAUAGGUAAGUAGAUAAAUAGGCAAGUAGAUAAAUAGGAUGUCACAUAGAGGAGGGAGAAAGGUUGUUUUCUGCUGCUCCAGAGAAGCGGACAUGGAGCAAUGGAUCCAAACUACAAGAAAGAAGAUUCCACCUAAACAUUAGGAAGAACUUCCUGACAGUAAGAGCUGUUCGACUGUGGAAUUUGCUGUCAAGGAGUGUGGUGGAGUCUCCUUCUUUGGAGGUCUUUAAGCAGAGGCUUGACAGCCAUAUGUCAGGAGUGCUCUGAUGGUGUUUCCUGCUUGGCAGUGGGUUGGACUCGAUGGCCUUUGUGGUCUCUUCCAACUCUAUGAUUCUAGGUACCGCUCCGGCGGGAAGGUAAACGGCAUUUCCGUGUGCUACUCUGGUUCGCCAGAAGCAGCUUUGUCAUGCUGGCCACAUGACCCGGAAGCUGUACGCCAGCUCCCUUGGCCAAUAAAGCGAGAUGAGCGCCGCAACCCCAGAGUCGGCCACGACUGGACCUAAUGGUCAAGGGUCCCUUUACACUUUACCUCUAUACACAACCUGAGCAUAGGAUGGAAGGGCUCACAGCAUUAACACCCCAAAAGCUCUUGUUCCUCCAUUCAUCACAGCUUUAGAAUCCAGCACAGAGCAGUUUCUGACUCCAGUUUCCUGCUCUCACACACUACUCUGGCUAUUGUUCUCCUAAGUAGCAGGUACAUGAGGCCGUGGGUCAGGGAAAGGCAGAUAGCAGGACCAGCACCCAUUGCCAAGGGAAGAGGCUUCCAGCAUGAUCCAUUGUUGCUUUCCCCUGGGUCAUUGCUUUCAGGCACCUUACUUACCAUCUGUCAUGGUCACUUUACUACAUUUGUCCUUUACUACAGCGGAGGGAAGAAGAUCCCUUCCAUGAAAUUCAUUCUGUGUACAAAUGCUCCUUCACUUCGUAUUAAGUUACCUAGGGAGUGAAGUUGGGUCUAUUUACAUAGUGGGCAUCCAAUAAAAAGCCACGCAAGAGCAAUUUAAACCUUUGUUCUCGGUGCUUGUUCUUAUUUCACUUUUGGUCAUGUUAUGGUAAAGGCUCCACCCUUGAGUUUCAGACCCUGAAACCUUCCUAUAAUGUCAGAAUGGGUUGUGGCAGGGUAAGUGUUCAGAUAAUUAUUAUUUUUUAUUUUUAGAUUGAGUUUUGACUUAGAAAGAAAAGCAGGCAAAGCACAUACAGUGGUACCUCGGUUUACAGACACUUCAGGUUACAGACGCUUCACGUUACAGACUCUGGUACAGACACAUUACAGAAAUAGUACCUCAGGUUAAGAACUUUGCUUCAGCAUGAGAACAGAAAUCGUGCGGCAGCAGCGCUGCAGCAGCGGGAGGCCCCAUUAGCUAAAGUGGUACCUCAGGUUAAGAACAGUUUCAGGUUAAGAACGGACCUCCAGAACGAAUUAAGUUCUUAACCCAAGGUACCACUGUAUAGUCCUUUGAUGGGGAAGUGCCUUUGUGAAUUCUUCAACUUGAAGUUCCAGGUUCAAAUGUGCCCAUAUCCUCAACAUUCAAUAUGCGGUGUUCUUCUUCCUUCCUUCCACCCCCUGCCCACACAGACUCUUCUGAAUUCUGCCAUUUUACAUAGUAAGAAGUUUAUGUUGCAGUAACGAAAUGAAAUGAAAUGCAGUAUUAAUUUCUCCAUAAAAUGAGUCUUGCAUCCAGCUCUUGAGGAAUAUUUAUUGCACCCCAAGACUUGGUGUUUCGUAUAAAACUUCAACAGUACCUAUUGGGAAGGGGUAGUACAUUGGAGUAAGAACUAAUGCUACUUUUCCUAAUUGACAACCACUAAAUAGGUAUGGCUGCCUAUCUGAAAUGCCACGACACUGAAUGGCAUUAUUACUAUUUUUUCCUCAAUUAUAUUUAAUACGAUUUUAGUGAUAAUUAUGCGUGUGGUUAAAUAUUGCUGCUAGAAUACAGUGUGUUAAAGAAAACGAGCAUGGUCUGAAGAAAGGUCUGUAUGUUUUGUGAGUUGUCCUCUUCUAAGUUGGGGAAUACUCCCUACUUUUAGUGAGCAAUGCUAUGCACCCACAUUUGAGGCCCCCCAUGCCCCUAUGGGACGUGGGUGGCGCUAUGAGUUAAACCACAGAGCCUAGGACGUGCUGAUCAGAAGGUCGGCGGUUAGAAUCCCCACGAUGGGGUGAGCUCCCAUUGCUCGGUCCUUGCUCCUGCCAACCUAGCAGUUUGAAAGCACGUCAAAGUGCAAGUAGAUAAAUAGUUACCACUCUGGCGGGAAGGUAAACGGCGUUUCCGUGUGCUGCUCUGGUUCGCCAGAAGUGGCUUAGCCAUGCUGGCCGCGUGACCUGAAAGCUGUACGCCAGCUCCCUUGGCCAAUAAAGCGAGAUGAGCGCCGCAACCCCAGAGUCGGCCACGACUGGACCUAAUGGUCAGGGGUCCCUUUACCUUUACCAUAUAUAUAUAUAUAUAUAUAUAUAUAUAUAUAUAUAAAAAUAUAAAAAAGUUUUCACAAUAUUACAAAAUGAAAAAGAAAAAAUACAAAAUACAAAAUAAAAAUAGUUAAAAACAAUUCAAUCUUUCCAUUACUUAUCUUUCAUUUGCUUGUUUCCCGGACCUCCUCAUACCUCCCUUUUUUGUAUUCCAGUUCAAUUUAUUAGUUCAGCAAUUCCUUUCCCUCCUUAUUUUAUCCUGAUCUUUAAUCUUAAUAUAUUAUAGCAUUAAAUUUUUACCUGUUAAAAAUCCAUUUUUUCAUAUUCUUUUAUACCAUUACAGCUAGAAACCACUUAACUUCAAUCCAACAUCAUUCUAACAUUCAUUAAUUUUGCAGUAUUUCUGUAAAUAGUCUUUAAAUUUCUUCCAAUCUUCUUCCACCGACUCUUCUCCCUGGUCCCGGAUUCUGCCAGUCAUUUCCGCCAAUUCCAUGUAGUCCAUCACCUUCAUCUGCCAUUCUUCCAGAGUGGGUAGGUCUUGUGUCUUCCAAUACUUUGCAAUAAGUAUUCUUGCUGCUGUUGUGGCAUACAUAAAGAAAGUUCUAUCCUUCUUUAACACCGAUUGGCCGACUAUGCCCAGGAGAAAGGCCUCUGGUUUCUUCAAGAAGGUAUAUUUAAAUACCUUUUUUAAUUCAUUAUAAAUCAUCUCCCAGAAAGCCUUAAUCCUUGGGCACGUCCACCAUAGGUGAAAAAAUGUACCUUCAGUUUCUUUACAUUUCCAACAUUUAUUAUCGGGCAAGUGAUAGAUUUUUGCAAGCUUGACUGGGGUCAUGUACCACCUGUAUAUCAUUUUCAUAAUAUUCUCUCUUAAGGCAUUGCAUGCCGUAAACUUCAUACCUGUGGUCCAUAACUGUUCCCAGUCAGCCAUCAAUAUGUUAUGUCCAACAUCUUGUGCCCAUUUAAUCAUAGCAGAUUUCACCGUUUCAUCCUGAGUAUUCCAUUUCAACAGCAAGUUAUACAUCUUUGACAAAAUCUUAGUUUUGGGUUCUAACAGUUCUGUUUCUAAUUUUGAUUUUUCCACCUGGAAGCCGAUUUUCUUGUCCAAAUUAUAUGCCUCCAUUAUCUGAUAAUAAUGAAGCCAGUCUCGCACUUUGUUUUUUAGUUUUUCAAAACUCUGCAAUUUCAGUCUAUCUCCAUCUUGUUCCAAAAUUUCCCAAUAUUUCGGCCAUUUGACCUCCAUAUUGAGCUUUUUCUGAGCUUUCGCUUCCAUCGGUGACAGCCACCUUGGGGUUUUAUUUUCCAAUAAGUCCUUAUAUCUUAUCCAGACAUUAAACAAUGCUUUCCUGACAAUAUGGUUUUUAAAUGCUUUGUGUGCUUUGACCUUAUCAUACCACAGAUAUGCAUGCCAUCCAAAUACGUUGUUAAAACCUUCUAAAUCCAAAAUGUCUGUGUUUUCGAGAAGCAGCCAUUCUUUCAACCAGCAAAAAGCUGCUGAUUCAUAGUAAAGUUUAAAGUCUGGCAGGGCAAAUCCACCUCUUUCCUUUACAUCUGUUAGUAUUUUAAAUUUUAUUCUAGGCUUCUUGCCCUGCCAGACAAAUCUAGAAAUAUCUCUCUGCCACUUCUUGAAACAGUCCAUCUUGUCCACAAUUUGCAAUGUUUGAAACAAAAACAGCAUUCUAGGCAAUACAUUCAUUUUUAUCGCAGCAAUACGGCCCAGCAGUGAAAGCUUCAAAUUUGACCAAAUUUCUAAAUCUUUUUCACUUCAGCCCAGCAUUUUUCAUAGUUGUCUUUAAAUAAAUUCCCAUUUUUUGCUGUCAUGUUAAUCCCCAAGUAUUUGACUUUCUUGACCACUGUUAAACCUGUCUCAUUCUGAAACCUCUCUCUCUCAAUUGGUGUUAAGUUUUUCUCUAAAACCUUGGUUUUUGACUUAUUCAGUUUAAACCCUGCAACCUGACCAAAUUCUUGAAUCAGUUCUAAAACCCUUUUGGUACUAGAUUCUGGCUCCUGUAACGUCAAUACUAAGUCAUCUGCAAAUGCUCUCAAUUUGUACUGUUUGGCUCCGACCUGUAUACCUUUAACCAACUGGUCCCUUCUAAUCAUAUUCAGCAAAACCUCCAGGACCGAUAUAAAAAGCAGUGGGGAGAUUGGGCAACCUUGUCGUGUCCCUUUUUCUAUCUUAAAUUCUUCCGUCACCACAUUAUUUACAAUUAAUUUAGCCUUUUGUUCAGAAUAUAUUGCACUUAUACCAUUUUCAAAGCCUUGGCCUACCCCCAUACCCUGUAAGUUCUUUUUCAUAAAAGUCCAAGAAAUGUUGUCAAAAGCUUUCUCCGCGUCCACAAAUAUUAAAACUGCCUUAGUAUUUAUAUUCACUUGUAAUUUUUCUAAAAUAUUAAUUAUGUUUCUCACAUUGUCAGAUAGAUGUCUUCCUGGGAGAAAGCCUGCUUGGUCUUUAUGUAUCUCUUCCACUAACACUCUUUUUAGUCUUUUAGCCAAGAUAUCUGCAAAAAUUUGUAAUCCACAUUGAGCAGUGAUAUGGGACGAUAGUUCUUAAGCUGCGUCUUUUCAGUCUCUGUUUUCGGUACAAGUGUGAUGUACGCUUCUUUCCACGACUCUGGUGCCCUUUUCCCCUCCGUUAUUUCAUUGCAGACCUCUUUCAAAGGUUGUACUAGCCAUUCUUUUAAAGAUCUGUAGUAUCUAGAAGUCAGUCCAUCCGGUCCUGGAGAUUUACCCAAUUGCAUAUUCUGAAUGGCACCUUCUAUCUCCUGUUCAGUUAUUUUAUAGUUCAACAUUAAUUUAUUUUCUUGAGAGAUUUUUUGUAAUCCAUUUGUUUUCAAAAAUCGGUCUACGUCAGUUUCUUACUGUGGCCCUUGUGUAUAUAGUUGUUUAAAGUACCUCUGGAAACAAUCCUUUACCUUUACGCCCCUAUGACUCAUUGGAUUAUAGCUGAGGUUUAACAGAACCUUCUUAUAGCCAGUAGUGUACAAAUGGAAACAGUAAAUAGGAAAUAGAAUACCUGGCUCUUUCAGGCAACUUACAUUUUCAGAUGCAAUCUUACACAGAUGUGUUUCCUUCAUGUUUUUUAUAGGCUGGGGGGGGGGAUUCCAAAGGGCAAAAGGUGGAUGGGUCAGUUACCUUAUCACGUUGUCGUCAUCAUUGCAUACUUCUCUCAUUUUUAUGCUAGGUCACAGGUCUCCUUUUUCUGCACAGCCCCCCCCCCCAGUUGCUAAAAGAGCAAGAUGAAUGUGUUACAUCGUGUUGCAUGUGGCUGAUCAUAACUUUUUUAUACAUUCGUCCUCUUCUCCUUUGAUAAGUGCGUGUGGGAGGGAUAUGAUGAAGCCAAGAUAAUUUUCUGCAGCGUUUGCUAUAGAUUUGGAACACCUUUGCAAUUAUGGUGCAUACUUUCUUUCCCCUCUAAAGGGAUAAAUCACACAUAUUGCUGGGUUAAUAAUAUUGGGCUGGGCGGGGGAGGGAACUUGGGUAUGAAUGACUCAAUUUUAAGGUGGAUGCUGUAUCCUCUGGCUACAUCAGUGCUAGCAUUUUUACAAUAAGCAUAGCACAGCCAGAGCAGUGGUAGCAACUACACUUAACACUGGCAUGUCACAAUGCUGCUGCUGUUUACAAAGCAUUUGUUGAGGAUGGAGCUGGAAUAAAAUCACACGGUGUACAGGGGUGACUAAUCUGUGACUGUCGCCUCCGACUAAUCUAUGACCAUCAUCAUCCCUGACCAUUGACCAGUCUGGCUGCAGUUGAUGAGAGUUGGAGUCCAGGAAGAUCUGGAGGACACCAGGUUAGGCACCCCCGGUAUACAGCCUUGUAUCUAACUACUCACUAGAAUUCCAUGCAACUGAGUGAGCAGGCAGGUGGAGAAAGGCCAAAUUUCCCUGCCCCGCCCCCCCCCCCCCCGGUAUCUCAGUCUACUGUGUUCCAUGCUGACUGCAAGUGAAAGGAAGCAUCUUUUCUGUGGCCACCAAGGAAACGUGUUGGCUGAUGAGGAAUGGUAGGCUAGUUAAUUUAAAAAGCGAAACAAAACAGGUAGUAACUUUUUUGGCUUUGUGUAUAAGGUUGAUUAUAAUCGCAUUGUCUUUACCAGUUUCCUGUCUAGGUACUAGCAAUGCCCAGAUGUGCUUAGCUUCAGAGAUGGCACUACAUAUUUAACCUUCAGAGCAGGAGUGGGAAAGAUGUUGCCCUAGCAAAGAUCCACCAGAUGUUGCCCUAGCAAGCAUGGCCAGUAGCCAGGGAUGGUAAAACAUGUGCAAUAUCUAGAGUGCCAAAAGUUCCCCCAUACCUGCAUUAGAGCAUUCUUCGGGAAUUAGAUUUUCAAGAAAGUAAUCAUAACCUAUAAGUAGUAGGGAUAAGGAGACUCCUAAGAGAGAAUCAAAUGACAGUAGACAACUAGAUUUAGUAUUUUGCCAUCUUGGCUUAGAUGUAAAAAUGUAUUUAGUGGUUAUUCUAAAUAAUGCAUGUUUGAAAGUUUGGAGUAAGUGUCAUUUCCUACAUUGCCAGUGUACCUAGAUUCUUUGCAGCCAAACCAAAUAUUCUAGAAAUGAAGACUCAAGAGUUUUUGAGGCCAAAUAUCAUGCUCCACAUCGUCAAAGAAGUAGUUCUGGAAUUCUCUUUGGUAGUGUGUGUGUACAAGCACAUGUGUGUGUUUAUUUUAAGCAACUCCUUCACCUGAAUAGGAUUCUGUGGUCCUUUCCAUAUGUUUGCCAAGUUUCAAAUCAGCCUUUGCAUGGGUGAAAGCCAAAGGACACUUAUUAAUAAGAAAGCAUCCAAUCACUCAAGGCUUCACAAAGCAGAAAAACACAGAGAGACUUUGAGCAACAGUUCUCCAUUGUUGGCAUUUUGGGUUCACAAGUUUGGUUACAUAAAAGCAAGCACAUGGGUGAAAAUCAGCAGGUCAGAUUGCAUUAUGCUGAUGAACCCCUCUGGACUAGCACUCUUGAGUCAAUGUUUACAGCAGUGGCUAGAAGGCAGAAAUGUCCAUCAUUAUUCCAGAUUUCCCUCGUUGACUUGCCCCAUCAGAUUUUAGAGGAAGAAUAAUGGGUCUUGAAUGCCCUCUUGUCUCUCCUCUGGUUCUAGCUAAACUGGAAAUGUUUCAGCCGGUUGCUGCAGGGAUGAGAUAUGGUAAGGAUUAGGCUACUGCACUCAGUGUGAACUUAAUAAAAAAGCAGCGCUGAUAAUCCUAGCAAGAAGUUGCUUAAAAGUUGUCAGACACUUACAAAUUGGGCGUUGCAUUAGCAGGGGCAGCAACAAUAUUAAUCUAUAACAAAAGGCUGCUGAACUGGUCUUCAUUGCCUGUCAAAGGGGAAACAGAAAAAGGCCACUCUUCACGUUAGUAAAAACAUAUUUAAUAACACACACACACACACCCCCACACACAGAACAUUUGUAAGCUGUUGCAAGACAUUCUGGCUGGAGUCUUAGCCUCCAGCAUUUAUCAGUCAUUUGUCAGCAGAUAGAUGUUUGCAGAGAAUAGCACCGUGAUUAUUUUCAGACUAUUUCUAGCACCCUUCUGGGAGAAGAGCUGUAGCCUGGUGGUAGAGCAUCUGCUUUUCAUGCUACAGAUCCCAAGCUCAGUUCCCAGUAUCUUCAGGUGGGGCUACGAUGGUUGUCUGCCUGAAACUAUGGAGAGCUGUCUAGAUAGGACCAGCUGCUGGGCUAGAUAGACCAGCGUUCUUACUGUGUCCCAACAUAAUCUCCAUAGACAGGUGCCCAUACCAUAUGAUGAUAUUCCCAGUUCAUAAACACAAAGAACUAAUAUUUUGAAGUGUUGCAUAUAUAGCCUUACAGCAAGUUUCUAAGGCAGGGCUAUCUGCUCCCCCAUAUUGCUGGUGGAGCAAGGGGGACUGAGCCUGCGAGAUCAUGGGUUGAAUUUGUGGCAAAUAGAUUAGAACUGGGAGCUUCAGCCAGUUCUUGGACUGGAUUCUGCUAGCACCACUAGUUCAUCUGUCGCACAGGAUGCAUCAAGGUCCAACUAGGCACAACUCUGGAGGCCUUUACAAUGGUGGUAAAGUGGAGAACCCGAAGGUCUGCGCUACAGCACGCACCAGCACCAGUCUGUUGUAAGGUGCUUGUUUUGACCCAUAAAGCCUCAGAACAGCUUAGGACCACAAUACCUCAAGGAGCACCUCUCUCCGUGUGAAUUGAUCUGGACUGUGAGAUCAUCCUCUGAGGCACUUUUUCAUGUGCUGCCUCCAUGAGAGGUACGGAGGGUGGUGUGAUGAGUAUGAGUUACUCGUGCGUAAACUGGUGCCUCUCUAGGCUAAUUUGCCUUGUUAAACCUUUCUGACUGCACAGCCCUUUCUAAUUGUGACUGCCUCAGUCACUGGCAGAAUCUGUCAGUGGGCGUUUCUUGAACCUCUUCCAACAUAAAAGUUGUUUGACACCCAGUCUCCUCCUCCUCUCACUGCGCGGGAGUCUUCUGCGCAGGGAGGGCGUGGGUAGCGGAGGACCUGUCCCCUCCUCACUGAGUUCCAGUGAAGAGUCCUGGAGCCCUCUCUCCGAUUUCCCCAUCUGCCCACCUUUAUCCCUGGUGUUGCGCUUAAAUGCUUCCCCCUCCACUGAGCUGUUUCUCCCCCUGCUGCUGGGUCCUUCUCCAGCAUCAUCUAGGAGCCUCCCCUUCGCCUCUCGCUCCGAUGUCAGUUCCCUGACAGGUGGCAACAUGAGAACAGGGCCUUUUCUGCAGUGGCUCCCUGUUUGUGGAAUGCAUUUAGGUGCCAUGCAGAAGCAUUCCUCUACAACCUUCUAAAUGUGUUGUGGGAGGCGGGAUUAUUGGUUUGUUUUCAGUUUAUUAUUAUUAUGUAUUGCUUGUUUUUAAUAUUGUAAUGUUAUGUUGUGCACUGCCCUGAAAUCUAUGGAUGAAGGGCAGUAUACAAAUUAAACAAACAAGCAAGCAAAUAACAAUUGUAAUCCAGAACAUCUGGAGGGCCCAAGGUUGGGGAAGGCCGCAUUUCUUCCCAGCUCUUGUUUCAUUAUUACUCUUGGUUCCUUGGUCUUCCUGCCCCUAUACUGUGUGACGCAGCCUCUGUAACACAGAGGAGCUCAUUUUGUCAGGCGGUGCUCCUGUUUCACUUCACAUUCCCAACCCACCUCACCUCACCCAGCUCCCUACGAGAUUUGGUUCCAGUCUGCCUUCUGCUCUGCCACACAAAACGUCACCAUGGUUCAUAUAUUUUUAUUUGUUAAAGCCUGUUCCUUAUGGCUUCAGACCUCCAUUGCGGCAUGACCUUGGCCCGUGUGUUUUUCAAAUCUGCAAGUGAAGAAUAAGAAGGAAUGUUUUUAAAUAUUUCAGCGGUUAAAUAAGGACUAUUUAAGCGCCUGAGGGCACUGCCUCUAAAACACAGCUGAUCCUGUCAUGUUUCUCUUUCCCUGUCCUUCUCCUCUCUCCACCCGCCAGCAUUGUUCCAAUUUCCAUUUCCAGUUGCUUCUGCUGUGAGAAUACUCAUUUCUGGAGAAUAUUCAUUCAUUCUCCCUGCUAUGUAUUUUCCUUUCUGUGUGACGGAUAGAGGUGGGGAUGAACCCAUUGAUCCUCCCUCCUCAUGUAGGUCCACAUUGCAGUGGCAUAGUGGUUUGGGGUUGUCUGGGAUCAAAUACCUGUUCCUAUUUCUGCAGAAGGGUCCCUGUCUACAGUGUCCUAGAACCACUCAAUCUGCAUGAAAGGGGAGUUUUAUAGCUACUGUAUGCUCCCAUUGCUCUGUCCCAGCUUCUGCCAACCUAGCAGUUUGAGAGCAUACCAGUGCAAGAAGAAGAAGAAGAAGAAGAAGAAGAAGAAGAAGAAGAAGAAGAAGAGGAGUUUGGAUUUGAUAUCCCGUUUUAUCACUACCCGAAGGAGUCUCAAAGCGGCUAACAUUCUCCUUUCCUUCCUCCCCCACAACAAACACUCUGUGAGGUGAGUGGGGCUGAGAGACUUCAAAGAAGUAUAACUAGCCCAAGGUCACCCAGCAGCUGCAUGUGGAGGAGCGAAGACGCGAACCCGGUUCACCAGAUUACGAGUCUACCGCUCUUAACCACUACACCACACUGGCUAUGUACUGCUGCGAUGGGAAGGUAAACGGCAUUUCCGUGCACUCUGGCAUGAUGUCCCGUUGCGCCAGAAGCAGUUUAGUCAUGCUCGCCACAUGACCCGGAAAGCUGUGGACAAACGCCGGCUCCCUCACCCUGAAGCAAGAUGAGCACCGCACCCCAUAGUUGCCUUUGACUAGACUUAACCAUCCUGGGGUCCUUUACCCAGAGCUAAACAUUUAGGAACACUGAAAACACAAGGUGCUUCAGUUUCAAGAGAAUGGUGUUCAAGUUCCGUUACAUAAAACAGAACUUACAUCACUCUAAAAAGAGAUAUUGAAGCACUCAAAAUCAUUUGCCCAUGUAUGUGCACUAGCUAAAGGGCAACACCUGGAGAUCUGCACUUAUCCUUGCAAUGUAUCUCUAAUCAUUAGUAUAUUAUUGUAUAAACUUAGAGGGGCGUGCCUGUGAUAGUUAUGAUGAGACCCUGCACUUCCUAAUUUGCUACUACACGACUGGCAGAGAACCUGCUGCACUCAAGGAGGUUCCUUAUGCAGGAAGAUCUGGGUUUUAAAUCCCUCAGGAAGCCUACACAGCAGCAACAGCAGCAACAACAGAAACAGGCUUCCAUCUUCAGAAGUUCAAAAAGGUUCUCUACCGCCUUGUGGGUCUGCACAGACCAAAAUAAUGAUAUUGACUUGAGUUUGUCCCAUACUGUUAUGUCUAUGUGUGUUUUUCAUAAAGGUUUGCCAUGCUUCAGAUUUAGUGUGUGAGUGUAAAAAGCUGUGCAGGACCCACAUAGCUGAAGCUUCCCACUUCAGCAGCUGUCAGAUGAUCUUUACUGGAAGAAAUAAAUCUGCCAAAAUGUUAGUUUUCUUUGCAUGCCCUCUUGUUCUAAAGAGGAGGAGAUCUGGCAUUCCAUUUUCUUUUAGAAGUCCUUUUGAGUCUGAGUCAUUCUGUCUUACUGGUGUUUGCUGAUCUCAGUCAAAUAAAUCAGAGCAUCCCUGCUGCACAAAACUAACCUGAGGCAACAGUUUAAUUUUAUUUUCUUCGCUGCUUUUCAGGAUACAUUUUAUACCAUUGAUUUAAUUUGCACAGUUAACAAGUCCGUCAAACCGUGGGUGAUAAAAGCAAGUCAAUACUGUGUUAAGGUUCUCAGUGGUGCAGUGGGUGGGAUCAUAUUAUUGCAUCUUGCAUGCUAAUUGUAAGUAAUAGGGUAGGGACCAGAUUGUACAAACAAUCCCUACAGUAUGGGAAUCACUCAUCUGUUCCUCUUAUUGAAAAGAAUAGGAGUUGCACAAGGCAAGAAAAACUCCCAGUAGAUUGUGUCCAGUCAAUUCCUCUUAAAGAAAUGGGGGGCAAUACAAGACACAAAACCCUGUAACUUUUUGUAGUUCAGACACUGAAAUUUAAAGCAUCCAUUUCUCUCAUUGUGAACUCAUUGUGGCAAAUAUUUGCAUGUGUUUUCUCUCUUAUUUAUUACUGGAAAUUUGUAUAUUUCUAGACUUUUCUUUGAAAAAGCCCAUUAUUUCUGAAGUAUUGAAAUUGGCAUCAGUUCAGUGGAUGUGGGUAUAUAUGUAAGUUAAGUGGUCAGUGUGCAUAAUAACUGGCCAUUGUGCACAUUUACUAGGCUUUGCACAGAAUGUGCACCUAAUCUGUCUGUGAAGAGGGAAUUGUUUGAGAUUUGCAUAAUGACCAGAGAAUAUAUAAAAUUCAUUGUCUUUGCACGUUCCACAAGGUCUGCUGAAGAUUAUGUAUACUGACCGGAAAAUGUACACAAUUGCUCUUAAUUGACAGAUUAUGUGCACACUCUCUAUGAUUCCUGGUGAAUGUGCACAAUAGUUGCUUACUGUGUUUAAGUUACAUUACCCCUAACGCAGCGAACAAGGUGUGUGCUGUGCAGAAGAGGCCAAGGUGUGAGAAGGGAGAUGGAGAGCUGUGGUAGAAUCUGCUGUGACCCUGUUUAUGCAAAUACAAUACCCUGUGUGCCGGGCUUGCUGUGCACCCUUCAUGGGGAACGGGGGUGCCCCAAAAGCAAAACACAACUAAGGCUGCAUGCGCUCCUGUAAGUAAGCCUUGCUGAAUGUAGUUGGACUCCUGAGUAGAGAGAGAAGCUGCUUUUUACCUCUAUUGUGAUUACAAAAUGUCUGUGUCUUAUUUUUUAAAAAUUCAGAAUAUUCAGCAUAUGUCUGAGCCUAAGGCUAUUUAACAUAUUGGGGCAAUGUUAUUCUGAAAGUAGAUGAAAUAAGACACCACAGGUAGCCUUUGAGCUUUGUUCUUUACCUGCAUCCUCAGAAUUCUGAAGAUGGAAAUCUGACCUACCUCAUCUCAGUAGCUGGAAUGGUGGAUUUAAAAGCAGAACAUUUGCAUUACUACUAAGUUCUGAAUCUCACUCAAUAGCCUUGGGGAAAUCCAGCAUUUACCUUACCUCACAGAGGUUUUGUGUAAGUAAAGCACCCCUUUGAGAAUCUAGGAGGAAGUGCAGGAAGUUACUAUACCUGAGUAAAACCAGUCUUAUGCACCUUGAAUCCGCAGUUACUGUUAUCCAUUGAACCACAACUCCCCUAAUGGCUCUUUCAGGGCUUCUAGUUUUGUCCUGACUUUCUCCUUUUAUAUGCACAGUAGGGGUACCCAUCUAUUUUUCUACUACUUAUACCGGGUUAUUUGGUUACCAGUAGGUCACUGAAAUCCACAGGAGUACUGCUUCUUUGAGUUCCAGUGAUACCAGAGUUCUGUUCCAAUGUAACUCAGCACAGGGCCUUCAGUGUGGCUGCCCCUGUUUGAUUGACCAGCAUUUUUGUCCAGAUACGAUGAGUGCCCACUAUCUGCAUUUUCUGGAAACAACUGAAGACGGUUUUGUUCCAUCAGAGCUUCCCAGGUUGAGGACAGUUCUCUUCCAUGGGCAUCCAUUUUGAAUUGUUUUAAAAUUCAUCACCUGCUAUUCUUUGGUGCUGUUUUUUAACUGUUAUUUAGUUAUAUUUUGUGCAUAUAUAUGUGGAAGGUGAUUUAACACCACCACAUUUGUCCUGCAAUAUUAACUAUAAAUGAUUUCAAAGCUUCCUCUGCUCGCUAGGCCCUGCUGGAUGUCAUGGUGCUCCUUAUAGGGUAGGGACCAUAGAUCUAUGGUAAAGCACAUUAUUUGUGUGCCGCAAGUUCCAGGUUCAGUCCUUGGCAUUUCCAGGUAAAAAAAAAUCAGGUCGUAGGUGAUGGGAGAGACCUCCGCCUAAGACCCUGGAGAAGCAGCUGCCCUUGUAGACAAUGCAGGGCUGAAUAGUCCGAUGACUUGGUAUGUAGGACAGCUUCCUAUGUAAACAAAAAGGCAGUUCUCAAAUAGCAAUGCAUCAUUGAAACAUCUGCAUCUUUGGGUAUCACAAGAAGAACCUGCUGGAUCAGGCAGUGGCCCAUCUGUUCCAGGAUCUCGUUCUCAGAAUUGUUGACUUAGAUGCCCAUGGGAUGCCUGCAAGCAGGACCUACAUAAGUGCAGCAGCACUGUCUCUUCUUCUGGUUUCCAGCAGCUGAUACUCAGGCUCAUACUACCUUGGACAGUGGAGGUGGAACAUAGCCAUCAGGGUUAGUAGCCAUUGAUAGCCUCAUCCUCUGUUAAUUUGCCUAAUUUUCAAGCCAUCCAAGUUGGAGGCCAUCCCGGUUUGCAGAAGCAAAUUCCAUAGUUCAGCUACACACUGUGUGAAGAAGUCUGUCCUUUUGUCCUCCCUGAAUUGUCCAGCUUCCUUGGACAUCCUCAAGUUUUCUAGUGUUAUGAGAGUAGGAGAAAAAGCUUUCUCUAUGCCUUGCAGAAUUUUAUACAGCUCUGUCAUGCCACCUAGCCUUCUCUCCAAACUAAUGGCACAAAGGGUCAUUCUUUGGUUUUGGUGUCAAGAUUUGGAAUUUCGUUUUAUGUGUGAAGCUUUCAAUACCUUUUCAUUAACCUGCUACCUACCACUCAAUUCUGUUUUGUGUAUAUUCCUCCUCUCUUUUCAGAUACAGAGACAAGUGAAAAAAUCCAGAAAAGUGGGAUCCUCCAAGUGUUUGCAAGUCUGUUGACUCCGCAGUCCUCCUGCACUGCAAAAAUAGCUAACGUCAUAGCAGAAGUAGCCAAAAAUGGUGAGGUUUUCCACAAGGCCUUUUCUCCUGGAACAUCUUCAGUUUUGCAGCUCACUUGUCAGUAUGUUUUACUUCAUUUAUGUUUUCAUUUUAUAGAAUAGAUGCUUUUCAUUUCUCUCUUCUUUCCCUUCCACUGCACUCUUUAUUUUUGUUCUGUUCUGCCUUGAUAAUAUAUUAGUUCUUAGUCAUCCAUUUGCCAGAUACAUCAAAGCACUUCAGAGUUGCAAUUAUUUUAUAAUGCUAACUGUUGUGAAAAACCCGCGAUGUGUUUUUUUUAUUAGGCAAAGCUAAAUGACAAGUCUUUCACAGUUGCAUUUGCAGGUGUGACUGCAGGCACAUUUGUGCAUGUCUGGUGAACUUUAUUUUAACACCAUAUGUUGCAUUAAUACAUUAAUUUGGCAUUCAUUUUCAACUUAUUCAUAUAUACAUUUAUCCCCACUCCAAGAAGCCACUUGUCAUAAAAGCCUAUUGCUGUUUUGCCAAGCCUUUAAUUUUUCCCAAAAGGUCUGCUAGGGUCAUUCCAAUAUCACAAGUGUAUACUGUAAAAGAAGACAUGAGUGAAGCUGUCGCUGCUGGGAUUUUCAGAAGGGCCUAGCAUGCUGAUCCCAAAUAUCUCAUGAUGCUGUCUCUUAAGCUGCUGCAAGCUCCUGUUAUUCUCCCUGGGCUGCUCUGACUUUUGCGCCGAGCACUAGCACAAAUCUCACAGGAGACGGUUGGAAAUGAAACAAGUCUAACGUUGCUCUGGUAACUUGCAGAGAUUUGAAUGUACAGCUCAUUUCAGGAUGCCUUAUCAUUGCUUGAGGUUCCACAAAGUGAUGCCUCUCUUCCUUUCCCAUGAAUUAGCAGGUUGUAAUGGACUGGGCAGCAGAGGCAGUUCGAAAUAUUGCUCUUGAGGAGAUGUGAUGGAAGGGAAAUAAUUAUUCGUGGUUUGUUGGUUUGUUUGUUUUUUAAGAUUCUUGUUUGGAAAACAAAGCAGUCAGUUUCCGCCCAAUACUCAAGAUUGUGGUUCUGAAAUUCUAGUCCUUUUUAACUGAAUGCAGCAUGUCUAAAUUGCCACAGCUUCCCAGAACAAAUUGCCCUGCAAGGAGACAGCAAUUUAUUAACUAUGUAUUCAAAGCUGCCAAAGGCCACAUUCAGCUCCUGUGACUCAUUUUAGCAGGUGCUGCACAUUGGCACAUGCACAUUUUUUUUUUAGAUGUUCAGUUCUAAAUUAUUCAGACCUUUUUUUUACAGAGACAAAAGUUGUACAAUAGCAAACAUCCAUGUAUUCCAAAGCACAAGCUCAGCCUCAAAAUUAGCUACUUAUUCAGAGUGGAUGGCCAUUGCCUCUAGGUGAGCAUUAAAGUGAAGAAGCAUGUCCUGCCAUUUUGUUUGCAGCACCAAAGUGCCCUCUUCAUGGCACAAGUCUGGACAAUAGAAUUGUAGAGUUGGAAGGCACCCUGGGGGGUCAUCUAAUCCAAUCUCCUGCAAUGCAGGGAUCUCAACUAAAUCAUCCAUUACAGAUGGCCAUCCAACCUCUGCUUAAAAACCUUCCAUGGAAGGACUCCACCACCUCUCAUGGGAGUCCAUUCCAUUGUUGAACAGCUCUUACCGUCAGAGAGUUCUUCCUGAUGUUCAGUCAGAAUCUCUUUUCUUUUAACUUGAAGAUGUUGGUUCAGGUCCUACCCUCUGGAACAAGAGAAACAACCUUGCUCCAUCUUCCAUGUGGCAGCCCUUUUGAUAUCUGAAGAUGGCUAUCAUCUCUCCUCUCAGUCUCCUCUUUUCCAGGCUAAACAUACCCAGACUUUACAAUCUUGGUUGCCCUCCUCUGCACGUUCCAGCUUCUAAAAUUGUGGUGCCCAGAACUGUCACAUCCAUACCAUAUAUUUAAAGCACAUGGUUUCUCCCCCCCCCCAAAAAUAUCCAUAACAAACUACAAUUCCCACAAUUCUUUGGGGUGGAAAGCGAGAACCAUGUGCUUUAAAUGUAGUGUGGAUAUGCAGAACUGCUGAAGCGUGGACCACCUGGGCCACAACAGUGUCGCUGCUGUUGCUGACUGCCUGCCCUUUUCUUGCAGAAGGACUAGCUACUAGAAGUAGGGAUCCCAGUUGCCAGAAACAAUGUGUGGUGAUUUCAUUCCUGUGCAGGUUGCUCUCCAGGCUUUUAUGUGGUCACAUACAUACAGUAUUUGUAAAGCGCAUUGAUUACGUAACCAAAAAAAUAAACAUCAUUACAGGGUUGCUGCAAGGAUUACAAUUAGAUAAUACAUGUGAAGUGCACUGAACACUUGAAGGUACUGUACAAAUGCUAAGUAUUAAUAUUAUUUCUCCCAUUGCUUUUUGUUUUGUAAAAGGAACACCGAAUGACUUUCUAGAAGCCUGCCGUGGUUAGGUGGGGAGACCCCAGGGUCUUUGUCUAAGUCCCUCCAUCUAAUCUCUUGGAAGAAAUUGACUCUUAUUACUAUCUAGACCCUUGAAGAAGUAUAAUGUGCAGCCCACUGCCUGCUUUCAGCUAUAGCUUUGAAAAUUGCUUUAACUUUCCUCUGUGGUUUAAUCAAGAUCCUGUACAGAAGCAAGAGGUUUCCUUUGGACACAGGGAUGCAGCAGUCUUUAUAUCAGGUUUCCUUUAACUGAGUUAUUUAGAUCCUCUUCAAUGAACAGAAGUGGGCAGAAGAAAAGUUGCUGGUGCUUUCUUGCCUGUGUUUAUUGCUCCCAGUAUAUGCUUGGUGUUUUAAUGUUUAGGUGCUUUUUUAAAAUAUAAUGAAGGAUAUUUAAAAUACUUUUUAUUCUCACCAAAGGAAUCUACAGCGGGCUGUCAAUAUGUAGAAUUUGGAACGUGCCCAUAAUUCCUGGGGUGCUUUUGUUGCUGCUGUUGGAACUAGACUGCUUUUUUAUCUGUACAUAAAUUAGUUCUCAUACAGAGAAGCAGCUGCAGUGCUUCUGGUAUGUGUGAAUUUGGAAAGGAAAACAUUUGCUGAAGGAAAAAUGGCUCUCUUUAACAAGAAAUAAUCAAUCCUCAUCAACUAGCCUUUAAUUAAACCUCUCUCUGUGGCUUGUAGAAUUUAUGAGGAACCCGUGUGUGGAUGCUGGCUUGAUCCCACCUCUGGUGCAGCUCUUAAACUGCAAAGACCAGGACGUGCUUCUUCAAACAGGACGUGCCUUGGGCAACAUAUGCUACGACAGCCGUAAGUGUUCAAAUAUCAGUGUUUUGUUUUUAUUUUUUUAUUUUUGGUUAUAAAAAAAAGACUGGUUCUUGUUGUUCAUUUUUUCUUGUUUUGUUGUCAGAAGUGCUGAUUUCUGCAAGACAUCUGUGGGUGCUGUCACAAUUAAGCCUUGCUUGAAUGACAGGCUGUCAAAAGUCCCAUUUUUUAAUAGAAGCAGCUAAAUCAUUGGCAAAUAUGGUGGGGUUUUGUGGACAUAGGUAAAAUUGCUUCUUCUUUUUCUUUUAUUUUUCUUUUCCCCCUGCUGCUUCUUUUUUAAAUAAAUAAAAAACUGCAAAAUCCUAAUUUUGUUUCUGUAGCUAAUGCUAAUGGGGAAGAUGUGCCGUUCUGACCACCCCCCUCCCAACACUGAUAAUAAAGCUCACAUUUAGAUUCACAUUUGGGUUCUCACUGAUUACUACAUUUGGCAUCACAAGUGAAUUGCUGGCACCAUUGUAUAGUGCACCUGCAUACUGGUAGUAUGAAUUAACAGUGUCUGGCAUAUAGACAGUCCUGCUUGGUAGCAGAAGGUUAGAGGAAAUGGAAGGCCUGAAACAGUCAGGUCUAUAAAUCACAACCCUAUAUAGUUGACGCUUGGCUGUCCUCAGUAUCCAUCAUGUUGCAGCCCCCAACACACCAGUUGCAUGUAGGCAACACAUUUCGAUAAUUGCCUCACAAUUUUUGCAGGCAGAAUAGAUUUCUACUGUUCAGAUGACGCUAUUGUUCCGACGUAUGUUGUAAAUUGUAGAUGUGCAACCUGCACAGCUAUCCUGGGUGCUACAUUUUGAAGUAAACCCUUCUGUUCAGAAGCCUGAAAAUUUUAGUUUACUAGACAGACUGUAAAUCAGAGUUGCGGAACCUGAGGCUCUUCAGACAUUGCUGCACUACAAAUCACAUUCAGGUAACUCAUCAGGUGUGGUAGAGCAGCUGAGCUAGCUUCCCAGCAAGUGACUUGCUGUUGCUUGCUGGGAAGAAGAGGGGUAAGGCAGGCAGAGGGGGGUUCCCUGCUGGUGUAUUUGCACUGUCUUGUCUCUUUCCCUGCCAGUAAGCAUAGCAACCCACCUGCUGGGAAGCUAGCAUAGCGGUUCCACCCCAAACAGCAAGUCACUUCUGCUCCCACCAUCCAUGAUCAAUAGCCAUGCUUGCUGGGGCUGAUGGGGCUUGAUAGAACAGCCAUAUCUGGAUACCCAUAGGUUUCCCACUCCUGCCUGCUGUAAAUGCCACUGUUUAGUAGUACCAGCUUUCCCAUAUAAGAGAUUUAGUUUCCCCAUAUUAAAGGUAAGGAUGCGUUUAUUAUUAUUAUUAUUUAGUUGUAUAUAUUGUUGUCUGCAAAAAAAAAGUUGGAAUCAAAACACAAACGGAAAACUCUGUUAUAUGUUACUAUAUGGUAAUUGCCCCCUUUUCUACACAUGCUGCUUUUCACUAGCACACAGUAAGCAAUAUCAAAGUAUCCUGGACAAAAAAGAGAGAGUGACUGAGAGUUUCACUGGACGAGGAUUAUGAGAAGAAUAAAAGUAUACUUGCUAAUGGAAUAUUGCUGAUGGGAUCAUCAUCAUUUUGCUGUCAAAAGUUUUUAUCUUUCCCCCUCUGAAUUGAUCAGUUUUCCCUUAUUGGGCAUGUUAUUUUUGUAAUUUUAUUUUUUACUUUGCUUGAUUUCUGACAUGAAGUGUAGUGAUUCAACUUCUACACCCAUUUCUCAGUACAUGUUAUUAACAGUAAUUUUUAUUUUAGCAUCAACAGCAGCAUUGACGAUGACUGCUGUUACCACUGGCUUACCAUGUCAAGUCUGGAAUUAUUCUUGCAUGGUGACUCAGAUUUUCCAUGUGGGAUCCUAAUUUGCUUAUGUUUCUGUAUGCUUUGACGUGGCAGUCAGUCCCUGCAUUAGGUGUGUUGUAAUGUGGUAGUCUCUUCCCCCAUAUAAAUGUUGAUGACGGUGAAGGACAAAUAACAAGGGGAGAAGUAAGGAGACUUGAAGAGUCCAACAGAAUCUUUGAAGCAAUGGGAUGGUUUAUGAGGGAAUUGAAACAGGCCUUAACAUAGUAUCUGCUUGCUUGCACCCUUCCAACCUAAGGGAGCAGUCUUGGUCAGUCUUGGGAAUUGUGACGCAUCAGAAUGACAAUUCUCAGUUUAGAUGUCCAACUGCUGACUCAGUUUUCAGCUUCAUUGUCAUGGAAAUGACGAUGGACGCCCAGCACAAUAUGUAAAGCUUCAGAAAUAUUAUGCUCUGUUCAGAGAGUGGCAAGUAGGCAGUGUGACUAGUCUCAAUGCAAAGUAUUUGUAAGAGAUGUAGCUACAGCAUCGCAGAGGUCCCCUGUUUGUGGUCACAUAUACAUUUAUAAAACUUCCAUCAACAUUAUCAAAAUGCAAAUUCCAGGUCGAUCACAGAAAUUAACCGUAUUUACAGAAAUCAUUCUCUUGUUUAAAAUCAGAAAAUGAUUCUUAUUUGUUUCUGGACAUUUUCCAUUAGUGAUGGCGGCAGACCCUUCUUGUCAAAUUUUGAUACUGUCAGCCACAAAUCACAUAUGAUUAGAAUGGCAGCCAUGUACCCAAAAAACACAACAGAACAUGUGCUAUUUUCCUGUCAUCUGGAUGCCAUUUCAGCUAGUGGAUGUAUGUAGAUAUGUACAGACAAAAGAAAGCACUACUUCACAAAAUUCAUAAUUAAUGAAAUUCACUGUCACAGGAAGGCUCUAAAGGUCAGAUUCGCAAAGGGAGAGGUCUACCAUGGGCAUGUGGACACUCCAGAUUCAUAAAGCAUCGUGCUACUGAUAAUCAUCUGCCGGGGAACAACAUUAAAUGAUGUCUGUUGUCUUCAUGCCCUGGUGCUGGUUUCCCAGCAGCUGACGGUUAUCCACUGGGGGAAAGAGAAGCUGGACUUGAUGGAACCAGUAGGACUCUUCUUACAUUCCUGGUAAUCACUUAAUUCUUAUGAAAUGCCUUUUUGCUUCAAGGCUCACCACAACUGAAAUAUGAGCAUUUCUUGAAAGCAGAGAUCUUUUAAAUUGCCCUAGCAUUUGGCAUCUUGACAAAAGGAGGAAGAAGCUAUUCUUAGUAUUUAGCUGUUGGUAUUCAACUAUCUUGAUGCUUGGGGUUGUGUGGAAUACACUUUUAGCAUUUUUUUCUUCAAGAAAUCUUCUCUGACUCCGCUCUGAAUAGAAUUAGAAUUCCUAGCCUAGCACAGUUUUAGAAUAUUUAAAUAUACAGGGAUGCCUUCUAAUAUUCUUGAGUAACUGUCUGCUUAGUUGAGGUGGUUGCCAAUUUCAGGCCCAUCCAAGUUUCAUUUGGGGGCUUUUCAAGUCACAUUGCAGGAUAAAGGAUGGGGUUAAUAAUAACAAUAAUAAUAAUAACAAUAAUAAUUUAUUUUUAUACCCCAUCCAUCUGGGCGGCUCCCAUAGUAGUAGUAGUAGUAGUAGUAAUAAUAAUAAUAAUAAUAAUAAUAAUGUGAUCAAACAUUUAAAACUUCCUGAUACAGGGCUGCCUUCAGAUGUGUUCUAAAAGUCAGAUAGUUGUUUAUUUCCUUGACAUCUGAUGCGAGGACGUUCCACAGGGCGGCCACCACUACCGAGAAGGCUCUCUGCCUGGUUCCCUGUAGCUUCACUUCUCACUGUGAGAGAACCCCCAGAAGACCCUCAAAGCUGGAUCUCAGUGUCCGGGCUGAACGAUGGGGGUGGAGAUGCUCCUUCAGGUAUACUGGGUUGAAGCCAUUUAGGGCUUUAAAGGUCAGCACCAACACUUUGAAUUGUGCUCAGAAACAUACUGGGAGCCAAUGUAGGUCUUUCAAUGGGAGCUUGGUGGCCGCUCCCAGUCACCAGUCUAGCUGCCACAUUCUGGAGUAGUUGUAGUUUCCAGGUCACCUUCAAAGGUAGCCCCACGUAGAGUGCGUUGCAGUAGUCCAAGUGGGAGAUAACCAGAGCAUGCACCACUCUGGCGAGACAGUCUGCGGGCAGGUAGGAUCUCAGCCAGCAUACCAGAUGGAGCUGGUGGACAACUGCCCUGGACGCAGAAUUAACCUGCACCUCCAUGGACAGCUGUGAGUCCAAAAUGACUCCCAGGCUGUGCACCUGGUCCUUCAGGGGCACAGUUACCCCAUUCAGGACCAGGGAGUCCCCCACACCUGCUGUUACGUUGACACUGACUACGAUGACCAGGUCCCAGACCCAUAGCAGAUUAGGUGCCACUGAGGGCUCUGCCUGCUGGCUCAUAUGUAUUACCGGUAUAUUUGCACUGUGGGCUCCUAAGAAUAUGGACUAACUCAGAGCCAACAUGUUUUCUCCUUGGAGAAAAGAUGGGAUAUAAAUGAAGCAUCCUUUCUACAGCUUCUAGGACAUCUGUGGGACUUGAGUUUCCCCACCAGCUGCUGGCAAAGCUUCCUGGCCUUACACCUUCUCAUUUCCUGCACAUUGUUUUGAUCGCAACAGUAAACGAGACAGGGAAGUGGAGGAACGAUAUUCAUUUGUUUACAUUUUUUUUCAUUGAAAGCAUCUCUCCUCCUUGCAGAAGGAAUGGCUCUUCAAAUAGGGACUGAAUGAACAGCAAGGGCAGGAGAAAGAGAGAGAGAGAGACUCAAGGUUUCUCUCCCCACCCCACCCCCUCAUUUUCUUUGCACAAAAUAACUCUUCAUCUUUCCUGGUAAGUAUUGUGGAACCCCAGAGACUAAUUGUUCAGUCGAUGACUUCAUCAGGGUCUCUAAGGUACCACAGCACUUUCUAUCCUUUUGUUUGGGUUGUUUUUGUUUUGUUCUCUCCUUUGCAAGCCAGCCUUAAAAGUAGGAGUGCUUUUACCUGCACCUAAGUGUCUGGAAAUAAAGGGACACUUUAUGGCAAAGACUAUGUUUUACCGAAGUUCCCAAGUUGAGGCAGGCUGCGUAGUCAAGCUCAAUGUGAGGCAGUGUAAAAGUGCAUUUUGAGUGCAAAUGCAUAACUUGAAGUCUGUGCCCCCUGCUGACAACCCAGGGUGAACUUGAUUUUACUUGGGAAACCAUGGAUUAACAAAACCUUCAUUAAUUCUGACUUUUACUAAUUCCAGGAUUUAUGGGUAACUUGCACCCAGACUCUGGCCCCUGAAACUUAUGACAAUACGUACCUCCCUUUCACCUUACCUGCCUCUAAAAAGAUCAUGGAAGUUGUGUAUUGAUAAUUAAUUUGAGCCUCUCCUGGUCACUGGGGAAUGUAUACUGAACAGUAUCACAUUACAGUGAUGGCACUCUGUGCUCUUUUUCCCUGGCCUUGUUGAGAAGAGUGUGAUAUUUUUAAUUGAAUGUAGAGACCAUGUACAUGUAGAUGGCAUGUUCUACAAAGACCACCCUUGAAGACUAUUUAAAGAGGACAGCAGAUACAAAAUGUGUCAGUGCAUACAUUAAUGGGCUAUCCGCUCGAUGCAUAUAGAGCUUGUUACCUAGUGCCUGUGGAUGAAGCAGAUUAUUCUCUCUCUUGCAAAUUAAUUUUGAUUUGUACAUUCUCCUUCUUGAAACUUUUAUUUAUAAAGCUGUAGUUAAAAUUACUUAGCCCUAUCACAAUAUAUGGUAGACAAGUAAGAUUAUAAUUAGCAGUUUGAUUAUCUUUGGAUAAAAGCAUGACUGAUUUCCCCCCCACCCCCCGGUGAAUGGAAGCAGGGCAACAGUGGCCUCAGCAAUUCAUUAUUAUGCAUUUGCAUGCAUUACCAUAAUGGAGAGAAAAGUUAUCACACCACAUUGUAAUUAGGCACAGCUUCAAGGCUUCGGUUGCUUUUCAUCUAGCCUGUUUACUGUAAUCCUAUACCCAAUUUGUUUUACAUCAAGCAGUUAAGCAGUUGGUCCCUUACCUUUCCCGCCCUGAUCUGGCCAUAGUGAUCCAUGCGACUGUCACCUCCAGGUUUGACUACUGUAAUUUGCUCUACGUGGGGCUGCCCUUGAAACUGUCCCACAAACUCCAGCGGGUGCAGAAUGCUGCAGCGAGGCUCCUCACGGAGUGCCUGCCAUGGGAGCAUAUUCACCCAGUGCUUUACCAGUUGCACUGGCUCCCAGUGGAGUAUAGGUCGGGUUCAAGGUGCUGGUUUUGACCUUUAAAACCCUUUGUGGCUUAGGGCCCUCGUAUUUACGGGACCGCCUCUCCUGGUAUGCCCCGCAGAUGACCUGAAGUUCCACGAAUAACCAUAGUUUAGAGGUCCCAGGCCCAAAGGAAGUCAAACUAUCCUCCACCAGGGCCUUUUCAGUGAUGGCUCCGACCUGGUGGAAUGCUCUGUCCCAUGAGACUAGGGCCCUUCAGGAUUUAACCUCCUUCUGUCCGGCCUGUAAGACAGAGCUAUUCUGCCUGGCCUUUAAUUUGAAUUCAGCCUGAUCUUUUAUUUUCCUUCUCUUCCCUCCCCCAUCCCUUUUAUGAAGAUUACCCACUCUGAGACCCCACAGCUAAUUCUCCCCUGGUCUCCUUGCUGGCCCAAGUAGGACUAAUUCAGUCAGCUAUUCCUGGUGACUAUCUAAUGCUUAUUGGAUGGAUUUCCCCCAAAUUGAUUUUUGAACUUUGAAUUUUAUUGUUAUUCAUGUUUUUAUACUGUAUUUUAUGCUGCUUCUAUGUUGUAUUACAGUUAAGUGUUUUAAAUUUGUUGUUAGCCGCCCUGAGCCCAGUUUUGUGAACUGGGAAGGGUGGGGUAUAAAUAAAAAAUUAUUUAUUUAUUUACCUGGGAGUAGCCCUAUUAAACACAAGGAGGCUUUGAGAAGACAUGUAUGCAUUGCACUGCAAGUUAACUAUACAGUGAAUUUUUAACGAGUGCAUCGGCUUUAGCCUAACACUUUGCAUUGGGGUUAGGGGCUUAACACCCACCCACUAUUUACACAGAAUAACUUCUGGACCGUGCCUGUCUCAGAUGUAUCUUGGUUGCUAUGAACAAAGCAAACAGGAAGCAGGAUAAAAAACUGUGGACACCAGUUCUUUAGAAUCCUGGGAUAUUUCUGACUUUUGGAAAUGCCCAAAACAUAACACAUUGGCAGAAACAUGGGAACAAGUUAUGCCUCUUUCUCUCUUUUUCCUGAGGAGAGGGAGCAAAACGCUUUCUUCUUCUUCUUCUUCUUCUUCUUCUUCUUCUUCUUCUUCUUCUUCUUCUUCCUCCUUCUUCAGGCCAGUCAUGGCAUGAAGAAAUGUACAUUUCACCUUUGUACAGGAUAGUUUCUACAUUCACCCCUCCAUCCAGAAAAGCAAGAAUCAUUAUCAGAAUUCGAAGACACAUUCCAGGCAGGCAAGAAGGAGGGUGUUCUGCAGUGCCACCGCACUGUGGCCUUUGGAAAGAUGGGGCAGUUGAGGAGAGGGGCUGGCUGUGGGAGAAUCCAAAGCACCAGACAAAGAGGUUGGGGGCUGGUGCAUUUGACCUCAACGCCUGAGGUUCCUUGUCCUUGUGGUACUAUGCUUAUAUUUGCACUGCGGGCUCAUCGUGUUUGAUUUUCAGUUUGUGUUACUGGGCAUUGAUAUCUGAGAACCGCAUCUUAACAAGAUUUUAUGGUUUCAUUGCUUUGAAAAGCCACUCCCACGUCUAGUCUUGCAGCAUGAAAAGGUUUUAUUGACAUGCCCCAAAUCUGAAACUCUGGAGACACCCUCGGUUUGCAAGCAUGUGAAUUUUCCCCCCAUCUUCUGAUUUUAGAUAUAUGCUAGAAACUUGCAAAAACAAGCAUUGACUUAGAAUUAAAGCUGAGGAAACAACCCUGAUAAUUCACCAUUAAUGUGUAGAACUGGAACAGAAUAACUAUAUCAUCAUCAAGUAAAGGUUUUCAGGGCACUCUCCUUUAGGACUGGAAAUAUUUUUCUGGGGAAUUAAAAUUCUUCUAAAGAGCUCUUCUAAAUUCUUCUAAAGAUCAAGUCCUUCUACAAACAGUGGAGCUGAGAGAGUGGAGUUAGAAAUCUUUGACUGUUCCUGAGAGUAUAUGGAAUUGUUAAUAAAUAGCAACCAUUUUGGUGUAUGUCUUAAGUAGUCAGACCUGUGAGAAGAUGAGAUGGGGAGAAGAGUUCAGGAGGCUGGAAAACUAAAUGGCUAUUAGCUGAAACAUUCAGUUAUGAAUAGACUCUGUUCCCAACAAAUGAAUGUAAAACUGAUACUCCAUUACAUACUAUGCAGUGGUGGAAGGGCAAUGAGACCUUUGCAGUGCACCAGCAGAAUUGGCUCUGCUGCUACAUUUGUGUCAUGUUGACCUUGCUGCUGUCUCGCCCCUCAAGCGCCCCCCCCCCAUAUUUCCAAUAUUAAGUGCAUACCUUUCUCAUCACUGUAUGGUAUUACUCAUCACUUGAGCUUAACCACAAACCUUAAGAACAACAUGCACAUUUAAAUAUUCUCAAGACGAAUUUUAUUGGGAACUGUAGUGAUGCAAACUGAAGCUGCGAAAGCAAUUUGUUGUGUUUACAAGCGAGCAGUACAUAUUGUUGUUUGCUUUCUAAAAAAACCUAUUGCACUUUUUUUUUUAACAACCACCACCACCUUGCGAGCUGCUAGAGAAACAUGUUUUGCGUGGGAGUUCACUUGGCUGCUAAAGUUGACAGGGUAACAGUCAAGGAAACAAUAAGCACAUUCUGAACUUAUUUUGACUGGGGAUCACUGUGCAUGUUUUGUGGAAUACUCUGGGACUUGGGGAUCAGAAAGGGAGGGCAGAUAGCCUGUAAUUAGCAUCAUGUGGCAUUCUCAAUUUACAGUUUGCUUUUUUCCCUUCAAAGAGAGAUACACACUACUGGUCUGAACCUGGAGCUUGCAGUCAAACUCUCUCUAACAAUUUCCUCUCCCCAAAUUUAGUUUUAUCAGGUUGGAUCCAGAGAUGAAUGAGUGGAAUUCCAUUCAUGGAACAGAAUACUUUUGUCUCCUGUGGACAGAAGGGAAAGGCUGCUUUUUGUGGAUUUCCAUUACCCACUAAUUGACUAACUUUUUAAAAAGAUGGCCCUGUCUACCUGAUUUAUGGUCCCCAAGCAUAGUUGCCAUACCAACUUUUGCUAUGAAGCAGCAUCUAUCUGUGUUUGGCUCUGAGGAAACACCAAUGCAAUCCUGUGUCUACUCAGAAGCAAGUUUCAUUGAGUUCAGUGGCAUUUACUUCCAAGUGAAAAUGUACUGCAUUGCUGCUCUUUAUCUUCUGCCUUCCCAAUGAAGGAAUGAUUUCCCUGUCCUUCAGCACACUUGCGUGGAGAGAAAACGCAAGAGCUGGUGGCGUGAGGGAAGGGUUGAGUGGACCUGCUGGAGAGGACGGGCCUUGGGAUUCUCCCCAGGUUUAUGUCUUGCAAGAAAUUGCCCUUAAAAUAAGGUGCCUGUAGCAGCCUAUCCCUUAAGCACUUGUGUAAAUACUUUGCCCAGUUCAUGCUGUGAUUACAGAAGCGCUAAUUAUCCGAGACCCAUCUACUUUUUUAUGACUAUUGUUAUGUUUGGAACUCUUAAGUGCCUUUUUAAUUUUAUUUUUAACUUGACUCUUUUUUUUACAGAUGAGGGCAGAAGCGCAGUUGACCAUGCAGGUGGGGCAGAGAUUGUAAUAGACCAUUUAAGGUCACUGUGCAGUAAAACAGAUCCAGCCAGUGAGAAGCUCAUGACUGUCUUUUGUGGCAUGCUGAUGAACUAUAGCAAUGAGAAUGGUAAACAAAAAUCCUAAGAAACCCUUUUCUCUAAAUACAUUAUACACCUAGGAUUUUCUUUUUUAAUAUAUAUCUAUAUAAUGUUAAAACCAGUACGCAAGAAAAGUUGCUGUUUUAAUUACAGGUAAAAACAGUGUUUCCCAUUGUAUUAGCAAAAUGAUUGUAAAUAUCAGAGUUGUAAAUAUAUGUUUGUCCCUGUUCAAAUCCUCAUGUGCAUUACACGUACAAGCACACAGGGCUUCUGGAAGCAAAUGAGAGCUUCUCCCCUCAUUUCAAUGGAGGGAGCAAUUUUGCAUGUGAAAAAUAAUACUCGUGCAGCUUUGUUUCUUGUGUUGAAAUGUAUGGGGCAACAACUCAUACGCAGAGGAGCUCUUUAUUUGCCAGUGGGGUGUUGUGAAGACAUUUUCCUGUUCCCCAUGGGAAGGAACUGUUGCACACCCCUAUAGAGAACUCAGUGCCCCAGCUUGGGCUUCACAUGCCUGCCUUCAUAAACCAUGGUUUAACAGUGCUUCCCAAACUUGGGUCUCCAGCAGUUUUGGACUACAACUCCCAUCAUCCCUAACUAGCAAGACCAGUUGCCAUGGAUGAUGGGAAUUGUAGUCCAAAAACAGCUGGAGACCCAAGUUUGGGAAACAUUGGUUUAUAAUGUCAGGAAUUAACAUCUGGGUUGAGCCAUUGGGAGCCAGUGGCCCAGUUAGGGCAGUCAUUCAAGGCUUCAUAAACAUGGAUUUAUGAAACUGGGAAAGACUGUCUGAACUGGGCCAUUGAGUUUAUGAUGCUAAGAAUUAGCCUUGGGGCCAAACUCCUCCCCUUUCCCCCUCCAUCUUGCUCCCCUCCAAUUGCACACUGGCUUCACUAUCAAGAUCCUGGCUUGUAUUGCAUCAUGCUUUGUUUGUUUGUUUGUUUGUUUGUUUGUUUGUUUGUUUGCUAGCUAACUGACAUUAAGCCAGAAUUUCCAAGUUUUGACAUAAUGGGAGUUUAAGGCUUAAUGCAAGCCAGGAGCUUCAUGCUACAAGUAGGGUGCAUGAAGUUUCAGAAGACAUUCUGAAGUGAGCCAGUAACAAUCAAGCCAGACCCCGUCUGGCAGCAAAAUGUGGGCAACUGGUUUUUGUCUAAAAGGAUUGUGUGAACCUUCAUAAAUAGUCCUUUCAUCACUUUUCUUAAUAACAAAAAUGCUUCUUUUGCUGUUCAGUGCAUUUUAUGUAUGGCACCCAGCUCUGCUGCUGUUGUGUCCCAUUCUAUGAAGUCUUCUCAUUAACUUUUUUUUCUGUCUGCAAAAUGGUUUUAGCUUAAUAGAUUUCUCCCGUCUUUGAAGUGGUUCCGCCGACUCCCUUGAAUUAAUCUGAGGAAGAGGGAGAGCUAUUAUUUCUAACAGACAGGGCGAUUGGGCAGCCCAAGAGGAUUGCCCCCCUGCCCAAUCUCUGAGGUUCAUUAUUAAACUGGCAGUACUUCCUAAUCACCUGUGAACACUUUUCUAAAUAAACUAAUUAUAAUAUAAGCUCCCAGGUAAACAAUUUUUGAGCAGUCCAAACAAUGUAUAAAUAUUAAAUGAGCUACUUAUUCCAUCCAGGAGAAAAAAAAUCUGCAUUACUGAUGCCCUCUUUUUUAAAAAACCUAAAAAAACUCUAUAGGGCCUUGACAUAUUUCAAGGAGUAUGAUUAAGGGGAGUGUGUGUUUGUGUUGGAGGGACUGUUUUGACAAUGUGUCUGUGGCAAGACACAUUCGAAUAUUUGCGUCCCGAAUUAGAAAGCUUCAUGUGGUGCAUUUUCAUUGGUUCAUCUCUCUGGUGGGAAGAAAAGUAAUGUUUCCCCCCCUUUUACGGCUGGAGUGCAAAUCCAGGACACUUCCUCCCACCUCAGGGAUGAAAUUUUGAAAAUAGACCAUAUGAAGCUUUAUCUUUGGGGGCGUUACCUCACAGUCGAUAUCGGUUUUAUGAGAGGAUCCUGAAAUUUUCUAUAUUAACUCUUGUGUACUUCAAAAACAUGUAGCCACCAAGUAGCAAAACAGAAAUGUCAGGGAAUGGAAGAAGUCCGAAAUCACAAGGACCAUAAUCUUUCACAAGCUAACGGUGGAGACCUUCUGUGCUCUUUCCUGUCGGUAUAAUCAAUAAAACCAGAUGGUUGGAGGCAGUGUGCUUCUGAAUGGCAGUUGCUGGAAGGGAGAAGGUUUCCCAUUGACUUGGUCCAGCAUGGUCUUCUUAUGUUUCCAUUUUCUUUUCCAUUGGGCUGCAUUUGAGGUUAAAAAAAUUUUGCCCCUGCAACCCACAAUGAUUCCGUCAAGCAAAUAAUUCCAUCUCAUUUCUCUGUGGCUCCAGGCUGCAGCCACAUAGGCACUCAUCUGUGUGGUUCGCUAUUAGAGGAACUGAUUGCAAUUUAUAUAAUUUCCAUGCCUUUUGGGUCACUCUGACCCCAGCUGGUCUAAUUCCAGCUAUCUUAACUUCUUCCUACUUGGAACUCUCAGUGGCCUCCAGUAUUUAAAGGCACACUGGCAUCCCAUGAUAGAUUAAAAAGUUGUAGAUUAAAAAAAUUUUUAAAAAAAAGUUUUAAAGGAUUUUUGAUACAAUUACCUGCAAAAACUCUGGAUAGCAGGACCCAUCCCAGAAGAUGCCUCCUUCUCGAGAGGUCAGGAGGGUGGCAACACGAGAAUGGGCCUUCUCUGUAGUGGUUCCUUGUCUGUGGAAUUCUUCCCCCAGGGAUGUUCGCCUGUCGCCUUCAUUAUACUGUACACCUUUAGGCGCCAGGCAAAAAACAUUCCUUUUUAAUCAGGCCUUUGGUUUACCUACCGUAUUUUUCGCUCCAUAGGACGCACUUUUUCCCCUCCAAAAAUGAAGGGGAAAUGUGUGUGCGUCCUAUGGAGCGAAUGCAGGCUUUCGCUGAAGCCUGGAGAGCGAGAGGCAUCGGUGUGCACCGACCCUCUCGCUCUCCAGGCUUCAGGAAGCUAUCCGCAAGCCUUGCAAGCCCGGUGGGAGUUCCCGCGGGCUCACAAGGCUUGCAGGCAGCAGCCUGCAGCCCCGGCGAGUGUCCGCAAGCCUUGCGCGCCCAGCAGGAGGUCCCGCCGAGCGCGCGAGGCUUGGGGCGGCAGCCUGUCGCCCGAAGCACGGGGAGCCCUCCGGAGGGCUCCCCGUGCUUCGGGCGAGUGUCUGCAAGCCUUGCGCGCCCGGCAGGAGGUCCCGCCGAGCGCGCGAGGCUUGGGGCGGCAGCCUGUCGCCCGAAGCACGGGGAGCCCUCCGGAGGGCUCCCCGUGCUUCGGGCGAGUGUCUGCAAGCCUCGCGCGCCCGGCGGGAGGUCCCGCCGAGCGCACGAGGCUUGGGGCGGUAGCCUGCAGCCCGAAGCACGCAGAGCCCUCCGGAGGGUGCCCCGUGCUUCUUGCAGGUGUGCACAAGGCUUGGGGCGGCAGCCGCGGCGGGGGGGGAUAAUGUUUUUUAUUCAUUUCCCCCCCCAAAAAACGAGGUGCGUCCUAUGGGCCGGUGCGCCCUAUAGAACGAAAAAUACGGUAAUCAAUAUCCUAUACCCUUUUAAAAUGUGGCUCUUUUGGGGGGGGUAUUACUGGAUUAUUGUUUUUAUUUUUAUUUUAUAUAGUGUGAUCUUUUCCAUUAACCACCCUGAGACCUCUAGGUAUAGGGCGGUAUAUAAAUUCAACCAAUCAAUGAGACAAACCUCUGUUUGCUCUUCACACUCACAAGAGAAAAUAAUUAUUCUACAGUGCUGCCUGCUAUAACACAUAGGUGCAUAAUUUAAAGCCAAAGAAAGAAAAGGUUCCCCUCUUUCAGGAAAAAAAAAUCAUUUACAAAUGUAUGAAGAUUUUAACAGAUUGAGUGAGUCCCAGCUGGGGAAAAAAGCCCUGAGAAUUAGGAUAUAAUCCAAACCCAACACAUAGUUAAACUAUGGAGCUCAUUCCCACAGGAGGCCACCAACUUGGAUUGCUUAAAAAAAAAAAAGGGCAAACCCAUGGAAGUUAAGGCUAUCAAUGGUUACUGGUUUGGCCUCUGCUGUCAGAGGCAUUAAUGGUUCUGAAUGCCAUUUUCUGGAAGCCACAGAAGAGGAGGGUGUUGUUGUACUCAGGUCCGGCUUGAGGUUUUCCCACGGGCAUUUGGGUGGCCACUGUGAGAAAAGGAUUCUGGACUCGAUGAGCCAUUGGCCCUAUCCAGGAAACUCUUCUUUUGCUCUUAAACCCCUAGCUGGCAGUGGGGAACAUAGUGGAGCAGUAUAGCCACAGCCACAGUUCUGCUACUCUCACUGGCCACAGCGAAAGGUGACUGGGUUGUGUGUAGAAGAGGAAAAAAAGACCCUCUACUCUGGCAGCUCCCAAGCUGGUGCUGUGAAGAGACGUUUAUUGGGCCCAUUGCUGUCAUGUGACAGCAGCUGGGCUAAAUUAGGAACCAGUGGAUACUGUGUUGGUCCAGCCCCUGACCCAAAAUGCCCUGUUCUGUGCAUUUCCACCGACUACUGCCAGAAGCGGCCAGUGGUAGCUGCCGCCCACCAUUUGAGGAGGUGAUUCUCAAAGCAGGCAAGGCUGGGCUCCGCGGCACCUCCGUCUCAUUCAAACUGCAUCCAGGGCUGUGGAUUGCAUCAAUGACAGUUCCUAUGAUCUGAUGAUAGCUCUGUGAAUAAUACAUUAAAUGCACACUGAUUUUUAUCCUCCUUCUAAAACGCUGCUGCUUUUUCCUUUCAUUUCCAUACCUUUCCCAAGUUAACAAGCUGCCCUUUCCUCCUUUACAGCUGUGGUGCCCAAAGUAAAUAGACUAACAUUGCAAGUCCUAACUAUGUCUCCUCAGAAGUAAGUCCUAUGAAAUUCAGUGGGUCCUACUCCCAGGUAAAUGGGGUUAGGAAUGUACUCUUAAGAGCUGAGGAGCCAGAUCUUCAUAUGGUCAAAUCACGGGGUGCACCCAGAUUCUCCAUCUCUGCCUCACCCACAAUGGCUUGAUAAUCACACCAGAGUUCUGUUUUCAUAGCUUUUCUUCCUCGCUUACUAAAAGCUGCCAUUGCCAUGGUUUAUCCUUUGCUCCCCAAAUCUCUUCUUCACCCGCCACCCUGCUGUGUUAUUGUUUAUUCAGUUUUGCCAUUCGCCUUGCUGCUUCACAUGGUACUUUAACCCUGUAAGCGAGGAGGAUGAAUAAUUUUAAUUGUGGCCACCAGCCUGCUAACAAAGUAAGAGGCUUUUCAAUUUUACUUUCUAAGUCCUCCCAUGAGCUGCACUUAAUCUGUGCAGCAGCCAGAGUUUGGCCACCCCCUGAUUUAUUGCCUCUGAAGCAUUGCAGUGGUGGUGGGUGGGGACUGCAGCAGUGUUGACUGCAGCAGUCAGAUGAACAGCUUUUCAAAUGGGUAUAUGCAACUUUUCUCCUUUUUCCUCCCAUCUUGCAAGGUAUGUGUAGAUACAAAUGUAUUUUCCUGUAAAGGGGAUCUUGUAAGAUACAAAUUCCACUUUAUGGAAUGAUAGCAUUGCCAGCAAAGGAUGGUUCAAACACGAUGAGUCCUCUGCCACCCAGAUCCUUAAGCGUUCCCAGACUGGGUGUGUAUGCCUGUCACGUUGGUGCGAUGUUUGUUCCAUCCCAAUAAUAUAUUUACUGAUGAAGGAAGUCUUGUGGUUGUUGGUACAUAUGCCAUUUGUUUUGCUGAGUCAUAACUAUGGGUGUAAGUGAGAAUUUGUAAGAUCAAAUCAUAGCCUAGAAUUUCCACUCCUUCUGAUAACAAACUCAGGUGGUGAGUGUUGACAGAAUGUUAGGCAAAAUGGCGCCACUGGUGAGCAACAGGGAUUUAUUAUCAUUCUUGGGGGAACUCCAAGGUUUACAGAAGUACAAAGUGGCUAACCUAGGACCCUUUGGACAUGGUUGGACUCUACCUCCUAGGAGCCCCAGCCAACAUGGCCAAAAGUCAGGGGUGAUAGUUUUAGUCCAACAACAUCUGGAGGGUAAAAUUUUAGCAACCCGUCCUUUAGAAAAUGAAACCUAACAGGGCAGCAAAAACAAGGCCCAAUGAGGACUGAGCAUGCUCAGCAGUCCCAAAAUGUUGAGUGUCUGUUGGGGAGGGCAAAUUAAAUUGAGUGACUGGAAGGAGGUGUGGCUGGCUUUCUGAAAUGCUGAAGGAGGUUGGUCCACACUUCAACAUUUUGUUUAGUGUAUUUAUCUCGUCCUUCAUCCAGGUAGCUCAGAGCUUAACAACAAAACUAGAAGACAGGCUCUGGGGAUUUCAGAAGCUCACUCUGUGCCUUGUACAAGCUACAGUCUUUGAACCUUGCCUAUGCGUAGCCAAUUUGGUGUCCUCCGUAUGUUGUUGGACUAAACUCCCACCAUACCUGGCCAUUAGCCACGUUAGCUGAGCCACUCCCUGGCUACCCCUGACCUAACCCAACACUCAGACCACUGCACCACAUGCUAUUUAUUAAUUCAUUGAUUUGAGAUAUAAAAAUAGAAACACAAGAGGUAUGUAGAACUGUUAUCUUAUUUCCUGUGUACACACACACACACAUUGUUUGUAUCUAAAAAUCAUUUUUCUUUACAUUAUACUUUCUCAUUUCAUUUUGUGUUAAAAUUCAAUCUGCCAGAUUUGACUUUUCCUCCAUUACCUUUGAAGAAAAAUUCUUAAUAGUGUAAUGUAAAACCACUGAGCUUGUCUUAAUCUUGCAAGCGCUCUGGAAGUAUGUGACUGGAAUAUAUUGCUUUUGUUGAUUAAUGUUCUGCUGCUUUGCAUUUCUUUUUCUCCACUUGAAAAUCUUAUGUAGACAAAAAUGGAAAGCGGAUCAAUAUUCAAGCCACGCAUUUCUCCUUUGCUAAUGCUUGUGUCUACAGUGGCUUGUGUGUUUAUUUGCAUAUUGCUUGAAAGUUGCAUUUCCAAAGGUAUAGCGGUAGGCUACAGUUACGUAAUGGGUAUAUAUAUAUACAUUUCAUAGGCAUGAGCUAAAAAAUUCUUGGAAACCAGCUCUCUUUGGGUAUUCUAAAGAGGGCUUAAAUAAGCAUAGAAUGAAAUAUUGCACAAGAGAGUUGACUUCACGCCAUCCAGUCUUGGGCUGUCAGCACACUUCCUCUUAAAAAUAUAAGCUUCAAACUCACCACUUAAAUUGAUGAACUCUUGACUAAAGCAGUACACAAGGUUGCCUUACUUAGCAUCUGAAUUUAUAUCUGCGUCAAAUACAUUGUGUCUCCCUGCAGUGUUAAUGAGCCGCAGGCUUUGUUGGGUUGGUUUACAAACCAUAGUGGAUGAGAUUGCUUGUUUCGUCACAUAACUCUUAAUGUGUCUUAAAACAUUGUUCCACUUGUCUGGUUGCCCAAACUUCAGGCUAAACGUUCUGCAACAACAGCCUUUCAGUAGAUUGAAACCAGAGUUGGGUUGAGAAAAUCAAAUUUCUGGGGUGAUGUUUGACUGUGAAGGGGGGGGGAUUUUGGUUUCCAAAGCAUUUUCAAAUGUAUACAUUCCAUGAUCGCUUCUUAACAUCUUUUGAAGCAGCAUGAACUUUCUAUCCACAUUAUUUGCCAUACGUUGUGCUUUUCUGUCCUUUUUUCUGUGUUUCUUCUGAGUCUUCAGCUCCUUCCUUCUCUUGCUGGGAGCCUCUGGGCAGAUUUCAGGCUUGCAAGAUCCACUUCUAUCUUUCGCUCAGCGAUUUACCAACCAGCGCCAGGUGCAAAAGACACACCAUUAGAGUUAAAGAACAGAGUGCCUCUAGGCAAAUUCUGAGUAGGAAUUUGAUUUCAGUAUCAGAUUGAAUAAAUAGCUUUGUUUUUGCUCCUGUUAAACAACUGGGGGUCAGGCACUCUUGCCAAUGUAUGGCAGAUCAUCCCAGUAUCUAUCAGUAAAUCAUAAUGCACCAAAUGCCCAGUGUCCAGAUGUUGUUUGACUCUAUCUCCCAUCAACCCUGGUCAUUAGCCAUCUUGGCUGGAGUUAAUGGGAUAGGGAAUCCAGUAACAUCUGAAGGAUAGUAUAUUGGCUACUCCUAUUCCAAGAGCAUAUGAGGAAGCAAAUGGAAUUUAAAAGUGGGAAACACAAUGCUGUGUCCUAAUUCUUGUGUCGAGCCAGUUGACUCUUCUGUUUUUCCAAGUUUCCUAAAUAAUCCACAUGCUCCUUCUGACAUGAUCUGUGGUAAUGUGUUUGCUAGCUGCAUUGUGGCUUCUUCCUGUGCACUCACUAGAAGAAGACACAGCUGAUGGACCUCCAUGGAAUCUCAAAUGUCUGGCAUUACCAAGCAACAGCCAAACUAAUGUCUGGAGGAGCCUCGAGAUUCUGAACAACUUAGAAUGGCAUUAAAGGAGAAUGUAUUCUUAUUUACCCAUUCCUGUAUGCAUGGGGCACUUUCAUGGACUUGCUGAAAAAUAAAUGUAAGCAGCUUUGUAACAGUGGGGGCUUUAUAGCAUCUUGUAGUCUUUGGAAGGCUUACACAUAAAUACAGCCAGUUAGUGCUAAAUUGUACAGUUUGUUUUCUGCAGCUUCAGAAGCUGAACUCAAAAGCUCCAGCGAUUUUCGAUUAUAAUUUUCCAUUGUCUGUAAAAACUGAAAUUACAAACUUAUUAAGUAAAAGGUGCAUGUCCUUAAACCAAUAUGAAUAUGAAAUCUUGGAGAUUUAGCCAUCUAAUAUUUGCAGAGAGAGGGUGGAAUACAUAAAAAGUACAGUGCCUGAAAAACAGAAUAAGGAAUAUUUUCCCAAAAAUAAAAUAAAAAAGACGCCUUAGGUAAUCAAAGACAUUCAUUUAAACAUAUGACAUUCUACCAAUCAGCAGUUAAACUUUAUUUUUAGCCUCUACUCUUUGCAGUGCUAUCCUUCUGCUAUCAGAAUAAAAAUUCAACUAAUUUUAGAGGAACAGGAUUGUAACCUUUAGUUGGUACACCAUGUUACAGGACCAGCUUCAACACUCAUCCUCAAGCAACAUUCUUUGAUUGUAAUGGUUUCUUAAUAAGCUUUGUAAGAAAGAGCUCUUGGCUUAAAAAUAUACUAAAUUUCAAUAAAUUAGCUCAGAGGAGAAUACUGACUUCUACAUUAAUGCUGACAAUUUGCAUUUUCUUCCCAUUUUUCCAAGCUUGCUGGCCUCUGUUCAGACUCCUACUUGCGCACAAAAUCCUCUUCCUGUGUUGGUGGUGGAACAAGAGGGCCCUCCUGCCACUCAGAUGGGUGAAUCAUGCAAUAUUAUCAUUUUUGGAGAGGAAAGAGUGGUGUCAUUUUGGCAAUUGGAUGAAGGACCCAGAUCACACCUUAUGGUGGCUACCCAGUGGCCCUCUACAUCAGCGGUUCUCAACCUGUAGGUCCCCAGAUGUUGUUGGACUACAACUCCCAUCAUCCCUGAGCUCUGGCCUUGCUAGCUAGGGGUGAUGGGAGUUGUAGUUCAACAACAUCUGGGGACCCACAGGUUGAGAAAGGCUGCUCUAGAUGAUGUUGAACUUCCAACUCUCAUCAGCCCCAGCCACCAUGGCCAAUAUUUGAGGACGAUGAGAAUUUAAUCCAGCACCAUCUUGAAGGACAAAGCUUACCACCCCUGCUUUGAUUAUUGAGGAGAGAUCACGCCUCCACACCUUCACCCUUGAAUCACCACUCAGUGGUAGUAGCAUUUCUGCAUUGCACCCAGAAGGCCCCAGAGUCAAUCCCUGGCAUCUCCAGUUGAAAGGAACAGAUAGCAGGUAAUAGGAAAGACACCUGUCCAAGGCUGUGUAGAUCCACUGCCAGCCAGAGUAGAAAAUACGGAGGGUGAAUAGCCUGGGUAUUCCUGUGUGUUUCUGUUAGCUUUGCAUUAGGUGAGUGUCUGAACGGAGACACACUCUGUCUUGGCUGAUGUGAAUGGAAUCUAGGCAAGGUUUUAGCAAUGGAACAUCUGCAUACAUCCAGCCAUUCGUUCAAAAGCUUGAGUUACCUUUUUGUCAGUGGUUGUCAACACAAGCCUGCAACAGGAGAAAGGUUUGGAGAUCCAGUGAUAACACACAGGCUUGCUCCUUUAUGCCCCAGCAGCAUGGGCUGUCCAUUGUUGUGUUAUGUGCCUUUUUGCUGCAGGAAGUUACUGAAUCCGUGCCUUUAAUAAUUAAAAAUCAAAUUAUAAUCAUUUGAAUGUCCAGAACAAGAUAUAGUCCGAUCUGGUUCAGAAGGUGGGAGGGGGGCAGUUUGCAGAUAUUCUGUGUGCACAAAGGUUUAAGACUAUCACAUAUACGACCGCUUUUGCUUUUUAAAAUCCAGGAGUCAGUCAGUGAGGCUAUAGGCUCCCGUUAUUUUGCUCAGGGGCAUCCCUGGAGGAAUCUCAGCGCAGUAUGACUACAACUGAUUUUUGCAUCGUUUCCUUCCGUUGCAAAGCAAACAUAUUUCACUUGUUAAAUUGUGGAAGCUUUUGUUUUUGUUUUGUAAACUAAUGGUGUCUCCUAAUGGAUAAUCUUCAAACAUAUUUUUGUUUCAAAUAUCUACACGCAAUAAUAUUUUUUUAUCUAUGAAGAUUAUUCCAUAGUGGCAAUGGACUCUUCUGAAAUGUUUCGUCCUUGUCCUUUGUUAAGCCACUUUGUUUUAUCAAGCUUUUUGUAAGCUAUAUUGUGACUUGUUUGCAUAACACUUUUAGCGUGUUAAGUGUCCAUAAGUACUUACUCUGUCUUUUCCUGCUAACCUUACUAUUUAAAAGCAAAAAAAUGCAUUGGUGAGGGGAAGGCGAGACUGCCUAUAACAUUACAUCAAUAUACCUAUUAUUACUCUUCAUGAAACUGAAAAUCUAGUGUACAUAAUUUGUAAUUGCGGGCUUCCAAGGGGGCUUUUUGUGAUGAACGGAGUAACCUUGCCUUAUUAUGAUUAUGAUUAUUGAUUUAAUCUGGUCUUCAGAAUUAUUUGGUUGUGUUGACAGAAGCAUUCCGUUACCUGAAAUACUGAGAUGUAUUUAGUCACUAGCUUUCAAAGGCAAUUUGGGAAGUAUAAAUGAGAAAUGCAUUUUUCACUUACUUGGGCUGCAGCUAUCGUUGGAGAAGCCUGUGUCUUUUGCACACUGUUAUGAACGUAUAAACCCCUUUUGAAAGCAGUAGAAUAUACAUGCAAUAUUUGCAGUAAAAGGCCACAAUCCAUAAUUCUGUGAGGUUUCAGAGGGCAAGUAGAAAUGCAUGCAUGGAUUUUUCUUUCACUCUGGAGAGACUCUCUGCUGGCACAGACAUUGAAGGCAGUGAUGGCACAGCAUAUAUAUUCCCUUCUCUUUGUUGUUAAUAAAUCUCUGGCCCGCUGAGGAUAUAUGCACACUAGCACAUCCUUCCCCAACCAUGUGCCCUCUAAAUGUUGUUAGACUCCAACUCACAUCACCCCAGCCAGUACAGCCAAUGACCAGGAAUGAUGGACGUUGUAGUCCAACAAGCAUCUAGAGGGCAUCUGAUUGGGAAAGCUGGUUUAACAACGUCUAAGAUUAUUUUGGAGAAACUAUAAUAGUUUAUUAUUAAAUGGGUUUGUGGCCAGAGAGAGGCAGUCUCUCUCAUGUAGUAGGUUUGAACACUAAGCAGACAUCAGAAGAACAAGGAGGAGCAAUGUUUUGAUUGUAGGUUACAGUUGCCUCCUUGCUUAAAUUAUUGACAUUGAAGAAUAAUUAAGGAUACUGUGAUACUGCGAAGGCAGUGCUAACUCAAACACGUUUGUUCUUUUUUUUUUUUUGUCUGUCUUUAGAUACCCUACAAUCUCAGCUCAUCAACAUGGGAGUUAUCCCUACGUUAGUGAAAUUGUUGGGCAUUCAUUGCCAAAAUUCGGCUUUGACUGAAAUGUGCCUUGUUGCGUUUGGCAAUUUAGCAGAACUUGGUAAGUUCUGGGAUGCAACCCACAAACCUGUUCUCUUUAUUUAUAAAUGUUACAUUGUUUUAAUUUACUAUUUAUGGCAAGUUUAUAGAAGGAGGACCAGUGCUGAUAUUUUCAUCUGUAUUCACUAUUCAAGUAUCCCAAGUUCCCCUUUCCAGCUCUUCUCUGCCUGCCUGAUGUCUACACAUGACUUCAUCUUUCCACUUGGGCUACAGCUUCCAUCCCCACUGACCAUUGACCAUGCUGAUUGGUGUCGAUAGGAGGUGGAGCCCAACUACAUCUAGAGGAUGCCAUUUUGGUUACUCCUGACAUAAAUAAAGUUUAUUUCUAAGGUUCAAAUACGACUUCCUAUCAGAUUUUUCCUCACUGCCUAACUAUAAGAAGUGUUGCUUUCUGUCUCUCAAGAAAGUAUAACAGUUCAUAAAAAAUAAGUCUAUGCACAGUUAUAAAAUUAGAUACCUUUACUUGAUAUCAGGGAAGAGUUUAGAAGGACCUCUCAUGCAAACAGCGUUGGUGUUUGCCUUCCUCUUACAGUGGUCCAGCUAGGCCUGGAAAAAAACACCUGGAAAAUUUUGGAAUAAAAACUUUAAAAGCAAACAAACCAAUUUUGUACUAUAGCAUUCAAUCUGGGCAAACUUUCCGUUUUCAGAAGUCUGCGAUAAAUAUGGCAAAUAUGAAAGCAGAAACUGACAGCGAUAGCUUAGAAUGAUUAAAUUUCAUUUUGUAUUCAUAGUAUUCAUUGAUGUGUGUCUCCUCCGCCAGCUCUUUCCCUCACCUCUUUUUAUGGAAAUGGGUUCUUAAUGUCUGCUUGACACUGGAGGAGCCAUAACAAUUUCCAGGUUACAUGAUAAUUUUAUGUUUUUACUACAAUGUUGAUGAUUUCUCCUGUUUUAUUGUUUUAUUGCUUAAGUUAAUAUGCUGCAGAGGGAGCAAGCAUCAAGGCCACCUUACCCAUCCACAGUGGUUGGGCUUGGCAAGGACGCUCUGUGACAGGAAAAUGAUAUAAUUUAAACAAAUAUAUUGCCACUGUGUAUAAAUAACCCAUAAAGUUUGGUUUUGCUAGUUCUUACAUUCAGUAUUAGCCCUGUAUGUUAAGAACUGCUUCAAAUCCCUCUUCACAACCCACCUUUUCUAUGAAGCCUUUGGGACAGCCCUCAAGUUCCCAUGGCCUACUUUAACUCAACCACCUAACAGCCACAUGCUCCCUGUGAUGGCGCAAAUGUGCUGGCUGCCUGAAAGGGAAUCACAACCAAUUUGCUGCUCCCUGGGGUGUUUAGGUCAGUUGACAAUGGCAGCUAAGCUAAGGUGUGGCAUCGUCAUCUUCUUUUUGGCAGUGUGUGCCAGGGUCAUUCUUAAGCUCUUGCGUUUAACCAUGGUCUGUAGCCAAUGUUUGUCCUGUGGUUAUAGGUUUCAUUGAAGAAGGAGAGAUCGUAGCCAUCCUGGAUUCAGACAACAUGCUAAGCCAAACCCACACCAAUCUAAAAACCCUGGGAAGCAGCAAGCAGCUGUGAUCUCCUUCUCGGGAGCCGGUGCUGUCAUGUUAAGCCAUGGUUUGGCUUUGCGUGACGUGUGAACAUAAUACAACCAUAAAAAAAAUUAAGUAGCUAACAUUGGCAACUGUGUAGAUUGAUGGAUGGCUUCAGAUGUCAGAAACGGGUCAAUAAACUUAAUAUUGCACCUGCAUUUUAAAAGCCAUCAGACUCAGGGUACCCAGAAAGAAGGUUGAAUCAAAGCAUCUGGAUUUGUCUGUUUUGAGACACCAGAACAAAUUCUGCCAGCAUGCAGCCAUGUUAAGGUGCUGGGUCUGACCUUUAGUCUCUUCGAUCAGAAACCCAGUGCACUCACUGUGUAAUUUUUCUUGUUCAGCUGAUGGCAGCUGAAGGCUUAAUUUAUAUGUUGGUAAUUUUGCUGUUGCUAUGGGUACGUUCACGUUCCACUGGUGCAAAUUUUUAACAGCUUUGAACAUAAUUAAUAAUUCAGGUCAUCACAUUUAUCUUAAAAGGCCUGGAUGUUUUUCUUUUCAUUUAGUGACAGGCUUAAGUAUGGGAGUAUAUUGUUCCUGUCUGCAAAGAGCGUUUAGCUCUGUUAAUCACUGCGCCGAGUAACCUCCUAAUAAACUGAAGAGAAAACAGUGCUGCCAUUCUGUGCACUUAGCUUUCCCCUUUUUGAUUUCACAGAAUCAAGCAAAGAGCAAUUCGCCUACACAAACAUUGCCGAAGAGCUUGUGAAACUGUUCAAAAAGCAAAUAGAACAUGACAAGAAGGAGAUGAUAUUUGAAGUUUUGGCUCCUUUGGCAGAAAAUGGUGAGACUCUGGUGACGGUUUUGUUUCUGAGGGAGAGAAAUUCCUUUUGAUAUUUGGCUGAGUCACGGCUCUUGCUGAGGAAGCUGUGUCUAGCUGAAAUGGUCUGUGUGGAAACCCUUGACUGAGCCCCUCCCCUUUAUUUCAGUGUUUUGUACUAUGCACAGUUCUUCAGUCUUGGGUCCCCAGAUGCCACUGGACUACAAUUACCAUCAGCCCUGACUAAUAGCUGAGGAUGACAGAAGUUGUAAUCCAGUAACAUCCAAGGUUAAAGAACUGUGAUUGGAUGGAACAAGAAAAAAAAAAUUAAAGGAGGGUUAAGAAAGCAGAGCAGAAGCAUAUGAAUUUGCUCUGUGAGGAAAACAACAACAACAGUACAACUCAUAAAAUGCAGCAAACCAAGUAAAUCUUUAGUAAACAGCAUCCCACUCUCACGGUGGCCAACCAGAUGCCUGUGGGAAACCCACAAUCAGGAUUUGAACACAAGACCACUCUCCUCUUCAUUGGCUUCCUGCAACUGGAAUUCAGAAACAUCAGUGCCUCCAACUUUGCAGACAGGGCCUAGUCAUCAUGGCUAGUAGUCUCCGGCAUUGUGUGGCAUGCACAAUUGUAGUUACCUUGUCUUCUUGCUUUUGUCAUGCCUUAUUUGGAGUCACAGUACAGUCGAACCUCCGUUUACGUAACCCUCUGGUUAUGUAAACUUCGGGAUGUGCGCCCAGCAAACCCAGAAGUAUUUUACUGGGUUUAGCCCCGCGCGCAUGCGCAGAAGCAGUCCUCAGGUUACGGAAACCUCUGGAUCCGACCGGACCUCCAGAAUGGAUCCCGUCCACAACUGGAGGUACCACUGUAUUUUAAAAAGCAUUUUAUAUUUAGGUUCUUCUAUCUUCACCCAGAUAUCAUUAAGCUACAGCUGGUUGAAGCAGGCCUGGUGGAGUGUCUACUUGAGAUAGUCCAAAAGACCGUGGACAGUGACAAAGAGGACGACAUUGCUGAGCUCAAAACUGCCUCUGAUCUUAUGGUUCUACUACUGCUGGGAGGUGAGUAUUGCAUGUGGAACCUGGGAAUUCUCAUGCUGUCAUUAGCAUAUCGGAUUCUAGCCAUCGCACUGCAGUCUGUGGGUUAGCUUGUGUUCACCUAGAGUGGCUGAGUUUUAGUAGUUCCAGCUAAAACUGCUUUUCUUCUUUUUCACAUCCAGCAACUUUUCCUAGACAGUUGGCAGGCAUGGUCCCCAGACAUGCUGAUUUUCUUUGUAUAGGUUGAACUUUUACAUGUGUUGUAAGCCCAAUGGGUACAAGUUUUGUUGAAUGUGGCAGAGCACUGUAUCCUAGAUGCUAUCUCUAGUUAAAUGUGGCAUCUCUAGCUAAAUGUAACAAGACCGAGGUCCCAUCUGAUUCCGUAGAGAGCCAAGGGAGAUUUUGACUUAAUGGCAAGGUGAAUGUUCAGUUUGGUGAAUGUUCAGUCUCUCCCGGUUCUCCUCCCCCUGUGCCCCCCAUCUGUUUUAGGGUUUUUGCCACCUUGUGGAGCAGGUGUGGGGAGGAGAAAGGGGGAAGUCCUGUUGAAGAAGUGGGAAUCAUUUUGUUUGUGCUGUUUUUUAAUUGAAUACCACCCUAGGGUCAACAGUAUAUAGUCGCUACUGUACCUGAUGAAUUUAAUGGCUUGACUUGGCCCGAAGCAGCUGUAUAGAUCCAUAUUUUUCAUACUUUGUCCAAAUGUUCUUUGUUUCUUUCCUCCCCCAGAUGAAUCAAUGCAAAAACUAUUUGAAGGAGGAAAAGGAAGCGUUUUCCAAAGGGUGCUUUUGUGGAUCCUAUCUAAUAGCCAUCAGCUGCAGCUUGCAGGAGCACUGGCGAUUGCAAAUUUUGCUAGAAACGGUAAAAAUCAUUGAGGUUCACACUCCAGCUUGUUGUCAGCACUAAAGUUUUAAUAGCACUGGGGCAGGGAAUAUAUAUUUGUUGGCAUAGUGCAUUUUAUGGUGGGGGUUAUAAGCAGCCGAACAGAGACCCGACUUUCGGAAAAAUUUUGUUUGUUUGUUUUCAGACCUUAAAAAUAUAGCCACCUUGUAGGACAUUAGUACUUGCCAAACAUUAGGUGGGACGAGGCGAUGGUGUCCCCACAAUGCACUGAAAGGCAAAGGAAUAGGUAAACAGCCAUGCAUGUCCCUCGUGAAUUUUGUUUUCAAAGUGAUUUGAAGAACAUAUGGAGUAGGGGAGACUGUGCAUUUAAAUACAUAUGGCCUAGGCAAAAAAAAGGAAGAAAGAAAAUUUGGAAAGCAGGUAAACAGUGUCUCGGACUCUUGUUUCAUCUUCCCAGUUUUAUUUUGAAUGGUGAACUAGUGUCUCAGAAGAGCAAAAUUUAUUGCUGAAAGUUUGGGUGGAGGAGAAACACUGGUUUUAACAGAGAAGCGUUUUAUGCAUGCUCUGACGGUCUGGUCUUGCGCAGAUGGAAACUGUAUCCAUAUGGUGGAUAAUGGCAUCGUUCAGAAGCUGAUGGACCUCCUGGACAGGCAUGUAGAGGAUGGCAAUGUUACCGUGCAGCAUGCAGCACUGAGCGCGCUCCGAAACCUCGCUAUUCCUGGUAAGCAAUUUAGCGUGUUUCCAAAUACAAGAGCAGCUCCGAGGAAGGGGGGGCUGUCCCGUGAGUGGGGUGGUGAAAUUCUGCUCCUCCAAAUUGCGUGUCCUGCUGCGUAUCAUCAGGAAACAAUUUAGCACAAUCCUCUACAGGUUUACUCAGAAGUAAGUCCUGCUGUGUUCGUUGGGCUUACUCACUCCCUACUAAUUGCGCUUAGCGUUGCAGCCUUAACCUCGUUCUCCUAAUGAUUAAUACAUGGGAAAUGGACUGGGUGGCACUAACUAUGCUCCUUUAUCUCUAAUGCGGGGAUAAAAAUACUGGGCUACCUUACUUGGUAGUGUAAGGAUUGCAGUGCUGCAAUCAUAUCAUGAGCACUUACGGGCAAAUGUCAGAUAAAUACCAUGUUAUGUAUAUUAUGUUCUUAUUAUAAAAUAUAAUAGUACAGUACUGUAUAAAGAAGAGGAGGUGGAGAUGCAAGUGGUUGGAUUUGCUGUAAAGAUCAGGAGCAAAUUUGGCUGCCAAUCCAUAAGGCAGCACCCACUUUGACUUUGUUUAUGAGAUUUGCAUAUAAUUGAAUUGACCCGUGUUGGAUUGAUGGCCGACCAGAUAUAAUGAAGUGGGGGGGGGGGGGACAGCCAGAGUCCCAUCAAUUACUUUUCUCUUCUACAUGCAUCUCUGUGCAGCAUUACAUCUCUUGUUUUUAUUUCUCUUUGAACUCCUGUUAGGGAGUCAUUCAGCUGUGAGCAACCUAUUUGCUUUCCAGGUCUAUUUGUAUAUGUUUAUGGUACAGCUAAGUGUUAUUAGAGCAGCAGAUGCAUUCUGUGUGUAGAUACACACACGCACCCACAAAUCUUCUUAUUCUCCCACCUCAUUUCACUUAAAUCUUUUUUUAAAAAAACCAAACAAACCAAGAUUUUGAGAAGAGGUGCAAAUUACUAUCGAAAUUCCUUCAGCAAGGAGGAAAUACAGCUUAGUGAAAAGUGCUUGUUAAAAAUAAAGCAUAAGCGUCUGAGGUGGAAAUCUCUGCCAGAACAAGCAACAUCUUGUUAGCCCAUGUUCGAAAUGCCAUCUAACUUCUCACUUUUAAUUAAAAUGCAUUCUGGAGCGAAGUCUGUCUCCUGCUUUGCACGUGGGGGUAGAGAGCCUCACAGGGGUGGAACAGGUGCAGUCGCCAAGAACGGCGGAAGAGAGGUCCCAAGAGACUGAGCAAAAAGCACAGGCUCCUUGCAAUGUUAUAGACAGCUGUUUGCAAGGUGGGUUGUUUGUCAUUCGCAUAAUAAUGAUUAUGAUAGGAGGGAGAUGAUUUGCAUUCUUCUGAAUUCUGUGUUCAUAGAACAGCACCUGUCUUGGGUUCACAGCAGACCUUCCUUGUCUCUUCAAAGCUCUCUCUCUCUCCUUAUGUUACAAACACACACACACACACACACACACACACACACACACACACACAAAAUCCUGCAUCCCUUUGUGUAGGCACGACGUGUGUUGAGCCUUCGGCACGUAUGUUUGCUGCCAGGGCUGGAGUCAGACGCAGGUCGGCAUGAAAGAAGCAGGGCUCUGUUGUCAGUGAAGUUAACUCUUUAGUCAAGGAAACAACAUACAGCUUAGCAACCAUUCCCAGUAGGCCCUGCCCCUAUGGAGCAGUUGCCAGGACUGAAGAUUCCUGCCUUCCACCUUUUCUAAGGCUCUUCCUCUCCUGGAUGUUUCUCAAGCAGUCUCAAAUUGCGUCUGCACACCUCUGGCCUCUGUUCUUGUCUCUUCAUUGUCCUGCAGAUUCUUGGGGACUAGAUGAAGGGAGGGGGAGCUUGUCGCAUUAGGAGAGGGAUCAAGCAGCCUCUUGACCCCUCUCCUCUUCUUCAGCCUCAGGGUCUGAACUGCUCUCUUUCACCAGCUCUUCCUGCUCACUAAACCCUGUUGCCCCUUCAGCAUCCAGUUCAUUUUCCCAAUCUUCUUCUCCCUCUGACCUCUCCUCAGUGUCCCACCACGACUCCCCUGGCUCUGAGCCUACCUCCUCUGGGGUUUCCCUUGGGAGUUUACUGGCCAGUGCCUCCCACUACCAGUCCCUGACACUUGCUCAGUCUAUCCAGUUAUUUGUGUGAACUCAGGUUGGUUCUUACGACUUGCUCAUGUGACCCACCUAUCCCCAGUCCCUUUCCCCUUCUUUUGCAGGGGAUGAAUCGCAGGAGUGGGAUGGAUCUCUAUACACACACACACGUGUAUAACGUUGGCUUGUACUAAGUGUCCCAUACAUACAGCAGGGUGUACAGAUGCAGGGCUCAUUUCCACAUCCCUCUGCACCUAGAACAUACAUACCAGUGCUGUGCGGAUCAGCCCCCAUUUAAAAAACACAACACAGUCAUCAUAUGCCACAAGCCAAUAGGGUGCUUCCUCCUCCUCUUUUCCUCUACAUCUGCAGUCUAUAGUGAGUACAGCCCAGAAAUCUACCACCUCAUUUGGUGAAAGGUGCAGGCUGGUUCUAAUAUACCUAAGUAACUCAUAAAUUUACUUAUAAAUAUGUAACUUCCGCAACUGGAAGCCACCACAAACAAUAGUCUCAACGAAACGGAAGGAUACAGCAGUGCUUUAUUGAUCUGAAAUAUUUCUCAGACCUCUGCCUUGCCCUGCCCCACCCUGGCCCCCAAAAACUUCCUAAACAGGACAUAUUAUUUUAUUAUAAAAGGGCCCAAGAGCUACUAAAUCAGCCAGAGGCGUUAAAGAGGCCCUUAAAGAGAAUAGCCAGAAGCAGACGACUUCUAGGUUUUAAAGGCAGUCUAAACUUUUAAAGGUCAGUCUAAAGCCUAGAGGCAUGGUGCUAAAAUAAUUUUAAAAUAGAUCAGGAGGUUGAGGAAGCUAGAGGCCAAUAGAGCAGGAUAUAUUGUGUCUUUCACAGUUUGACAUCUGUUCAUCCGUAGAGCAUACACUGGUUAAACAUAUCGUGUCAGCUUUUCUGUACAGUUUGACAUACAGGGAACUACAUAUGCUUCCACAGUAGGUAGAAAAGCAAAUUUAACAUAAGGCAUUAAAUGGACUGAUAUAGGAUGAACUGAUUGAUAUAUGGUACAUAAUGUAUAUAACACCGGUCCUGAAAGACCUACAUUGGCUCCCAGUACGUUUCCAAGCACAAUUCAAAGUGUUGGUGCUGACCUUUAAAGCCCUAAAUGGCCUCAGCCCAGUAUACCUGAAGGAGCGUCUCCACCCCCAUCGUUCUGCCUGGACACUGAGGUCCAGCUCUGAGGGCCUUAUAAACAACUAUUUGACUUUUAGAAGACAUCUGAAGGGACCCCUGUUUAGGGAAGUUUUUAAUGGUUGACAUUUUACUGUGUUUUUAAUAUUUUGUUGGGAGCUGCCCAGAGUGGCUGGGGCAACCCUGUCAGAUGAGUGGCAUAUAAAUAAAAGAAUAGUAAUAAUAAUAAUAAUAAACAAUGUAUUAUAUUAAACAUUUUUUAAAAAAUCCUACUACUCAAAUGGGAGUAGAAUAGGACCCAGUCUUGCUUCCUCUGAUCAUCUCCCCCACCCCUCACACAACUGAACCCUCUAAUGUUGCUUUUGGAGGCCUUUGGAAAAGGUGUUUAAAGGCUGCCUCAGGACUAAAUCUCUUCACGCGGUGUAAGUGUAUCAUCUCCGCAGUGCCUCUCAGAUAAUAUCUGUUCUUUAUUCAUGCAGUUGUAAAUAAGGCGAAGAUGCUGUCAGCUGGCGUGGCAGAAGCCGUUUUGAAAUUUCUCAGAUCCGAGAUGCCCCCUGUUCAGUUCAAGCUGCUGGGGACGUUAAGAAUGUUAAUAGAUGCACAAGGUAAAAAAUAAAUUGUUCUCCUGUAUUAAAUGAUUCUGCCCUUGAUCUGUUGCUGUGUUCCUUAUAGAAGAAAAAGGGGAUUUCAAGAAAAUCCUUCAAAUAAAUUGAAUGCAUCUGUGAAGUGAAAAAAGCAUGGACUUCUUAAAAACCUGUGAUGGUCCGUUGUUAUCUAAGCGCAAGCUUAAGCUCUUGAUUUAUUGGCACAGCACCGCUUGCCUCAGCCAUAGUGUGCCAUGCAAUGAAUAUCUGAAGUAUAUUGCGGCUUCAGGUGUUCCAAAAAUCCUCUUUUCCUACACAUGUGAACAGUUUUGUGAAAUAGUUAACAAUUAUCUCAACACCUUUUAUUUUUAAAAAGUGAUGUUUGAGGCAACAUAAUCUAUUGAACUUCUGCAAGUAAUAAGUGCAGAUUGCCAUAGUUUCAUGGCAACUGAAUUGCUUACACCGAGGACUUCAUGUAUCUUGAAAUCCUUAUCAUCAGCAGAAUUACAAAUUUCCUCCAUGCAAAAAGGGAGUAGAGUUUGGAAGGCUUUCAGCCAGAAGUAAAAAAUAAAGAGCUUAUGAGUUUACAGAAUAUCCUUGAUCAACUUCUGUUAAGUUUGUGUUUGCCUGAGAUUCUAGGGCGGUUGGUUGGUUUGAAAAAAGUGUGUGUGCCUUAAAAUUCCAGAGCUAGUUUUUGGAAGUAAGAGCGGGGGCUGGGGAAGAUAAAAAACUUAGAGUCAAGGGGGAAAGGAAGCUACAGAAAUUGACAUUUACUGUGAUUUUGAAUUAUCACAAUUUUGAAGUCAGCACACCAUGGAUAUAAUGAGCAGCUUCAGAUUAUUUACAUUUUAGUACAAGGUAUUACAAGGAAUUUGCUACAUCGUGUGGAACUAAAAUAUUCAGGUUAGCAGGGCUGCAGCCCUUGUUUCAUCCUGUAUUUACAGCAAAAUAGAAUUUUAUUAUACUGCUUGCCACUGUUUUGGACAGGCAUGGAUGGCAAUUUUUCACUAAAAUGAUGUGAUGGUUGCUAGAGGAGACUCCAGGCAUCUUCCUUUGACCGUCCCCACCUGACCUUCAAGGCUCGUUCUUGUAUUGACUGCUCAAGAGCCAGUUAGGCAGCUUCCUUUUUGAAAAACACACUUUUUAGUACCUUUGACCCUGCUCACUCCGUUCUUUUUAACCUACCUCGGGGUGGGGAUCCUCAGACCCUGGGGGCCAGUGGUGGCCCUUCAAAACUCUCUGUCCGGCCCUUGGGACUGUCCCCAGGCCACACCCCUCACCAGCCCUUCUGUACAACCUUGAGCAGUGUCCUUUGACUGGGAUAAUAUUUCCCUAAACGAAAUCCAGUUGGUGUUGCUCUGCUAAUGGAAAAUAUCCAUCAGCAGAAUUGAGAGUUGAUUAUUGGCUGUUCCUCUGUCCUCUUCCCCAAUUGGUUUCAGAAGGUUUCUUCUCAGCAGAUUUUUGGAGUGGGGGCCAGUCUGCUUAGGGAAGGAGAAAUCCCCCCCCCCCCACAAAUCUCCUUCCUCAUUCUGCUAAUCUUCUGCUAACAGAGCAACACCAACUGGAUUCAGCCCAUUGCUAUUUUUGCCUUCUAUUUGUUCCAAAAGGGACGCGGGUGGCGCUGUGGUCUAAACCACAGAGCCUAGGGCUUGCCGAUCGGAAGGUCGGCGGUUCGAAUCCCCUGUGACGGGGUGAGCUCCCGUUGUUCGGUCCCUGCUCCUGCCAACCUAGCAGUUCGAAAGCACGUCAAAGUGCAAGUACUGUAGAUAAAUAGGUACCACUCCAGCGGGAAGGUAAACGGCGUGCGCUGCUCUGGUUCUCCAGAAGUGGCUUAGUCAUGCUGGCCGCAUGACCAGGAAGCUGUCUGUGGGGAAACGCUGGCUCCCUCAGCCUAUAGAGCGAGAUGAGUGCGCAACCCCAGAGUCGUCUGCAACUGGACCUAACGGUCAGGGGUACCUUUACCUUUACCUAUUUGUUCAAAAUCAAGGUUGUUGUUUUCUUUCCCACCUUUCAGGAAUGUGGGGUGCUGGGUUGGAUUUUUUUUUAGAACAACUGCUGCGUACUGAAAAAAAUGCCAUCUUUGUUAUAUGUAGCAGAAGCUGCUGAACAACUGGGGAAGAACGUGAAGCUGGUUGAACGGCUGGUGGAGUGGUGUGAAGCCAAGGACCACGCAGGUGUGAUGGGAGAAUCAAACAGACUACUCUCCGCUCUUAUACGACACAGCAAAUCAAAAGUAAGUGACUCCUGCAAAAACCACAAGGCAGUGCAAUAGGUUUUGUGUUGCCAAAGCAGCUUCACUCCUCCGAGGCAGAUUGCUCCCCUUGUAGAGGUAAGGAUCUGAACCACCUGAGGUGGUGUGGCUUGCCCGAAGUUAUCUUGUCAGCCUACACUAGCCUUCCCCAGUCUGAUGCUCUCCAGACGGCCCCUGGUAAAAGAUGAUGGGAGAUGUAGUCCAAAAUAUCUGGAGGGCAACUGGAUGGGGAAGGCUGGUCUAGGCUUUAUUUGUUACAUGUGCAACAUUGGACCAGUGCGAUGUAGAGCUGCUCCCUCUGUGUUAGCAUAUAAGAACCUGUUUCUGCACGUGAGACGGUUUUUAUGGUGUAAGAUUCAGGUGUAAAUUUACCUGGAUUCUGGGAAUAAAUUCUCAGUGUGUAUUCAGUUGCAUCAACAAUUAUAGUUGUCUUCCCCAGGGAGGUUAACCAGGUCCCACUCUUCUGUUUGCUUUGUUUGUUUCCUUUGCAUGCAAAAUGUCACAGCACAAUCCUUUUGAACACUACGGAAUAUAAACUAUCAUAAGCACAUUCUGUUUCAAUGGCUUUCAGCUUGUGGCUUGAACACGGAGGAGAAGCACAAAAGGGGUGCGUGUGUGCGUGUGCCGUUUUCAUCACUGUUGCAUUUUCCUUGCCGUUGCCUUGCACUUAAUCAUCUCAUUCAGUCAAAAUAUCAAAUCUACUUUAAAUGCCAAGGCCGCGGUAUCAAACUGUGCUGUACUUAAGCUGAAGCUGGAAAAUAAAUGUGCAGAAAUGUAAUUGACGCCUACUGCUCCCGGAGUCGUAGGUGUGUGUUUUCACAUCUGCAGCAGUGGCGCACUGAGAGACACAUGGGCCACAACACGAGCGGCUUCAAGUGCUGUUCUGCUUUGUUGCUGGUCGCCUCAAAAGCUUGGGGGCAACGUGAUGGGGCACUGCCUUAACUGCGCACUAUGUGAGUACCCUCCUUUUGUCUGUCCCCAGUCGUCCAACCUAAGAGCUUCAUUUCAGUAUUACAGAAGAGGAAGAACUUUUCUCCUGCAAUUCGUGGCCUGCGGGGAACUUGGAAGGUUCUGAAUGAAAAGGCUGUUACAGGAUUUAACAACUACAAUGUGGGCAGGGGCACUGCCUCUGAAAAACAGCAGCAAUGAUUUGACUUUGAUGUCAGUUGGUUAGAGUGCGGUGGUACUGGUAAAGCCCAUCCCCUUAUGGGCCACCAGCAUAUUCCUGCAUUACAGGGGGUUGGAGCAAAGGAUCCAAUUCCAUGAUUCUAUGUGAUGCAGGGACAUGUGGGCAGUGCUGGAGCCAGCCCAGCAUGGUAUAGACUGGAUGUUGGAGUUCCUUGGCUACUUGCCUGUCUGGAGAAGUCUGAUCCGCCUUUUGGUGUGUAACUCAGCAUCAUUUGACCUGGAAGUCAGAGUUAAAUGGGUUUUCAGGUGUUGUGGAAAAAAAGCUUUGCCAAAGAACCUGGAAAGCCACCACCAGAGUAGACUUGGGCAGCCUUCUCUAACCCAGAUGUUGUUGGACUAAGACUCCCAUCAUCCCAUGACCAUUGACCAUGCUGGAUGGUCCAAUGGGAGUUGGGAGUUGAGUAACAUCUAGAGUUCAACUUGGGUCUCCAGCUGUUUCUGGACUACAGUGCACAUCACCCCUGGCCACUGGUCCUGCUAGCUAGGGGUGAUGGGAGUUAUAGUCCAAAAACAGCUGGAGCCCCAAGGCUGGGAAACCUUGAUCUAGAAGAUGCCACCUUGCCUACUCAUGGCAUAGAGAAAACUCUACUAAAUGUGCCAGUGUUCUGACUGCUUCAUAUGUUCACUUCUGAGUAGGUGGGAGCCAAAUAUUUCAAGUAUUAUUUUAUUUUUUAAUAGCAGUUGUAAACCACAUACACACUCUUGUUAUGUGCGUAAUAUAUCAAUAUAGUGUACGUUAUUGAAUUGUUCUGUUUUGCUUAUCGGUAGCAGACUGUCGUCUUUUCCUCAUGUCCUGCAAUACUUUGCGUUGUCUUUUUUUAGGAUGUAAUUAGGACCAUUGUUCAGAGUGGCGGUAUUAAGCAUUUAGUUACCAUGGCAACUAGCGAACACGUAAUAAUGCAGAAUGAAGCUCUUGUCGCCUUGGCGCUAAUAGCAGCUCUAGAACUAGGUAAGUAUCUCUAUGGUUAACGCUUUGUACUCAGGUCUCUGUUGAAGGAGAAAGUCAGAGUUAAGGCAUGAAUGGUGAGCCGCUUCGUGGUGAGGGUGAAAGCUUAAGCAAGUAUUAUUCAGGCAUCACUGCAGACAUGGGCAGCAAAAUGGGCUAUGGCACCUGUUUCCAGGUUAAGUGACUAGCAGUAUCGAAGCCGACAGCCAAUAUGACUGUGUCAAACCUCACACAGUGACAGGCCGCUUGGAUGUGUGAAUGAAGCCUUGGCCUCUCGCCACCAUCGCUCAGGACUCAACGCUUCAUACAUAAAACGUGCCUCUUUUUCAUAAUUGCCCAAUGGAGUAUUUCAGACAAAGUAAACUUUAGAAAAUGUAGUCAAUAUAAGAAUGGUAUUGGAUGUCUUUUGUUGUUUCAUCGUUAUAUUUCCCAUCGUUUCUGUAGUGAUUUGAAAUGACAAAGUUUCUGGGUUUUUCUGCCAAGUAGUUUCUCUUUAGGUAAAUGACAGGAAAAAAGAGAAAGGCUGUAGGGGGAUAACAGGGUCAAAAAACGAUUCUUUUGGUUCAAGAGGAGAGGCAACCUUAGGGGAGAGAAUAGGAUAUAGGGAGAGAAUUUAUUGCUGUAUUUCCCAUAGAGACAGAAUUAAGAUUUGAGGACAUGGGCUUGUUUAAACCUCCUUCAACAUAUUUUUUUUUUUAACUUCCAUUGACUUUUUGAGCCGGUACAUUCUACUACUCCAAGCCAAAUUCCCUUGUAUCUUGAGCAAGUACCCUCACAAUAAGCCAUGUGUGCUUGUGUCAAAAGGAGGAAACUUAUUUCUGUUUCCAUGGAUCACUUUUUCUUUGGACUACCCCAUGGGCUAUUCAGUCAUCCAAAGCUCUUCAUUGGCUGAAAUAAAAAAGUAACCCAAAUUCAGGUAUCUGUAGAGAACUUCAUGGGAUAUUAUUUUGUCCCCGGCUCUUUUGACAUUCUUAAAAAGAAAAUUAUGUAUUGGUGGUUAAAUGUGCUUCCUUCAAUCAGUUUUAUUGGUAGCGGGAGAUUACCCACAGCAUGUUACAUUGACCGGGGUAAACAUACAGAACGAUUCAUUUGGAACUUGUGGGAUUUUUGUUUUUAUUUGUCCCAAACAGAGGCUAUUGUAGCCAUUCCUCUGUGUAAAUUCUGCAAAUGAAAGUGUGCUUCAAGUGGACUUUACCCCAAUUUCUUGGAAGGAGGAAGCUAUCCCAGUAGACAAGACAUAUAUACAAUUGGCCUUCUUCAACACAAUUAAGCUUCCCUCCCUGCUUUCCUUAACGAUGCAAUAUAAAUUUAGAUUCUGUUCAAUUAAGCGAGGCAUGUAUUAUGGUUCCACAGCACUCUUUGUACUAGAAUAUGUCAGUAAAUCCCACCCCACCCCCAAGAAAAAACAAAAGGAACCCAGUCCUUCAGAGUUUAAAGUUCCCAUUUUGUUUCGAUUCACAGCCACAGCAGAGAAGGAUCUUGAAAGUGCUCAGUUAGUGCAGAUUCUACACAGGCUGCUUUCGGAUGAGAGGAGUGCACCAGAAAUCAAGUACAAUUCCAUGGUGCUGAUCUGUGCUCUUAUGGGAUCAGGUGAGUCUUUCCACAGCUCUGCUUUAGAUCAACUUUCAAAAAGUCACGAGGGUUGUACAUGACGUGCCCAAGACUGACACAGAAGCCUGUUGUUGAGCCAGGAGUGGCAUGCAGAUGACAGAUCCAAUCAAGUCUAUUUGCAGCAAAGGCUACAAAGAAGUAAUCAUCAUUGAACAUAGCAGUGAAUGUACGCUUAUUCAGACAAGAGGUCUCAUGGAAAGCAAGGGGGCUUGCAUUCAAAAGAGAUGCUAGUUUUUUAACACUUCCUGCAAAGGUUUCCCACAAGUAGAAAACUAGCACAUUGAAGACAAAGGUACCCUCCUCCUAAUAUAAUCAUCUAAUAUAGGCAAGGAGGUUUUAGAGAGAGGAUAUUCAAAAAUGUGAUCCCACUCCUCUAGUCUGAAGUAAAACCAAAUUCUACCUCCAUGAGACCCUACCAUCAGACUCUGUGUAGACCACUCCAUAGUUAUGACUACUGUGGUAUCUCUGGUUACGUACUUAAUUCGUUCUGGAGGUCUGUUCUUAACCUGAAACUGUUCUUAACCUGAAGCACCACUUUAGCUAAUGGGGCCUCCCGCUGCUGCCACCACACGAUUUCUGUUCUCAUCCUGCAGCAAAGUUCUUAACCCGAGGUACUAUUUCUGGGCUAGCAAAGUCUGUAACCUGAAGCAUCUGUAACCCGAGGUACCACUGUAACUUUAGCUGGACUGGUGCUUCUGUAUUAGAAAACCAAUCCCUGAAACUAUUAGCAUAAAGUAUGGACCUACUGGUAUGCCAAUGGAAUUCAUUAUGAGGGCUGGUCCAUAUGAUUUCAGUAUCUCUUCUACAGCAUUCAUUACAAAACAAAAGCAUAAGAAUGGUGCAUUUGCUCAGACCCAUGGAGAAAGGCCGUAGCUUAGUGGUGAAGCUUGUGUUUUGCAUAUAAGAGCAUCCACAUCCAAUCCCUGACAUCUCUGGGUAAGACUGGGAGAAAAAAAAAUCUUGCCUGAAACCCUGGAGAGCUACUGUGAACCAGGGAUGGGGAACCUGUGGCCCUCCAGAUGUCCUUGGGCUCCAAGUCCCAUCAUCAGCAUCAACAACCAUGGCCAGUGGUCAGCAAUGUCGGGGGCUGGAGUCCGUGAACAUCUGGAGAGCCAUAGGUUCCUGGUGUACCAAUCACCCAACUGAUAUAAAGACUGUUUCCUAUUCAGGGUCGCCCCUCUCAGCCCAACACUGACUUGCAGUUAGAAAGCAUCUCAUUAAAAGGGGGGAAAGAGUUUACGCUAUUUUUCCAACAAGUCUGGGUUUCUCAUUUUAGCUUGUCAUCUAAGCAGCUCCCGCAAGGUGGGCUUGCUUCUUAAUAGUCCUAUGAAAUUGGGGGUGUGAGGAUGGGUGGGCAGCUUCCCAACCUGCUGUCUCUCUUGCCGAUGUGUGGUGUUUUUUGUAUCAACCUUAAAAUAAUCCUUUUCACCCCUUUAGAAAACCACCCAUCCCCACCACAAAGACUGCAGUCAGUCCACCAUUCUAGGUAGCUGGGAUACGUGCUAUAGCCAUUGGAGCCUUCAGUUUUGACAAAGAAUUCUUUCUGUUGGGUUUGAUGCUGCCUCUGCAAAUCAGAGAGCUUUGCUGUUCCAACAGACGCUAUAUGUUGAAGGAAGAGAAUAGGGAAUGUAAAUGUGUAUGUAACGUCAAAAGAAUGAAAGGAAAGCAGAGCAUUCAUUGCCAUCACAGUCAUUGCUGUGUGCAUGAGUGUGAGAAAAGAGGCCCAGGACUUGGUUUGUCACUAGAACCUAUUAAUACCCAGAGAGCAACACCUGCUGUAGAUAUCAAGCUAUCCUGGAAGUAGGAAGUAUAUUCUUCCCGCAGCAGAAUAGCCUGGAUAGAAACCCCGGUUUCCAUUAAAUUGUGUGGGGAAUAAAAAUGUUUUGGGGCAUUAAGCUUGCUUUUAGGCAUUUUCCGCUCUGCUCAUGGUCGCACAGAGGGGAGUUUGGAUGCCAUGGCGGAUUGGAAAGCAGGUGACCAGCAAACUUGGCAGGAAAACAAGGGUCACAGUUUGCUACGUGGGGGGAAAGAGGCUCUGUAGGGUAACAGAAUUGAUUUGUAACAGCUCUUUUGUUAGUGAGCAGCCUGUGCUGUUGCCUAAGCAAGCCCCAGUAGAAUAAGCGUCAUGUGUUUACCUCAACCCUGGUAUCCUCCUAGCGCCUAAAGCAGCUUUUUCAUCUUCCCCCGACCAUGACAACUAAAUUAGGCAACUUCCAGCAGUGUUGAGCAGACCUCUAGAUGUACUCAAAAAACAAAUAUUUUGGGUACUGUGCGCUUGCAUCAUUUGUUCCAUUUCUUCUUUGUUGACAUAACUAAGAUGCCAACACGGACUGUGCUAAGAGGAACAGAGAAAGUUGCUUUAAUUACAACCACCAUUUAAGCUUGUAGCAAAAAUCACCACCUGGAUCCUUGCAUGCUUUUUCCCCUUUUCUUUUUUUGAAAAGGCAUACUUUAUUCAGGUACUAAACAUGGAAAGGCUGCUUCUCCACUAUAUGUUCACGAUACACAAGAAAGGGUGCUGAGGCGAGUCUCUCUUACAGCCUUCCCCAGCCAGAUGUUUAGGACUGCAGCUCUCAGCAGACCUACCCAGCAGGUUGUGUGAGGUGGGAUUUAGGGGAGGUGUAGUACAAAAUGCUUGGGGAGGCUACUCUGUUAUGUAGAGUCUCAUGAAGGGGACACGUCCUGUGACAGAGAGCGGACCCUUUUUAAUUGCAUAAGGUGCCUUCUCCCCCCACCCCUCCCUUGAACUGCAUUGGUGGCCCCUUUAAGAACACGCCAUCUCCAAAGGGGAAGGAGUCGCAGAAGCCCUGCACUACACACAAGCCUCACUCUGUAUGGAGCAUGGCUUAAUUUCAGCAUCGUCUAAUUACUCUUAUUCAAGGAAGGGCCAAGGCUCAGUGGUAGAGCACAGGUUGGUGUAAAAGGCCUUAGAUUUCAUUCCUGGCAGCUGUGGACAAUAGGGUCAAGUAACUGAUGAUAGGAGACACUCUGCCUGAAAUGCUGGAGAGCUGCUGCUACUCAGACAAGACAAUAUCGCACCAGAUAUUGGUCCUCGUAGGCCUCAGUCUUGGCCAACCAGAGCUAGAAGCAUCACCAGGCUUCUAGAGAGGUUGGCUGGGCCUAAGAGCCCAUCCAACCUCUGAUAGGCCCCAACUGCAAUUUCCUUUUAAGGAGAUUUGAUGCAUUGAUACAGCCCAGGGCCACGUAAUUGUUUUACACUGCACACACCUGCAAGAAAACAGAAGGGGGUCCAUCUCCUGCCCACACAACACAGCAAGCAGAAGCAGAAACUUGCACACGCUCACCUGUUUUCCCCACAUCAAGUCACAUUUGCUAGGUCUCCCUUGCAAGACUAAGACAGAUCCCAUUUGCUUGCAGAUGAUUUGCAGAGCAAGGAGGAAAGUGUGUGUGUGAAGGGGCUCCCUAAAUUUAAGAUGCUUGAAAAGUACCGCUAACAGCCACCAGCGCCACUUAUUCUCCAGCAACCGCAUUGUGCCAAGUUGACAAGGCCUCUGUUCGUUGCCGCUUCCCCAGAAAAGGCAAACAAAAGAGCAGCUGCACACAUAAAGGCCCAGCAGGAAAGUAACCGUCUCGCUUCUGUUUGACAGAACUCCUUCACAAGGAAGUGCAGAGUCUGGCCUUUCUAGACGUCGUAUCAAAACUCCGCAGCCACGAGAACAAAACGGUCGCCCAGCAGGCUUCCCUCACAGAGCAGAGACUCGCCGUGGAAAGCUGAGGAAAGGGGUACCCGCGCUCCCACCUAGCAUCGCGUCACAGAUUUCACCUCUCGUCCUGUCCUGCUGCGUUUCUCCCACCCACUGUGUCACUUGUGCAUGCAUGUAACAUUCCCCACACGGAUCGAACUGCUGUAGGUACCUCUCUCUCCACAACCGAGAUUUCUAUAAACCCAUAGCCAGUCGCCAUCAACAUGGAUCCUGUCUCUCUUACACACAAACACGAAAUGUCUCCUAGCCCUGUUAAUUGUUCUACAUGUAUUCUCGUUGCUUGAGCCACAUAGUAGAAUGUGCAUGUUGUAGUCCUAUAAUAAUGUAAAAAAGAGAGAGAGAAAGACGUGGUACUACUACAUCAACGACUCCUCCCCUCGUACCCCUAACUCCGUAACAAGUGUACUGCUAACUUAGGGACAAAGCACAGGAGGCAGCAAGGCCGGGCUGGACUGCCAGGGGUUUCAGAAAAUGGGGAGGGAGCCUCUUUGGGGAAGGGAGUCUUGCUGCUCACUCACUGGUCUUGCAUAUUAAUGUCAACCCCAUGGUACCUAGAGGUAAAUCAAUAAACUCCAGUGCGCUCACACUUUA